AUGUCGCUGGCUCUGCUCCUGGGGCUCUCCCUGGCCCUCCAGCUCCUGGCUCCAGCCCCGGGGCUCCGGCUGCUCAGCACCUUUAACCCGCAGCAUCUCACCAACAACUUCGCGGUAGACGGGGCCGGGGGCCGGCUCUACCUGGCGGCCGUGAACCGCCUGUACCAGCUGCGGCGGGACCUGAGCGUGGAGCUGGAGGACGAGACGGGACCGGUGCCGGACUCCCCGCUGUGCCAUGCCCCGCAGAUCCCCGAGUCCAAGUGCGAGUUCCCGCGGAGCCAGACCCCCAACUACAACAAGCUCCUCCUGCUGGACGCGGAGCAGGGGCUGCUGGUGGUCUGCGGCUCGGUCUACCAGGGGCUGUGCGAGCUCCGGGCCCCCGGGAACAUCUCCCAGGCGGCAGUGCCCUUCCCUCCGCCCGAAGUGGUGCCCAGCAUGCUGAGCGUGGCUGCCAACCACCCCAAUGCCUCCACGGUGGGCAUGCUGUUCAGGAACCCCUCGGGGGACACCCGGCUGCUGGUAGGGGCCACAUACACCGGCUACGGGAGCCCCUUCUUCCACUGGAAUAAGAGUGUGGUCGAUCACCGCCUGGAGAACAGCCCCGAGAUCUCGAUCCGCGCCCUGAACGCGCGGAGCCCGGCGCAGCUCUUCACCUUUGACAUCAGCCCCUCGGACGACAACAUCUUCAAGGUGAAGCACGACAAGAAGGAAGCCCACCGCUUGCUCUUCGUGCGGGCCUUCCAGCGGGGGCCCUUCGGUUACCUGGCAAUGAACGUAGAGCCCGCCCCCACGGGGAAGGACAGUCGUCCCAUCAGCGUCCUGGCGCGGAUCUGUCUGAAGCCUGAUUCCCGGGGGGAACCGCGGAAACUCACCGAGUCCUACAUCCAGCUAGGGCUGCGCUGUCUGGGGCCCCGGGACACGCUGUUCGGCAGGCUACUCUCUGUGUUCUCCGACGACCAGCGGAUCUACGGCGUGUUCGAGGGCAAAGGGGAGGCUGCGCUGUGCGCGUUCCGACUCCGCACCGUGGGGGAGGAGAUCCGCGGGGCGCGGAAACGCUGCUUCAAACAACCGAAAGGCGGAGGAGUGUAUGUCCUGGACAGCGAGGUGCAGGGACCCUUUGCCAGCUGUGAGUUCAGGAAUAUCCAGGUAAGGGCCCCACUCACAUGGGGCUGGUACAAUAUGAUAGAUCUGUGCCACCAUGCCAGUGUUAUUACUAUAUGUUUAUCUUGUUUAGGAACUCAUAUAUACUCAUAAGGCCUGCUGAGACCAUCCCGAAAUUAAUCUGUCAGUUGUAAAUUACACACGAGUAAAGAACACAUGUAAAAAAAUUUCCUGGCAAAGUUCUCAGUGUGAAUCAUUCACCAUGGAAACCAUUGGAAUGUGGAAUUAGUGCCAUUUACCAAUACUGAAGUAGUUCAGUUUUAGGAUGAAGUGGAUAAAUUAGUGACAUUACAUUGGUUUCUAUGGGGAUGAGUGUUGCAGUUUUACUAAAAAGCCUAGGUUAUAUAUGACACUUUGAACCAAUUCUAUAUUUCUAAUAUGACCUUGCUGGAAUACAAAUUGAUCCUUACUGAUGCUCAGUUUUUUUAAUGGCAGAUGGACAUAUCAUUGGGUAUUAUUAGUAAGGUGAAUGGACAGAUUCUCAGUAUUUAGUUGAAUGGGUGCUUUUAGUGAAUAUGGGACAGAUUAUGUGGCAAUGAGGGUGAUUGGUCAGAUUCAUGGUAUAAUAGACUGAAUUGCCAGGGUUUGGGGUUAUAAGCAGGCAGAUUCUUAGGAUCACAUAGUUAGAAUCUGUCUCCUUAUACUCUGUACUGAUUUAAUGCUCUCUUUUUACUGUAUGUUAUAAAUCAAACCAGUUAUAAAUACAGGUUAUUAAAUUAAUGACUUUAGUUCUAACAAGUUAAAUCUUUGUGAUGCUCAUUAUGACAGAUCUUCUGCUACUAUGGGUCAUACACACAUUAUUCCCUACAGACUCACUCCAUUUUAUAGCACAUUACAGUUUCUUGGACAGGAUGCCAAUUCAGUACCUCCUUCUCUGGCACAAACUCAUUUCCUAACAGAGAAGAAGAGACUUAUUCUGAGCCUCACGUUGCUGUUUGCCAGGGGCAUUGCUUAGAUUUCCUAAUAGUUAAUAUAUCUCUCCAACAUUAGAUGUAAAGGCUAGAUUACAUAUUACUUAUCGUGGAUCUUAUGAAAUUCCAAAUAUGUCUGGGACGCAUUGCUUCUGUGUGUGAAAUUAGUGUGUGGUUGUUCCCUAUGUUGUGUAUAAGGUGUGCACAAGCUAUGUUGUAUAUAUGGUGUACACAAGCUAUAUUGUUUGGUUGACGUGUGCCUUAAAUAUUGGGUGUAAGGUGUGCAACAUCUCUGUUGGUAUAUGGUAUGUACCAUCUGCAUGGUGUGUAUGGUGAAUGCUGUGCAUAUUGCAUGUGCCACAUAAGAGGUGUGCGUCAAUCUGUAUGGUGUAUAUGCUGUGUGCAAUCAAUAUUGUGUGUAUAUAGUUUGUUCCAUCUGUAUACAGUUGUUUUUGGUGUAUGCUCUUUACUGUUCCUAUUGUGUCCAACUCGCCUGGUUACAAAUACAUAUCUGCUAGUCCACCCGUUGUACAGCACUGUGGAAUUUGUUGGCGCUAUAUAAAUAAUAAUAUUAUACAUCUGUUGUAUGCUGUUGAUAUCAUGUAUAUGGGUUCUGCAUAUCUACAGCUUAAAUGUCAGUAGAUUGUAUAUUUUAUUAAACUAGUGGGGAGAGAGAUCACGGCACUCUAAAACUUUGGUUGGCAGUCCAUUUUGAUGUCCAUGGUAGUGUAAGUGGCCACAGAGAGCUAAGGAGUACAUAGUGUCAGUGAUUGGGGUAUUGAGUUUUACACAUUAGUUAUUAUUAUUAUUAUUUUAUUAUUUAAAUAUCGCCAACAAAUUCCGUAGCGCUGUACAAUGGGUGGACUAGGGACAUAUCUUGCGUGUGUUGUGGGUAUUCAGGGGCUUCAAUUCCAGUUACUCUCAUUCAACUUUUGCCAGACUGAGAAUGAUGGUAGUUACAGUCUGCUUUAUGUUAGAGGACUUUUCAUAGAAUUAAUAGGUGAUGCACUAUUACAGCAUAGUACACGUUUUAUGAACUUGCAGAUUUGAGUUGUUCAAAAACCAGAUCCAUGCAAUGUACCUGGCACAUGGAAUUAUCAGGGCUCCACAUUGUCCUGAAACCAUGUUCACUGAUUGUAAACUCACAUGUAGGAUCAGCUCCUGCUGUAACCUAAUACAUACAUGUGGUUUGUGUGGUACUUUAAUUUGCCCAAUACUUAAAUCGUUGUGUGCUGCAGAAUAUGUUGGCACCAGUGUUACAGAGAUUGGAUUUCUGUCUCACUACGCAAAUGAUAAUCCCCACAUUUGUUAGCUAGGAUAGGUGAGUUUAAGUAGCCUUGUAAAAUGUCCAGCUAUAUUUUUUUUUAGAACUUUUUUAUUUUUUGUGUACGCUGUUCCUUAAUCUGUAUUUUGUGCUCAAAUGAUAACACUUUCAGAGUCUGCUGGAUGACUCAACAUCGUGGCAUCAAUGUGGUUAGAUCUCGUUCUGAAAGGGGGCAGUAGUGACUAGUAGAUAGUAGAUUAGUAUAUAGUAGGUUUAUUCACUAAACGGUUUGCGGUGAAUUGUUUAGCAAUUUGUCAAUUGUAGAAUGUAACCAACUCCACAUUUUAGUUACUAAAUGUACAUUUCGGGUGUCGUCAUGUCACCCAUAACUUGCUGUUCAGUGAAUAAUGUGGUCGCGGUACACUGGUUGAGCUAGGAGUCAGAAUCUGGAAGCUAAACCAUGCAUGCUUUGUAGACCAAUGGAGUCUACAAGGGUUGCUUUGGGUGCCCUGCAAGAGCAGGUGAGCUCUUAUCAACAUCUGACAGUUCCCACCAUGAGGACAAUGUUGUUUAUGGCUCUGUAAAUACAUAGCAUAUCUUGGAUGGCGUUAAUGGGCACACACCUGCAGGCCUAGCACCCCUUCUAAUGACACCCAGUACUAUGGGGCCAUCGGAGCAUUAAAAAACAUAGCCUGGAAAGAAUGUCACAGGUGUGUGUAACUAACUUAACAACACAAUGAGCCAGAGACUAUUGAGGUUUCAGUGAGAUAAAAACUGAGCCUAGGUCAGCAGCUUGCAGUGAUUAGCCUGGCAGUGCAAUGGGACACUAAUUAUCCCUAGCACAGACAUUAACACGUUAAAAUCCAGAAAACUGGGGAUGGGUACCCUUAUCACCUUUAGUUCUUGAAAUUGUUAUAUUUUAUUUAUAUAGUGUGGACAGAUUUUGCUGUGUUAGAGUAAUUGUAUGUCAUCUUAUCUCUCUCUCUGCAUAACACAUACGCUCUGCAUAACACAUACGCUCUUUAUAAGAAAGCUUGUAAAAAUUCUCUGUACAAAUUUUGGGAUGGGGUCAGCAGCUAUAAUAUCUAGUAAUAGCUGUGUCUGGGGGGUCAUACUCAGUAUUGCUGUAUAUGUGACUUCUGCUGUUUUAUGAGAGGGCUGUGGAUUUAAAGCUGCCAGAUGAAUGUAUUUUUUUUCAUUGCUUCUGGCCAAUAUUGCAUUUCUGGAAAUGGAAGAAAAGCGCUUCAUGAUGGAGCGAGUUUAUUUUCCCACGUCCUCUGUCCCCGGCGCUUUAAUGAGUCACAGACGCUCAGGCACUGGUCUGAGCUCACAGCUGGUCCCUUUCCCACGUCCCCUCUAUGUGAGCAGAGCAUGUUCACACCAUCUACUCAGGUCAGCAAAGCCAUGCACAAACUACUUAAUCUAUAUGCUGGGUAGGGAUGUGAUCACUCCAAUUGUUUAAAGGGACAUAACAAGCACCAUAACCACAAAAGCUUAUUGUAGUGGUUAAAGUGCUAGGGUGCCCUGAGUGAAGCCUACUUUUCUAAAGGCUUGAGACAAAGUAAGAUAUUUGCUGACACCCUAACGCAACCCAUCUAUCUGACAUUCACUCACUUACUUCCUCAUUAUGAUAUAAUAUAUGUGUUUGAUUUGCACACUGGAGUAGGAUUCUGCCAAUCUAAAUCAUUGUAUACUUUCUGGUGUACCAAAUGUCUGUUGACUCUCUUACAGCACUGAAUUAACACAUUAAAAUGAAAAAAUAAAUAAAAAAAACUACAAAAUAUAGCACCCAAAGACUACUGGCACCAUAACCAGGGCAAAAUUGAUGAUAGACAGACAGACAAAGAGAUGAAUAGAUUUGUGAAUGGCACACAUCUUUUUUAAUACCCAGCUUCUUUAAUACCACAUAUGCCAGCCGCUGGAGGUUGCCAUUAAGUUCUGGAAAAGAUUAAACUGGUUACAUUGGUUCCCUGGUUCGCCAUAUGAUCUGUUUCAGAUGUGGCUAUUUUUAGUUUUCCUGCUGAUGUAUCUGGUUAGAUUUUUCCAGUAUAUAUACCAUUCUUCCUCUUUUGUCUCCUAUUUGUCCCUGGGUCCUGGAUGCUGGGAAGAUAACCCUGAUUUCUUGCGGGAUGCAGGUUUAUUCUCCGAGGCUCCCAGUGACUCAGUGUCAUGUUGUGGCUUUUCUGGAAAAAUAUUUGCUGCUGAAAAAUCACUGGAAAUUGUAAAAGUAUCCCCCUCUUCUUGAGGUUAUGAAAAUAGACCUUUUGCUUGCUUAACUCUCUGGAAUCUGGGGGAUACAUACAGCGAAAUGUCAGGAACAGGAGGAUAAUAUCUAGGCUCAACUGUGGCUUUUAACCCUUUGCAAGGUUUCAAUGUCAGAGUAGGAAGCCUUGAAAGGGUUAAAUCUAAUGCUCACGUGUGUGUGGGUUUUUUUUUAUAUACAAGGUCAUUUACUAAAGGGAUAAAUGUGAGUAAUUUAUCCAAAGUAUUUUGGAACUUUAGUGAUUAACCUUUUUAGUGUCAAGCUUAGAAGCUGCUGGGCCAUGAAGUGGAAGAAUCAAUGGGCUCAGUAGCAGUUCCAGUCUGAAUUGUUGGUAAAAUUAGUAAAUUUCAUAAUUUACAAUAAAACAGCUGAACUGGAAUAAUAUUCUCCCAAGUCAGUUACGUUUUUGGAUAAGCUAUUCUUGUCUUAAAACUUGAAAUUCACUUUGAAGUCCUGAUGAUUGAUAAGGUAGUAAGAAAAAUGGAAACUUUAUUUAAAGAUACAAAGGAUACAAAGGAAGCCUCCUUUGUCACCGGUGAUACAGGCCUGGAUUGCUGAGCACAGGUCAUCAGGAUUAUUAAAGAGAAGGAUAAUUCCCCACACCAGCGGCGUAUACACGACCCAUGGUGCCCCAGUGCGAAAAUUGGUCUGUGCUUACUCUGCACGGGCCGGGGACGCAACACAUGGCGGCGGGCACCUGGUUGCAGGGGUGCGACCCCUGCGCCCGCUGUAUGUACGCCAGUGCAUGCAGAUACACAUACACUUAAAGGAAAAUCACAGUGAGAAGACGCUGGACGUCCAUAGGAAAGCAUUGAUUAAUGCUUUCCUAUGGGCGGUUUGAAUGCACACUCGGCUCUUGCCGCGCAUGCGCAUUCGGAGCCAACAAGCGGAUCAGGGCUGAGGGAUCCCCAGCGCAAAGGGAGUCCGGCGCUGGAGAAAGGUAAGUGCUGAAGGGGCUUUAAACACACACACACUAGCUAACAGACAUACACAUUUACAGAGACACACUCAGUGACAGUCAUACAUACACACUCACUGACAGACAGUCAUACAUACACACUCACUGACACACACACACAUACACUCUCACUGACAAACACACACUCACUAACCGACACACACACAGUAACACACUCAAGGACACACACACACUCACUGACACACAAACUAACACACACACUGACACUCACUAGCAGACACACACUCAAUAACAGACACACACAAACUAACACAGUAACACACACACACAAAAACUAACACACUCACUAGCAGACACACACACUGACACAAAAACUAACACACACACUCUCAUACUAACACACAUACACACUCUCAUACUAACACACAUACAAACACACGUUUAAAAAAAAAAAAAAAAAAAUGUGAUCCCCCAGGCUCCCUACCUUUGGGAGUGCUGAGGGGAUUCCCUGGGGUACAGUGGCGCUGCCCGGCGACCAGUCCUGCGGGCGUGCGAGCGAGCACUCUCCCUGGCUGAGCGCUCUCUGCCCAGCUCCCUCACGGGCCGCUUACUGAUGCCGGAGCUGGUUCCGGCAUCAGUAUGGUGCGCGCAAGGGAGCUGGGCAGAGAGCGCUCAUGGGAGAGUGCUCCCUCGCGCGCCUGCAGGACCGGCCACCCAGUGAUACCAGUCCCAGCCUCGGGGGAUCUGAGGUGGCCUGCUCCUGGGCCCCCCUGGAGAAGAGGCUGGCCACACUGGCGUACAUACCGGGUCGCAGGGCGGCCGGGCCCCCUGGUGGGCCAGGCCCGGUCGCAACUGCGACCCCAGUAUGUACCCCACUGCCCCACACCCUGCCUUGGAGAAGAUACAACUGUGGGUUACUCUUAAAGGGACACUAGUCACCUGAACAACUUUAGCUUAAUGAAGCAGUUUUGGUGUAUAGAUCAUGCCACUGCAGUCUCACUGCUCAAUUCUCUGCAAUUUAGGAGUUAAAUCACUUUUUUUUAAAAUAAAGUACUAGUCACACAUCUCUGCAUGUAAUGUCCACAGUCUCCCAAACACUUCCUGUAAAGUGAGAUCUAAUGUUUAUAUUUCCUUCAUUGCACAUUAUGUUUAAUUUAUACUUUCUUAUCUCCUGCUCUGUUAAUAGUUUGCUAGACUCUGCAGGAGCCUCUUGUGUGUGAUUGAAGUUCCAUUUACAGAGCAGGAGAUAAAAACCUCUAAAAUAAGUUAACAUCUGAUUGGCAAUGAAACCAUUUUGUUUUCAUGCAGGCUGUGUCAAUCACAUCCAGGGAAGGUGUGUCUAGGGCUGCAUGAACAGAAACAAAAAGUGAUUUAACUCCUAAAUGGCAGAAAAUUGAGCAGUGAGACUACAGAGACAUGAUCUACACACAAAACUGCUUCAUUAAGCUAAAGUUGUUUUGGUGACUAUAGUGACCCUAAAUUGUCUAGUUAAUACAGGGGGGAUGAAACCUAGCAUAUGCAGUCUUAACUAAAUAAUGCCAACAAAGUUUUCCACUUUAUAAUGCCAUGCACCGUAUUGUGGCACACUUAGUUUCAGGUAUGACAUAGUAAUUAAUUACAUAAACCUAGAGGGAACUGUAGAUAUUGGUCUUAUUCUAAUUGUGGCUCUUAGCAGCCACUUGUAUGGUGAAGUGAAAAUGCCUUGUGACCACAAAUUGCUGUCCGUCCUUAACUCCCAGCAGAUAUUUUAUUGGAAAUGGUCCUCCAGGCUGUCUCUCACACGGAAUGUUCUCUCUGCCAGCAGCCAUUGGGUUACCACACUUCUCUCUGCCCAUUCAGUGGGUGGUCGGGGAUGUUUGGGGGAAGGGGAAUUGGAUGCUUUAUUUUGUAAUUUGUAUUGAGAUCGAACCUCAAUCGCAAAAUACUUAAUAUUUUCCCAAAAUCUGACGUAAGUCCUGUAGGGGUGGGGGAGGUGAGGGACCUCUAUAUAAUGUGUAGUUAUUUUAACAAAGACUAUAUAUAUAUAUAUAUAUAUAUAUAUAUAUAUAUAUAUAAAUAUAUAUCUCAGAGUCAGUCAUUUCUGUGGGCAAGAAGGAUUUUAAAGGGACAGGAAACCCUGUUAAUCAUACCAUCUACCACUGGUCUAGCCUUCAAUACUUGUUAUACACCCCAAACCAGGGACAUUAAAAAGGCUCAAAUAGACCUAAAAAACUAUUCCAGAUAUCUACUGUUCUCUUUACUGAUUUACUUCUUCCACUGGAUGGCAGUUUAUAUAUCUCAAAAUUAUGCCUAACCCUCCUCCCAUAUUAUAGCCUCCACCACAUCAGCUGGAAGGCUAUUCCAUACAAUUCUAGACUCAUUUAAAUGUGAGCUAUACUUCUUUAGCGAUGUGGGAGCCCCUCCUUUUGAGAUAAAUCAGUUAAUAAGCAGUUAAAUAUUUAAGUUAACAAUGGAAUGUUUUGGUUUUAAAAGCAUUCCAAUUAGAUAUUUGUAUUUUACCAAAUCAGAGGAGAGCUCAAAUUUAAACCAUGGUUGCUGAUCAUAAAAUGCACUGGAGCAAACUAAUAGCUCUCUCCAUGUGUGCUAUGAAUUCAGCCUUAAAUGAUAUUUGGAACUGUUAUAUUUGAUAUUUUCAAAACAGUAAAUUGAAGCCGAACCAUUUUUGUCUUUAUAACCUUGUUUCAAUGAUACAGUAUUUGCAAGUUAAUAGAACGUUUAUACAUUGUUCCCUGUAGUGCAUUCUGAAUUCAUUUGUCUUCUUGAGGGUAAAAACAUUAAACACAUCAUGCAAGCAAUUUACUCUGCUAGAAAAUGGUUCAAACAAAUAGAAUUUAUGUGCAUUCUUUGACAAAAGUGUAGUUAGAGGAAAGGCAACGUUUACUUAAAGCUACUCCAAUUAUUUCUAGAAAUCUGACUGUAUGAUGUUGUUUUGAACAUGUUUUUGUUUAGUUUGAAUAAAAAUAUUGUCUGCAUGUGGGUACAAAGGCAUUAUAGGCUGCUGUUGCAACUAAGGAAUGCCUGUAGUGUGCUGAGUUCUGAAUGCCCUCACUCCAUCUCCCAAUUUCUGAAUGAGAAAAUUCAGCCAUGACCUUUGACCUACAAAUGUGCUCGAAAGUGUAGGGUCACAAUUUUCGUUCUCUCUUUGUCAGAGUUCAAUGGCAGAGAAAAAUGUUUCUUUAAAGAGUAAAAAACUGCACAAUGAAAGUUUGCCUAAUAUACCUGUUGAUUUGAGGGAGUGGUUCAUUUUCUUUCUACUGGUGUAGGUUGAAUGAUGGUUGAGGUUAGCCUUCAGCCAAGCUGCAUGUGUUGUGUUGGAAAAGAUGGAAAGAUUAAGCAUUGUAAACUAAGGAGAUAAGCUUGUCAUCGGAACAAAGGGCCAUAAAAUGCAGCAGUCUUUACACUUUAGCAAUAACUCUUUUUUUUUUUUUUUUUUAGGCAAUAUAGAGCCAGACAAUGAUGAUUAUUAAUAAGAACAAUGCAGAACAGAUGUGUUUUUAAAAAAAAAAAAAAAUUUUUUUUAAAAGAGGACAUUUAGCAUAGCAGGAAGUAAGAUUAGCUGCAGACGUUUUAAGGAAUAUUUAUUAUUGAGCUUUGCAUAGGUUUAAAUGUGUGGGUGCAUUUCUUUUACUUGGUAAAUGAGCUAGAUUUCGCACACAGUUGUGAUGCAUUCUAGAAAGCUGAACCUACUACGUAAUAUGAAACUAAAAUAGUGUGAUUAUAAGAUCGUGGACUACAGAGACUUUGUAUGCAAAGAAAAGAUAGGGUGAGUCUCCCUCCUGCAUCAUUAGCCUUGUGUGUUCCUGUAUGUGUAUUUAUCGGAGAACACCUAUUCAUUUGUGAAGGAAGGGUACAUAUCUUAUAUUAGUAAACUAGAAUAUGGAUAGGGAUCAUGGGAGUUGAUGGUGAUUAGUGUGCAACCCAGCUCAUUUGUUUCCCCGAACAGCAAGUUUGUGAAUUAAGAACAGUCUUUAUUCAACAAGUCUAACUUAAAGAACAUUUAGGCAAAAGUAGCAGCAUUGAAAGUUUUUGUAAAUUAAGUCAAUAGACGCUUUUGUAUCUUUGCUAUGAGACAUGGUGAUUUGCUCUGUAAUUACAGUACAGUACAGGAUAGUGCCACUGGUCACAGUACAGGAAAUGGGAAGCUGGACACAGUACAUAUAAGAAACAUCGGACACAGAACGAGAGAGGUUUUUCUAGACCGAUUCUUUAGUUUGUGAGCAGUGAGAUGUUAGAUAGAACGUUUUGUGAGAGUUCAUUUCCUUUUCCCAUAAUUAAGUUUAUUAAGUAAGGGAAAGUGAUCAUAAUUAAAUAACUGCGAGAAUAGCUGAGCAAUAGUCUCAUAGGGAAAAUUCAAGCCCAGGUGUUCAAAUAAGGACAAGCCAAGGUUUGAAGAAGCAUGCGGGUAACAAGAACAGGAAAUUUAUACAAUUGUAAAGGCUAAGGGUUUCCAGAAGGCUCGGUUGUGAAUGGUGGCCAAAAGGCUAAUACUUACACUGAGGAGAAGGGGAAUGUCCAAAGGUUCCCACUGUGUUUUCUAUUGUGUGAGCCGAGGUUCUUAAACUGGAUGGAAGAACAGGAUUGGUUAUGCUUGAAUGAAAUGAGUUGGAAGGGUAAAAGGCUAGCGAGUUGCUGCUUAUAUGUAGAAUUCAGUGUCUUAGAGUGGGUCCAGAUGUCCAGUAUAAUGACUGCAGUAAGUGAUGUUAAUACAUAGUCUGAUCAGUUACUCUGUACUGUACAGCAAGCAUGUCAAACUCAAAGUCUAGCACGAGCCACAUAAACAAGGUUUAAGGUUUAAGUUUAUGUCGGCCGCAAAAAAAACCCAAAAAACCUUAUGUUUUCAUAGAAACGUAGGUUACUUUUCAAAAGUACAGUAUAUAAAAAAAAAAACAGCAUCCCCCUCUACUAAACCACAGCAGCCCCCCUCUGCUAAAUCGCAGUGCCCCCGCAUAUACUAAAUACCUAGCCAACAAGCAGACUCCACUCACAUGUGUGUGAUUAGCCAGUAUGUAACUCUGGAGUCUGGCCUCUGGUAUACCCCAAAUGGCGCCGUCCGCAUUCUGUGCCAAAUUUGAUCCUCCCGCUACUUCUUGAAACCCUGUGAAGGUGGAGCACGUCGGAAUGUGACGUGGCAUUGCGUGCCUCCAUGCACCUCCAGGUACUCCACUGUCCAGUCACAGCCAAUGCAACACUGACCAGCACACGCACACUCUCUGACAGACACACUUACUGACAGGCACACACACUCACUGACAGACACACAAAGAUACAGACACACACACAAACACACACACUCACUGACAGACACACAGACAGACUCACUGACAGACACACACACAGACACACUCACUGACUGACCGACAGACAGACACACACACACUGACAUACAUACAUUUACACAUUCUUGCACACACAUUUUCUUUAUUGCUCCCUAACUUUUGGAACCGAUGUGGGGCCUCCCCCUGGGGAACAGUGGGGAUUUUCUAUCUGCUCCUCACUGCUCCCUCGCGUGGUUUAGUGAUGCCGGGUGCCAAAAUAUGACAUCAUAUUCCGGCGCCCGGCAUCACUACAGACGGCGCACGCGAGGGAGCAGUGAGGAGCAGGAACACUGAGCUCCCUCACUGGCACUCCUCUCCGGCCGGGUACGUUUUCCUCACAUUGCAGGUGCCUACUCUGCUAUAACACUGAGCAUAUACUCGCGGCUCGCUGUACAGCAAAGACUGCCUGCUGAACUCUGGUGGCUUCGGCCUAGCAUGGGACAUUCUAUAGACAUACCAGGAAUCAAAAUUUUAAGAAAUCAAAAUGUCUUUGGGUUUUUAGAUGUGGAAAGUCUUAAUUAGUUAGAAUAAUCAUUGCAUAAAAUGGAAUAUGAAGCUGUUCAACCUAUGCAUCUAUGUGUUUAUAUGCUUGUCCCUAUGAUAUCCUCCUUGUAUUGUGUAAAUAUGCCCGUCCAUGUGAUUUAGGGAUAUGCCUUUCCUUGUGUUUGAUUGGGGAUAUAUCACUUCAUGGCUUGUAAGUCUGUCCAUAGGAUGUGGGAAUAUACCCAUUCAUGGGAUAUGGAACUACACUUACAUAAGCUAUUUAUGUCUUGAUAUUUAUAUCCUAAUAUUUCCAAGAAUUGUGGAAUUUUAAAGUAUCACUUAAAGAAAGAUGUGACUUAAUGGGAGAAACUCCUCUCACAGGCAUUGUGAGAUCAAAAGUGUCUAAUUUUAUAUUGAUUAGUUUUUAAAUUUGAAAAGGAGUGACAGCUGUCAUGUUCUCCCAUGAUGUCCAAAAGAAAGCAAUCAGCUAGUAAUACUGGAUAAAAGACCAUGGGUAAAUUCAACACCGUUUAUUACUUUUACCACCUCUGCUGAGCGUAUGUUUCUUGCUUGUUCCUCUUCAUAUCUGUUUUUGCUUUGUUAUUUCUUUGCUUUUCCCAUUUUUUUUUUUUUUAAAGCACCAUCAAAUUCCGCCGCGCUGCACAAAGGAUGGAUUUAUCAGAAAUAUAAACUCUCAGAGUAAAAUCCUCUAUAACUCAAAUGCUCCCAUCCGGUAUUGCUCCAUUAUUAGGAAUGAACGGUUUCCUGCUCUUUUUUUCGUAUGGAUUCUUAUUUCAUUUUCUUUUUGAACUUUGUCCUGGUUUUAAAUGAUCUUUAUCUUGAUUUCCUUAAUUUAUAACUGAAACCUUGCUAGAAUGGCCUGGAAUCUCCCACCCACUACUGAGUUAACCCACAGAGUGCCAGAGGGGUGAGCAUUGCAUCGAGGAGGAAAUCCCUACGGCACUCCCAGGCUGCAGUAAGAAGAGAAAGCAAUUUGUAUACUUGAUCAGUUCUGUCACUUGGCUCUUACAGGCUCUUAACAUUGGCUUUAUAGGGAUAUAAACUUCAACACAUCCUGGGAUGUCAGCACGUCUUAAUCCCACUUCAGAUGAUUUCAAAACACAAGUGGAGAGAGCAGCAUUCAGACCAUUCCGAUGAUUAAUUCUCUUAGCAUAGGGAUCAGAUUCUGGAGCCUGUCCCAUGAUAAUCACAUGCAGGCGGGCAGCGGCAGUGUCAGGUUCCCUCUCUCUGGGUUACAGGGCAUUAAUUAGGCCAAAAUGACACAGUAGCCGUAAUGGGCGAAAGAGACGGAUAAACAAUAUUACAGUAUCACUAUCAUCUUGCAGCUGCAAAGCCUGUUCUGCCUUGAUUUUAUUUUGACCACAUUAGAUCGCAUUGUGCCUAUGCAUGGCCAGCUAAACAUGCCAGUGUGCUGCCAAGUAUCAACAGCCUAUGUACUGAACAGUAAGUUGUGACGACUUAAGAACUGACUGAAAAUUUGGGCUAAAAUGGAUUAGUCUGAAACAGUCUUCAUACUGCCAAUUUGGAGGAUAUUUUCCCCCACGUCUGAUAUAUUUUUUGUGCCGAAACAGAGUCAUCAUGGCAUGGUAUUUAGUGAAUAGAUUUCACUGACUAACUUGAGAACCUGUGCUAACAGAAGGUUCCUCCUAGCUGGGAUUCUGCAAGACAAGCCCCCUGUAACUAAACACUAGCAGCUAUCACAGCUCCUGCUCUUAAACGGUAUCUGACCAGCACAGUCCUCACAGGACAAUUACACAGGCAGCCCCCAUUCAUAGAUAUCAUACACAAUACCACAAACUACAAUAUAACAGCCCACAUACGCACAAAUACAAUGUUACAAAGUUACUGCUGCACCCAUAAAUAACACAAGCACAAUACGGAAGCAUACACGCAGUAAAAAUACAUUUUUGGCACAGUACUACUAAAAGGUUGCCUAUACUGUUGUACGGCAAUGAGAAUGAAUAUAUGUCAAUGAUUUGUAAGCUCUGGCAGCCUUGUUGGUCAUAAUAGUAUAAGAAAUGGCCACUCUUAAAUGUGUUCUACUAUCUACUUAUCUGUGUUCACUUUCCCCACAAACUUUAGAUGAGGCUUUGUAUGUCUGUCUGUCUGUCUGCCUGUGUAGUAAUACCAUGAAUAUUUCAGGCAGGGUUCUGUUAAGGCCUAGGUAUUGCCUCACAACAAGUCCCGUUGUUUAAUCCUGGCACCUGUUUUAAUGUGACAAUGGAUGGCUCAGCCACCUGUGCACUGUCUAUAAAACCAGUUGCUUUCAGCCCCUGAUAACAUGUAAGCAGCAGUAUCAGCUUUCCUAGAACUGCCACCCUAGUGCCUCCGCAUCCAUCUCUUAAACACGGCCCUGACACUAAUCUAAUGAGCACUGAUAAAAAGCCUGAUAAUUCUCUCCUUCAUCUCCAGGCUCUGCAUUGUGUCAGCAAUGGCCUGAGUCUUACCAGUGGGGACAGAGAGGCUGGGGGGACAGGCUAAAGCAGGGGUUAGAAGUAUUUUGGCACGUCAGCCUAUGUGGAUUCCAGCUCCUAUAAUGCUUAUUCAGCUGAAAGGUGGCCUUCAUUGCUCCAAAUUCAACCAUUUGGUGGACAUCUUGCAAUGAUAGGUCAGAAGAGCUGGAAUUCUUAUGGUUGCCUAAUUUUUGGGUGUCUGGGCAAUUGGGAGUUGUGGUUUGCUGCACAUGGCAUUCAGGGUGGGGGAAUCAGGAUAAAUGUGUUGAUACACCAUAGGAGGUCACUAGUCUGAACACUUUAGAGAAAAUACUAUUAAUCCCAUAACUAUGACCUUUGACCAGUCCUUAAUGGCCUGUCACCUACUUCACUGAUUUAGCUUUUUAUGGCUGUGAUAUUACUUGCACUGUUUGUUUUGGACAAGAGAUUCCUAAGUGUGUACCCUCUAAUAGAGUGCCUCUGGACUAGUUAAUCUAAACUGAACAGCUGUUGCAAAACGGCAACUCCCAUGAAUCAUUGCCAGUCUCCCAGCUAGUAAAGUAGUUUUACAACAGCUGGAGAUGAUCUACAUUUGACCACCUCUGCUCUAGAUUAUAAUCUGAUUUUAACCUUGUUAACCUUUUAUCCCUGUUAACAUUUGUAGUAUUUUGUAUCUCAUUUCCUGUUUUAUCCCCUUGUAAAAUUGUAACAAGCUGCAGAAUUUAAAUAAAAAAAAUAAUAAUAUAGGACAAUAUUGUGAAACGCACUAAGCAGGCUAUAUUGGCAUAUGUCCAUGCAGGGUCAAAAUUUCCACUCUUCUCUAGUCAUGGCGAGUUGGAAUUCACCAAUGUUAAAUGGGGCAGGAAUGCAGUGGCUAGUAACUUUUAAAGGCUACCUGUCAUGCCCCAAACAACGUAUGCUCAUUAGAUUGAACAUAAGAUUCUAUCUAUACAUUGUGCUAGCAGUUGUAUAGACUAGGAGAAAAACCUAUUUAAAAAUGCAGAGGCAUUGACUGACAAAGGGGAGCUGAAAAGACCUCCCACAUAGCAUAGCGCUGUGGUUGCUAUGGAAACUCGCUAACCUGCACUUCAAGCACCGGCUAGGGAGUAUGGAAACGGAGUGACGUGAUGUCAGUCUGUUCCGACGACGGCACGCUGACCACAAAUCCAGCGUUCAGAAACCACUAGCAAACUUUGCACUACUUGGGGGUGCAUCCCAAACAGGGUAAAUCAAAGAAGAACAGAGGCGGAGUGGAGGACGGCCCGGAGGUGGGUGUUACAUGAACCCAUAAAUGUUGAUGUCGGCGCUGGAACAGAGGAAAAGUGAGUAAAUCUUUAUCUUUUACAUUGAAUACACCAUAUAUCUUUGUGAUAUAUGGAUAUAUGGUGUAUUCAAUGUAUAUGGGUGUGAUUUAAGGUAAGUAAAAUUUUUAAUAGCAGGUUAACUGUAAGGUCUGGCUAGUAGUGUAGAACUUGAAAUUAUGCCCUGUAAUUUCACCAAAAUAUUUCAGCAAAAUUCAUGGUAAAAAUUCAGUUAUACUCCCACGUGCCUGGGUGAAAGAAACACUAUUGCGUUUGGAAUACAAACAUGUAUUCCUUAUGCUAUAGUAUUCUAGUUAUAGAUACAAAUCAUGCACAUGAUGGACUAUUUAGUGCCCAACAACUAAACUGCCAGAGGGUGUCUUCAAAAUUCUUAGCAAAUCCUUUUUUUCCGAAUUAAAACUUUGUAUGUCUCAUGUAAGUGAUUUAAUAUUGUAGUAAUAUUUUCCUGGUUCAUAGCUGCAGACCUCACGCUCUCUUACCAGCCCACCAGGAAUCCAGGACCCCACUAGAAUGCAAGGGAAUAUGACCCCUCCUCGUUGGAUCUAAAGGGUUCCGAUAACAUUUACCAGGAAAGCUAAGCAAUGUCACUAGCUAGCACACACCACACACUGCAAACAGCGAGCACACAUCAAACAUGAAACAUAAAGCUUGCACACACAUUAUAUGCACAGCCAGCACACACCACACAUAAAACACACAUUACAUGUAGCCAGCACACACCACAGACACUCAUUACAUUUAGCCAUCACAUACAUACUAUGGGGGGAAGGUGGGGGAGGGGACGACAGAGGGCGAGACACUAAACUCCACAUUUUCGCAAAUGAAAUCCUAGUGGCAAAACGGAGACAAAAAUAGCCAGUUUUGACUAUAACUGCACAGGAGAAUUUAAGCAGGAACCCUACACUUCCAAUUUGAAAUACAUUUUUGUAUAUUGUUAUGGACAAGUGGAUUGGGCUACCACUUUAGUUCCUUGGACAAGUAGUUUUUUUUGUUAUAUUUGCACACCUCUGCUCAACUACAAAAUAUGAUUUAAUUAAACCAUAUCACCAUAUUGUGUUAAACGCACCACAUCCUCAAGAAUACCACUAAACAUUAACUGAGAGAGAAGCGUAAAGGAACACUAUAGCGUUAGAAAUACAAAACUUUAUAUCUAACACUGUAGUGUAUUUCUGCCCUAAAGUUAGUGUCCAGGCCCCCCUUCUCAGUGCCAAAUAAAGGGUAAACCACUAUUUAAACACUUAAUUGCUUUAUACCCCAUCCCUUAUAGACUGUAAGCUCAUUUGAGAAGGGUCCUCUUCAACCUAUCGUUCCUGUAAGUUUUCUUGUAAUUAUCCUAUCUAUAGUUAAAUCCCCUCUCUUAUAAAAUUGUAAAGCACUAUGGAAUCUGUUGGCGCUAUAUAAAUGGUAAUGAUAAUAAUAAUUGAUUCCAGCACCAAGGUUUCUCAUCACUGACUUUGUCUCCACCUACUCCGACAUCGUCAAUAGCAGGGGACAUAAUGCGUAAGCUCAGCAGGUGUUGCACACGCAUUAGGUCUUCCUCUUAUGAAAGCAUUGAAUCAAUGCUUUCCUAUGGGGUUUUGCAAAACACUAGACGUCUUAAUGCAAAGCUUGAGCAUUGUCCAGCAUUGUUUCAAGUUAAACUCUGUGAAAUAGUAGGUAGAGAGCCACUAGAGGCAGUCUUAACCCUGCAAUGUAAACAUACGUUGCAAGGUUAAAGGAACUGGGACACUGCACCCAGACCACUUUAGUCUUUAAAGAGACUCAAUGAUGUGAUCCGGGUGCCAUGUCCCUCUUGUUUUAACCCUGCAGUGCAAAAUAUGUUGCUGUUCUUCAGAAACUGCAAUGUUUACAUUGCAGGGUUUAAAUAACUGUCUAGAAGGGAAAAGGUAAGUAAAAUGUUUUUUUUUUUUUUAUCACAAAAAGAGGGGUGGGGAACCUAAACUAUUAACAGGGAACUAUAUGAAUACACAUUUGUAUUCCUAAUGCUAUAGUCCUCAAGUACCCCCUAACAAUCCAGGAUUACCCAGUUGUGUCUAAGAUGUUUCUAAAAAGAAAGGAAAAAGCACUAUAGACACAACAGGGUAAUGUUAGGAGGAACUUAACAUUACCCUGUUGUUGGGAGGUACUUGAGGACUGAGUUGGAAACCUAUGUUUCUGUUAUAGUAUUUAUGUAACACAAACCAUCUUAAAGGGACACUAUGCAUUCUAACAGCUUCGUCUCAAUGAGUUUCCAGCAGCCCCUGUGCUGCUCGGGCUUAAGAGGAAACAUUAGCCUGAGCAGCAAUGGUGGGAGGAUGUGAUUGGCUGAGAGUUUCAGCUAAACCCCUCUCAGCCUAUCACAGUGCCCAUUGCUGGUAUGAAUUGGUUUGGCUAGAUGGAAGUGUGUAGUAUAGUCUAAACCUCCAGUAGAGGCUGGCCUGUGGGUCGCUUGUGACCUACUAGUGUUAUAUUGCUCAAAAUGGUUAAAUAUUGAAUGGAGGGAGAAUGCCAGGGGACUCCAUGCACUUUACCUAAUUUAAUGAGAUGACAUGGUUAUAAUGCAUACAGUGUCCCUUUAACGCUGUUUUAAAAUCUGAAAAAUUUCACUAUCUCUGCAGUUCUAGAACUUAAGGUUGAUAUGUCAGAAUAUACCAGUAUCAGGGGCUGUAUUACUUGCAUCCCUGCUUAAAGGUCAUUGUUGUUGGCUUAGCUUAGUAUAGCAAAUGGAAGCUGCAUAGGCAGGAGCCUCUGACUCUUCAGCAUUAGUAGUGGAGACGGGGAGUGACACUUAGGUGACCUUAGGUAAUAAUUCUUACUAUUCAAAAAUACAUAGAGUACCUAAAAUUGGCGUGCCAGUAAGAUGUAGUGGUUGUGGUGCUUGGAGUGUUAAUUUAACGCACACAAAAAAAAAUCACAACCCAUGUGUACUUCAUAGCAUGCCUGUCCCCAAUUAAGCAUGUCAGUCCUGAUUUUUGUGUUGUAUUUUUUGCAUUGUCUGCCAUAUAGCUAUGUCGUUUUGGCAGCACCCAAGUAAGUAAUAUAUGUUCUGGGUCGUGAUUCUAAUUCUCAUUUUUUGUUAGAAAAACUUGGCUGCAGCCAGUUAGCUUCUGUGUUCUAUUAGUUUGUUUCUAACUGACAGGAAUACUUGUAGUGACUGGUGAGAGUAUCAUUAACUAGUACCAUGAAUUUUCCAUGAGUUUUGAUUUAACUCCUUCUGUGCUGGAUGGCUUAACUUACCCUGGUCCUGACAGAUUUCCAUGGCCUAGUACAAUAUGAUAUAAGGGGCUAGGGCUGAUUAUCUCUGUAUAUAAAUCCAACAUAUUCUGGAGCGCUGUACAUACAGUAUGAUGCAAAAACUCCAUGGAUGAUUUCUGUCUCAGAAUGGAUUACUACCCAGACAGGCUCUAAAUCUCUACUACUGCAUCUUAAACCCAGCAAGACGGGAGACAACUAUAUUUUAUAUAUUGUCUGUUAUCCUUUAUUUGAGAGUUUAGCCAUUCAUGUCCCAGUGGAGUAUACUUGCUAGCGUGUGUACAUCUAGUGAUUGCUUAUUUUUUACAUUAACACAAGCAUAAUGUGAUGCUAAUUUGGGAGAUCCCCUUAGAGCAGAUAUAUUAAUGGGGCAACAAUGAUUUCUGUUAAGUAUUGUGCCAUUGCCAGGGAUUGCAGCUUGUGUUUGUUCACCCAUUUUGCUGUUUCUGUCUCUCUGCGCCCCUGGCAGCAUCUCCUCCCAGCUGCAGCCUAAACGAUGCAGGGCGGGGGGAAGAAUUGGGGGUUUGAUACUUCAGAGUCUGUGAAUUGCUAAACAUUAGUGUAUUGCCACAACUGGAAACAUCUGGCCUAGAAACUGGAGAACACAAUGAAAGCAUCAAUCUGUCCCAUACAGUGUUACCUCCUCCCUCCAUUGCAGUAUGACAGUAUACCCCGUCUGUGCCAUGCAGUGUUACCUCCUCCCUCCAUUAUCUAUUGCAGUAUGACAGUAUACCCCGUCUGUGCCAUGCAGUGUUACCUCCUCCCUCCAUUAUCCAUUGCAGUAUGAUAGUGUACCCCGUCUGUGCCAUGCAGUGUUACUUCCUCCCUCCAUUAUCCAUUGCAGUAUGACAGUAUACUCCGUCUGUGCCAUGCAGUGUUACCUCCUCCCUCCAUUAUCCAUUGCAGUAUGACAGUAUACCCCGUCUGUGCCAUGCAGUGUUACCUCCUCCCUCCAUUAUCCAUUGCAGUAUGACAGAAUACCCCGUCUGUGCCAUGCAGUGUUACCUCCUCCCUCCAUUAUCCAUUGCAGUGUGACAGUAUACCCCUUCUGUGCCAUGCAGUGUAACCUCCUCUCUCCAUUAUCCAUUGCAGUAUGACAGUAUACCCUGCCUGUGCCAUGCAGUGUUACCUCCUCCCUCCAUUAUCCAUUACAGUAUGACAGUAUACCAUCUGUGCCAUGCAGUAUUACCUCCUCUCUCCAUUAUCCAUUGCAGUAUGACAGCAUACCCCGUCUGUGCCAUGCAGUGUUACCUCCCCUCUCCAUUAUCCAUUGCAGUAGGACAGUAUACCCCAUCUGUGCCAUGCAGUGUUACCUCCUCCCUCCAUUAUCCAUUGCAGUAUGACAGUAUACCCCGUCUGUGCCAUGCAGUGUUACCUCCUCCCUCCAUUAUCCAUUGCAGUAUGAUAGUGUACCCCGUCUGUGCCAUGCAGUGUUACUUCCUCCCUCCAUUAUCCAUUGCAGUAUGACAGUAUACUCCGUCUGUGCCAUGCAGUGUUACCUCCUCCCUCCAUUAUCCAUUGCAGUAUGACAGUAUACCCCGUCUGUGCCAUGCAGUGUUACCUCCUCUCUCCAUUAUCCAUUGCAGUAUGACAGAAUACCCCGUCUGUGCCAUGCAGUGUUACCUCCUCUCUCCAUUAUCCAUUGCAGUAUGACAGUAUACCCCGUCUGUGCCAUGCAGUGUUACCUCCCCUCUCCAUUAUCCAUUGCAGUAGGACAGUAUACCUCAUCUGUGCUAUGCAGUGUUACCUCCUCUCUCCAUUAUCCAUUGCAGUAUGAAAGUAUACCCUGCCUGUGCCAUGCAGUGUAACCUCCUCUCUCCAUUAUCCAUUGCAGUAUGACAGUAUACCGUCUGUGCCAUGCAGUAUUACCUCCUCUCUCCAUUAUCCAUUGCAGUAUGACAGCAUACCCCGUCUGUGCCAUGCAGUGUUACCUCCCCUCUCCAUUAUCCAUUGCAGUAGGACAGUAUACCCCAUCUGUGCCAUGCAGUGUUACCUCCUCUCUCCAUUAUCUAUUGCAUUAUGACAGUAUACUCCGUCUGUGCCAUGCAGUGUUACCUCCUCCCUCCAUUAUCCAUUGCAGUAUGACAGUAUACCCCAUCUGUGCCAUGCAGUGUUACCUCCUCUCUCCAUUAUCCAUUGCAGUAUGACAGUAUACUCCGUCUGUGCCAUGCAGUGUUACCUCCCCUCUCCAUUAUCCAUUGCAGUAGGACAGUAUACCCUGCCUGUGCCAUGCAGUGUUACCUUUUCUCUCCAUUAUCUAUUGCAUUAUGACCGUAUACUCCGUCUGUGCCAUGCAGUGUUACCUCCCCUCUCCAUUAUCCAUUGCAGUAGGACAGUAUACCCUGCCUGUGCCAUGCAGUGUUACCUCCUCCCUCCAUUAUCCAUUGCAGUAUGACAGUAUACUCCGUCUGUGCCAUGCACUGUUACCUCCUCCCUCCAUUAUCCAUUACAGUAUGACAGUAUACCCCAUCUGUGCCAUGCAGUGUUACCUCCUCUCUCCAUUAUCCAUUGCAGUAUGAAAGUAUACCCUGCCUGUGCCAUGCAGUGUAACCUCCUCUCUCCAUUAUCUAUUGCAGUAUGACAGUAUACCCUGCCUGUGCCAUGAAGUGUUACCUCCUCCCUCCAUUAUCCAUUACAGUAUGACAGUAUACCGUCUGUGCCAUGCAGUAUUACCUCCUCUCUCCAUUAUCCAUUGCAGUAUGACAGCAUACCCUGUCUGUGCCAUGCAGUUACCUCCCCUCUCCAUUAUCCAUUGCAGUAGGACAGUAUACCCCAUCUGUGCCAUGCAGUGUUACCUCCUCCCUCCAUUAUCCAUUGCAGUAUGACAGUAUACCCCGUCUGUGCCAUGCAGUGUUACCUCCUCCCUCCAUUAUCCAUUGCAGUAUGAUAGUGUACCCCGUCUGUGCCAUGCAGUGUUACUUCCUCCCUCCAUUAUCCAUUGCAGUAUGACAGUAUACUCCGUCUGUGCCAUGCAGUGUUACCUCCUCCCUCCAUUAUCCAUUGCAGUAUGACAGUAUACCCUGCCUGUGCCAUGCAGUGUUACCUCCUCUCUCCAUUAUCCAUUGCAGUAUGACAGUAUACCCCGUCUGUGCCAUGCAGUGUUACCUCCCCUCUCCAUUAUCUAUUGCAGUAUGACAGUAUACCCUGCCUGUGCCAUGAAGUGUUACCUCCUCCCUCCAUUAUCCAUUGCAGUAUGACAGUAUACCCCAUCUGUGCCAUCCAGUGUAACCUCCUCUCUCCAUUAUCUGUUGCAGUAUGACAGUAUACCCUGCCUGUGCCACGCAGUGUUACCUCCUCCCUCCAUUAUCCAUUGCAGUAUGUAAAGGCUAAACUGAUGACUCGAUCCCUUCUGGUCACGGCUCUCCAACCCUCGAUUGUCACCUGAGCUCAGGGAAGAAUUAUGGAAGCAGUAUGACAGUAUACCCCAUCUGUGCCAUGCAGUGUUACCUCCUCCCUCCAUUACAGUAUGACAGUAUACCCCGUCUGUGCCAUGCAGUAUUACCUCCUCUCUCUGGGCUAUAUUGAAAUCUAUAAAAUGAUGGUGAUUAGAGUAUAUUUUUAAUAAGUCCCCUCUCUGGGAUAAAUCUAGCCAUCUAAUGUCACUUUCGAUUUGAACACAAUGUGUUUAAUGAUGGGUUUACAAACACUGGGCCUACAGUUUCCAAAAUAUAUCUGCUGCUGGCAUUUUCUAUUUUAAAGCAAAUCUGUCACAUGUGAGAUAUGAGUAUUUUAUAUAAAUAUAGAUUGAUAUAAUUAGCCCCAGAUGUUGCAGCCGCCUUCUGAAAAGGCACAGCAGGGACAUUUUAUGUAAUUCCUCUUACAUAUCUUGUUUAAGGUUACCUCCCGACCCGUGUCCGUCAGUUGAAAUCAAUGUAAACUUGUCUCUAAAUUAGCGGACUCCCAAAACAAACUCCCUUAACUUUCAGAAACAGGAGGAAGCAUACAGAGCAUGGAAAUGGGAAUGUUAAAGCACUGUCAUAAUUGUAUUCCCCCGGUUUAUUUAGUUGUAAUGCCCCUUUGAUUUUAAUGAUUAUACACCCCGUUCUACUUGCCGCUAUAUAUAUUUAUUAUCUUUUUGCCUUGUACUAAAUACCUGGGUGCCGCCAUUUUGUCCAUGAUGUCUGCAGUUUGCCUUUCUGUAGGAUUCUUUUGACUUGUGGAUAAAUUAAAGGACCACUCUAGGCACCCAGACCACUUCAGCUUAAUGAAGUGGUCUGGGUGCCAGGUCCAGCUAGGGUUAACCCAUUUUUUAAUAAACAUAGCAGUUUCAGAGAAACUGCUAUGUUUAUUAAUGGGUUAAGCCUUCCCCCUAAUCCUCUAGUGGCUGUCUCAUUGACAGCCACUAGAGGCGCUUGCGUGCUUCUCACUGUGAAAAUCAGGUGAGGUAAGUUGGUCGGCAGUCCAGUUUGUCAUGAUGCCUUCAUCUUCUCACCUACAAUAUUAUUAUGUUUUCACAACGUAAUUUUCAACUUUGAACUUUGGGGCUGUUCCACAGUCCCAAUAACUAGUGGAAGGAGUGAGUAGAAAAUUAGGAAAGGAUGAGGAUAGAGGAAAAGUAGAAGAAUGGGGUCAUCAGGGCAUACGCUGCUGGUGCCAGUCAACCCAGGUGUUCUAUCUCUGUCCCAAAGGGGUCCUUCCAGUAUCUGUCAAGUAUGAGUGUGUAGUGCUGGAGAAAGAGGUAUACUAUUUUCGCUCAGUACAUAAUAAACCAUGCCAAUCUUGCGUUACGUGUGGCUCGAUGCCAAAUAUUUAAUCCAGGUUUUAGUUCCUCUUAGUUAAGGAAAUGGCCUGUAGACCAGCUUGGCAGUAUGCCGUCGUUUUCUCAUUUUACAACAGUAUGAUGUUUUAACUAAGUGAUUUGCUUCUAGGAGCGUUGGGGUUGUUCCACUUUCCCCAUAACUAGUAGAACUAGGGAAGAGAGAGAUAGGAAGAGAUAGAGAUAGAGGGAAGGUAGUAGGUUAGGGUCACCAGAGCGUAGGGUGUCGGCACCAGUCCACCCAGGAUUUUCGUUUCAGUCCCAGAGGGACCCCUCUAGGGUUGGUCCAGUAUGGGUGCGUAGUGCUCGUCCUGUCCUAUUAUUGGCCAUGAGGUCUUAAAUGUAAUUCAGGCAGGUUGUUAUAGGGUGGCCUUUUUCUAGCUGUGCUCCUAACCAAGGGGGCCUCGAGGGGGGGGUUUGUCAGCAGAGUGGUAUAACACUCCUUACCAUAGGGGCAAGACCCCAAGAUUCUGAGUGCCAGAGGGUGCAAUUUCUAGCCAGAAGGCUCUCUAAGUAGGGAAACGAUUAAGCUGGGUAUAAAUCAAACAUCAUCGAAACAGUAUAUGAAUGUUCGGGCUGCAGCUGUGUAGAUCGGCUCCCGAUGAAUUCAGGUUCCUGGUUUUGGAUUCAAGUGGUCAGAAGAUGUGGAUGGUUCUGCCUGCCUGGGAACCCGGGCAUCUGUGCUGGAUCGUUGAUUGGUAACCUGUUUAGGAACAGGGAGGCCCAGGGCCUUAAAGAAGGUCGGUGACUCAGCCAGUGUGGAUAGUUUGUGUACAGUCCUCUUGUGUGUGGCCACCAGGAACCUGGGGGAUCUCCAGUGGUAUUUGUGACGAAGUGCCCUUCGCCACUUGUGCCUGGAGAGGACUGCUUGCCCGCCUCUUGCCCUGUGACUAUGGCCCCUGGGAUGUAUUGCCCUUUAAAGACAUGAUUUGGGCAUAAUGGAUUUGUGUUGUGCUGCUGCUGGCCCUUUAAGAACCAUCUGGGGACAUACUGUGGAGUUACUGGGUGGCCACCAUUUCCUGUAUCAGAAGCACAUGGUGAGAACAAUGGAUGGCGGCCAUUUUAACUCACAGACACUGGUUGGACUUUUCAACACGGUGCCAUCUCGCCAGUAUUUGGUGCACAGAGACAUCGUGCAGUGGUUUUGGACUAUACAGCAGGGGACACAUUAUAAAGUGAUUGUUUUUCAUUUAGCCUGUAUAUGUUCUGCAGAAUCUGCAUUAAACUGUAUUUUCCAAAGUACUGAACAGAUCUGGGUGAAUUUUGGAUAUGUGGUUCACCCAGAUCCCCCAGUUCCAAGGAUAUACCUUUUAUGGGGUUAUUGCAUGUUUUGGGGUCCCUGUGCGUUUUAUGAAACUGUAUAAUAUCUGGCCAGCAGAUAAUUGAGCUUUGUGUAUUGUAGAAACUCAAUUAUCUAGCCUGGUCCAGAGGAGGAGUUUUGUGUUGCAUAAAUUGUGAGUUCUGUGUGCCAGUAAAUUAGUCUUGUUCCAGCAUUAAGCCUUGGCUCAUGUUUGGGGGAAGGGAUACCUACACUCUGGGGAUUGCUAUAAUCACUUACUCCCCAGAGGAAGCUCUUGCAAUAGCUUGAUUUGUUCCUGCUCUCUGGGGAAAGAGAGGUUCACCCACUGGAAGCUGGAUCCUGGCCUUGGGUCCAGGGUGGGUGGAAACAGCAGAGACCCCGCCGCAGUUACAUCGCUGGAAGUGGGGUCUGCAGUGCUGAUGGUGUCGGUUGGAGUGCUUGGAGUCCUCAGCGAGCACUAGGAGCAUCGAUUGGCGGAGGUACUCAGUCGGCGUGCCAGCGUUCCGUCACAGUAUUCCAUUCCCGCUUCUCUCAGGAUGCUGGUGACGGGGUUCAGAGAUCUUCCCCAUUGUGGCGUGGAUCUGGUUAGGUUCUGGUAAAUUAAGAGACUUGCAUCUUCGAAUGUCAAUGGCAUCUUGCCACGGAGUGCUGUCAUCAGGAGUCUUUUGUCCUGUGAGGUAGAGCAAUGCACGAUCACAUCUUGAUCCAUAUUUGAGGCUGCUCUGCCCAAUGAUGGUAGACAGUAGAUCCCAUCUAUAUUACGUUUUUUAAAAUGUGUCGGUGGCAGUAAUGAGGCUACGAGUCGCCUCAUAUAGUGAGGGAGCUCGUCAGGCAUGACGGUAUCAGGUAUCCCACCUAAGCUUAAGGUAGUUACGUCGGGUCCUGUCAUCUAGGGCUAUGUAGUGGAGAGAGAGGGCUUGUUGCUGGGCUUGUAAGGCCAGUACAGAGUCCUGUAGAGAUGACAUGUCAUCCUCCGAGGACUUCACCCUGUCAGUGACUGCUUGCACAUCCACCUUGAUGGUCGCCACGUCGGCUGUCAGGAGGCUCUUGAUCGCUGUGUAACUGGGGCUGACCCGUCUGAGUCCCCCUUGUUUGUUUGUACCUCCUCUGGAGGCAAGUCAGGUUGUACGGAGUCUGCUGGUACCUUUGUGGGCUCGCGGUCCGCCGCUCCCACCAUUUUAGGAGGUGGUUGUCGCUGCAGUUCUUAUGUCCCUGGACCCCACUGGUGAUUCCGGAGGUGGCUUUUGGAACCGUCGGCCCAUCGAUGCUGGGACAAGUAAGUAGGGAAGUCUUCUACCUCUGGGUACUCUGGAUACUCAAAGCCGCUCAGCAGUGCCGGCCAAUGGAGCCCUGCCAUGGGUCUGUAGGCCCCAGGUCUGCGUUUACGCCGGUUCACCCUCGCCGGGUAUACGAAUGGCAUAGGGUGUCCUGGGAGGCGCUCAGCUUAUAUCCCUGGUCAGGAGUAGGGUCUUUGAGGUUUGAAACCUUGAAUAUCAGGCCUUUUAACAGUUUUUAGUGUGGAGCGAUGCAGAGUUGCGUCCGCUCUGGCUUGCGGUCAAGCUCCGCCCUGAUUCCUCCACUUUUAACACUUUUUACCACUUUUCUGUUCACAUUACUUUUUAAAUCUCACCCAGAAGGGUCCGAUUCCCAUUUAGUUUUAUCAAGUAAUGUGUAUUUCUUUUAAAUGUGUACCACUUUAUCAUGCACCCAGGAAGAAUAUGGCGUUGAGGAUUUAAAGUACUUGCAUUCAUUCCUAUGAACAUUUUAAUAAACAACACUCCUAUGAAUUCUGAUAAACCUUUGCCCCAUUCUGUGUAGAUAGCCCCAGAAUUGUAAUACCACUCUGGGACAUUGGGGAAUUUGGGAUUCCUAAAAGCAUAAUCCUGAUGGAAUUUUCUAAAUUUAGUCAGGAUAUUUCCCAUGGCUCAGAAAGCCGGGGAGGAUGGAAGCGAUUUGAGGCUCUAUGAGGGACAAACGGAAUCAUGUAGAGGGAGGGAGAUCCAUGCACCAAAGGGUGUUCAGCCAUAGAUGUUUAAUGAAUGUCCAAAAUAUGAAGGAAAUUCAUAGCACCAUGAGACAGCCAUCAUUAGGCAAUCUGGGUAUACUGCUACUUAUUUUUACUCUUUCACCCCUUUAUCAAAGCAUAAUGUUUGUAUGGAGCCCACAAUGGCAAUAUAUGUGGUGCAGGCCAGGAGAGUUGUUUACAGGGGAUUAUGAUAUGUAAAAUAAAAAUUCUACAAGUGAAUACCUCCCAACAUUUAAAAUGGACAAAGAGGAACACUUUAAUUUUGGGGGUGUGAAUGAAGAUGUGGCCAAAGGCAGGGCUUUUUCAUUGAAUAAUAGCAAUUUAUACAUAAAAUGUGAUUUAGAACAAGAACAAUGUAUGUUACUUACAAAGAGAUUUCUAAACACAUUAUUGUAGUUUAAAGACAAAUUACUGUGAGUAGUAUUGCUGUGGAGCUCUGUUAUACACUCAUACACCAACAGAAUGGAGCUCCUUGAAAAGAGGGAAGAGAGAGAUUUGGGCACAAAAUAGAGACUGUCCCUCCUAAAUAGGGAAACUUGGGGGGUAUGUAAGUUAGGUUUUAUGAUCAGCACUGCCAGCUAAUUACAAUGCUGUCACAGUGUCCUCUUGUUUGGCAGUCAGUGGGUCUGUGUUGCCCUGUGUACAGUGUGUGCUUUUACUUUAUGUUUUAUAGUGUUUUGUAUUUGCGUGUUUGCAUAGUUCAUAAUAUAUUGUGUGUUCUAUGAUCUCUGUGUGUGUGCCUAAUGUGUGUUGUAAAUACACCGAACAAAAUUAUAAACGCAACACUUUUGUUUUGACCCCAUUUUAAUGACCUGAACUCAAAGACAUAAUACUUUUUCUAUGUACACAAAAGGCCUAUUUCUCUUAAAUAUUGUUCACAAAUCUGUGUUAGUGAUCACUUCUCCUUGAGAUAAUCCAUCCACCUCACAGGUGUGGCAUAUCAAGAUGCUGAUUAGACAGCAUGAUUAUUGCACAGGUGUGCCUUAGGAUGGCCACAAUAAUUAAUUUAUUUUUUUUCGGUUUCAUUUCACUACAGUUUGCUGUUUAGUGAAUAAGUCCCUCUAUAUUCCUGCAUUUCUGACCACGUUGAUUUUUGCAGCUGUAUAUACAUCUUCUCCGACAAUAAACAGUUAGUUCACAUGUAAUAGGGCGUCUGUUUUGCGUCCCUGUAAUUAGGCAUGUUUGUUAACUGGGUUCCAAAGAUAUUUUGUUUUCAAAUAAAGCAUUGCACAACAGCAAAUUCAGAAACAGGGAAAUUCAUGUAACAUUAUUAAAAUGGCAACAUUUCACAUUAGUCGUUUGUCCCCAAGUGCGAUCUUGUGACCGCGAUAUAAUGCCUCAGUGUGCUCUAUAAUCUCUGGUAUAGCAAAGUGUAGAUGAGGUCGUUGGGGGUAAUUUACUUGUGUAUGUUAUUGCUGAGUACAUAACAGUGUAGGCUGGCAGUGUGCUGAAGCAGUUGUCUGUGUCUUCUCCGAUUUGAUAAGUCUUGUGUGCCAAAAGUAUCUAUUUGUUUAUUACUUAUACUAGUUGACAAUAAUGCUGAACAUGUUCACAAACACAAACUUCCUGUCUGCCCUUCAUGGAGCCAGAGCAUUAUGUGUAUGGUAUGAACAGACAGCAGCAUACAAUGUGUGGGAUAUGCGGAGCAGUGUGAGUGGAAUGUGCAGUGCUUUCAGCGUGAGAAUUUAGCCGUGUGCACGGGUCAUGCAGAGCAGUGUAUAUGGAGGUUAUGCUGAGAAAAUACCAUUGUUAGUCAUGCAGCACAGUAUCUGGAUAGAAUAAGCAUCACAUGCUGAGCAGUUUGUUUGUUAAUGGAAGGCAGAGCAUUAUGUGGUGGACGUGUAGAAUUGAACGUGGUUUGACUAGACCACAGCCCCUGGAUAGUGGAGCAACAUGUGAGACUUGUACUAUCAAAAUGAAGUGAUUUGGGUGCCAUCCCCCUGUCAGUUUAACCCUGCAGCUGAAAUCAUUGCCGUUCUGUAGGACUCUAGAUGUUGUUGUCUACAUCUCCCCUGAUGCUAUGCCAGCAUUUUGGCUGUAAGAGUAUUAUGGGAGAUAUAGUUCACGACAUCUGUAGUGCUGAAGGCUGCCUACUCCUGCACAUUAUUAUUUUAUUAUUUAUAUCGCGCCAUCAGAUUCCGUAGCGCUGUACAAUGCACAUUAGAGGUCCUUUCGCCACAAGAGCCAAGUAAAUCUUGGCUAUUCAAUCAGAUAGUCUCACAGAGGCCAUUUGAUUGGCGUAGUGCAGCGUUUUGUCCUACAUGCGCGCUAGCCUCCCAGUUUUUCUCUAUGGGAAAACAUGAGAUUUGAUGAGAUCAUCUAUAAGAGGCAGAGCACAAGUAAUACUGACCUUUUAUCAAACCCCUACACGAGGGGGCAACUAAAUAGGUGUCAGUACACUGCAGCGUUGGGAAUACAUUUGGAAAAAACUAGACAUUACUUUAACUGUACACUAGUAGUGGUUUAUUAAUCAAAAAGACAUUGACAAAGUAAACUAAUCUCGUACAUCAUGUACAAUACACACUGUGUUCUUUUACAUGCUAUUUUGUUCUGGUGAUAUAUUUCAUGAACACUUAGAUUUUAUAAUUCAUCAUGGUUAAAUUGCAAAUUAAACAAAUAAUAUGUAUCAGUCAGUGUUGUGUUGGUCCUGCAGAGCUGGCACAGCAUUUGUGGCACACAAGUAGCAGACCAAUGUGUGAGGUAUGUAUGUAUGUAUGUAUGAGGCAGAGCAUUGUGUGUGGUGUAGAUGGAAUGAGCAGUGUAGUGUGUUAGUUUCACAGGAGUAGAGCAAUGUGUGUCAGAUAUACAUGAAAGGAGCACAUGGAGCAGAGCAUGGGGGUAUACAUGGAAGGAGCAAUGCAGUGUGUGGGGUAUACAUGGAAGGAGCAAUGCAGUGUGUGGGGUAUACAUGGAAGGAGCAAUGCAGUGUAUAUAGUAUACAUGGAAGGAGCAAUGCAGUGUGUAGGGUAUACAUGGAAGGAGCAAUGCAGUAUGUGGGGUAUAAAUGAAAGGAGCAAUACAGUAUGUGGAUGGUAUACAUGGAAGGAGCAAUGCAGUGUGUGGGGUAUACAUGGAAGGAGCAAUGCAGUGUGGGGUAGAAGUAUAUGGAAGGAGCAAUGCAGUGUGUGGAGUAUACAUGCAAGGAGCAAUGCAGUGUGUAGGGUAUACAUGGAGGGAGCAGUGCAGUGUGUAGGGUAUACAUGGAAGGAAUAAUGCAGUGUGUGGGGUAUACAUGGAAGGAGCAAUGCAGUGUGUGGGGUAUACAUGGAAGGAGCAAUGCAGUGUGUGGGGUAUACAUGGAAGGAAUAAUGCAGUGUGUGGGGUAUACAUGGAAGGAAUAAUGCAGUGUGUGGGGUAUACAUGGAAGGAGCAAUGCAGUGUGUGGGGUAUACAUGGAAGGAGCAGUGCAGUGUGUGGGGUAUACAUGGAAGGAGCAAUGCAGUGUGUAGGGUAUACAUGGAAGGAAUAAUGCAGUGUGUAGGGUAUACAUGGAAGGAAUAAUGCAGUGUGUGGGGUAUACAUGGAAGGAGCAAUGCAGUGUGUGGGGUAUACAUGGAAGGAGCAGUGCAGUGUGUAGGGUAUACAUGGAAGGAAUAAUGCAGUGUGUGGGGUAUACAUGGAAGGAGCAAUGCAGUGUGUGGGGUAUACAUGGAAGGAGCAAUGCAGUGUGUGGGGUAUACAUGGAAGGAGCAAUGCAGUGUGUGGGGUAUACAUGGAAGGAGCAAUACAGUGUGGAUGGUAUACAUGGAAGGAGCAAUGCAGUGUGUGGGGUAUACAUGGAAGGAGCAAUGCAGUGUGUAGUGUAUACAUGGAAGGAGCAAUGCAGUGUGUGGGGUAUACGUGGAAGGAGAAAUGCAGUGUGUGGGGUAUACAUGGAAGGAACAAUGCAAUGUGUGGGGUAUACAUGGAAGGAGCAAUGCAGUGUGGGGUAGAAGUACAUGCAAGGAGCAAUGCAGUGUGUGGGGUAUACAUGGAAGGAGCAAUGCAGUGUGGGGUAUACAUGGAAGGAGCAAUGCAGUGUGUGGGGUAUACAUGGAAGGAACAAUGCAGUGUGUGGGGUAUACAUGGAAGGAACAAUGCAGUGUGGGGUAGAAGUACAUGGAAGGAGCAAUGCAGUGUGGGGUAGAAGUACAUGGAAGGAGCAGUGCAGUGUGUGGGGUAUACAUGGAGGGAGCAGUGCAGAUUAUCGGGUGUAAAUGGAAAAAGCAGUGCAGUGUGUGAUGUACAGAGAAGGAGUAGUCAGUGCAGUGUGUGAUGUUGAGAGAAGUAUCAGUGCAGUGCGUGAUGUACAGAGAAGGAUCUGUCAUUGCAGUGUUUGAUGUACAGAGAAGGAUCAGUGCAGUAUGUGAUGUACAGAGAAGAAGCAGUCAGUGCAGUGUGUGAUGUACAGAAAAGGAGCAGUGCAGUGUGUGAUGUACAGAGAAGAAGCAGUCAGUGCAGUGUGUGAUGUACAGAAAAGGAGCAGUGCAGUGUGUGAUGUACAGAGAAGGAUCAGUGCAGUGCAUGAUGUACAGAAAAGGAGCAGUCAGUGCAGUGUGUGAUGUACAGAGAAGGAUCAAUGCAGUGUGAUGUACAGAGAAGGAGCAGUCAGUGCAGUGCGUGAUGUACAGAGAAGGAGCAGUCAGUGCAGUGCGUGAUGUACAGAGAAGGAGCAGUGCAGUGCAUAAUGUACAGAGAAGGAACAGUGUAGUGCAGUGCGUGAUGUACAGAGAAGGAGCAGUGCAGUGCGUAAUGUACAGAGAAGGAGCAUUCAGUGCAGUGCGUGAUGUACAGAAAAGGAGCAGUCAGUGCAGCGCGUGAUGUACAGAGAAGGGGCAGUCAGUGCAGUGCGUGAUGUACAGAGAAGGAGCAGUGCAGUGCAUGAUGUACAGAGAAGGAGCAGUCAGUGCAGUGCAUGAUGUACAGAGAAGGAGCAGUCAGUGCAGCGCGUGAUGAACAGAGAAGGGGUAGUCAGUGCAGUGCGUGAUGUACAGAGAAGGAGCAGUGUAGUGCAGUGCGUGAUGUACAGAAAAGGAGCAGUGCAGUCAUUGUGUGAUGUACAGAGAAGGAGCAAUGCAGUGCAGAGAAAUCUGUAUAAACCUCGGUGCACGUGAGAAGCUCCAGGAAGGAGGUUUCUGUUCAGUGUUUGUAUAUUUGUUUUUAUAUACAUUCCCAGCAUGAACAGUUCCUAAAUGUAGGAGGGGGUUUGGAGGAUGGGUGUGGGGGCAGAGGACGAUGGGUGUGGGAUGCAAGGGAGGAUGAUGGUGGUGCAAGAGAGGAGUAACCAAGAAUGAUGGGGGUGCAGUAAAGGAUGGGGGUGGGUUACAGAAUAGGAGGAAAGUAACCAAGAAGGAUGGGGGUGCUGAGAGGGAUAGGGGUGUGAGCGAGCCUGGCAUGGGCCCAGAUAACCAUUUCUUGCAAUUAUCCCGAGACUCCAGACAGAAACAAUUAGCUUGCGAUUAUUUCACUCCACGCCCAUACGCACAGCCCAACAUGGGGUUAAUACUAAAAUUCUUUGCUUUCCACAGGGAAUAAUAGGCUCUGUUGUAAUAAACCCUUUAGAACCCAAUUAUUACAGUAUUCCUGUGAUACAUCACUGGGGAUUGUUUAACCCCUUAAGGACACAUGCCAUGUGUGACAUGUCAUGAUUCCCUUUUAUUCCAGAAGUUUGGUCCUUAAGGGGUUAAUAAAACUGUGAGCUUCAUAUAAAAUCAACCCUAUGGAUUAAUAAAAAAAUGUAAACAUGAAAAACACAUCAACCCUAUGGCCAGUCCCAAGAUAUGACUCCUUGGGUCUCUGCAUUCUAGUCGCAUGUUAUGUGUUUAAGGGCUUUAUAGUUUUGGUUUUAAUCUCAUUUUAUUCAAACUGUUGUCUAAAUUUAUUUUGUAAUUUUUUUUUACAGCUGCAAGAGGAACAGUUGGAUUGCGGAGCUGCCCAUCUCCAACACCCAUUAGCUGUCAGUCAACCCCUUAAUGCUACAUCCUUGUUUCAAGCAAGAGGACUGACAUCCGUGGCAGUGUCCAGCAUUGGUGGCUACACCGUGGCAUUUCUGGGGACAUCUAAUGGCCAACUUUUGAAGGUGCAUAUGUUUUUUGUUUUGUUUACUUUUUCAGAUUUUAAUUAAAUUAAAUAAAACACAUGAAACAUUAGCUUUAGAAAUGAAACACUGUGAUAAUAUCCUGCAAUUAUCCAUAUUGACCAGUUCUCUUGGCCAGUGUCGGAAACAAACCAAAGGAUUUAGCCAUUACCACCGCAGAAUGCCAAAGACAUUCAGUUUUUUUCCUUUCCCUUAUGUUAAAGGAUGAAAACGACAAUAUUUUUUUUUUGUCUGAUUGUGGAGAGGUGAAUUGCGGCUCACUUCUUUCUAAAAUUACUGGAUAUCAAAUAAAAUUGACACAAUUCAUUAUUUGUUUCAGAGAUACAGUUUGUUCACUUUUAUGAAUUGAAUGAAUAGAGCUUUGACCAUUGAUAUUUGGAUCACCAGUGAUUGGCCUAUAUUGUUAAUGCUGUUAUUGAUUAAAGAAUGAUUUGUGGGGAAUUCAAAGUAAAUGUGAAUUUUAAGGCCCAAAUAGCUAUACUAGAAAACGUCAGCUAUGUUUUCUGCCCAGCUGUUUUGGAAGUGUCUCUUUAGUAUGGUUGAUGAUAUACCCCGGGACUGUUGUGUGGUAAUAUGGAAAUUUCAGAUUCCCUCGACAGUUCCUAACAUCUUCUGGUUUAGUCAGUAACCCGGCCACUUACUUUGUACAGAGUAUACUUUUGGUGAAAGAGCAGUUUUUUUUUUUUCUCAAGAACCAGCAAGUUGGCAUAAGUGGACCUGACCUGUGAUAGCCCAUACAGGAACUGAAAUAGGAAAUUGGAGAAGGUCCUUAGCAUGUGUGAUACUGUCCAAACCAUUGCAAAAUCCACUGACUGCUGCAAACAGCAAUUAAAAGCUCAACUCAGCACCAUCUUAGUAAUUGCUAACUUUAAACUCACAUAAGAUUCUGUAUUGAAGUGUAGGCUGCCCUUGGGAUUCUGCAGUACACCAAUUAACGUACUGUUGAUUUUUUGGAUGAUGUGCCUGUCAAGAGAAUCGAUCUCAAAAAGAAUAUAUAUGUAUAGAGUGUGCAACAUGUGAAGAUAUAAAGUGUGGCUCAAAAUGCUUGCACAUAUUAGUAAGUGCUAAUAUGAUCACAUACUGAGUCUAUUCUGGAUGAACAAAUAUCCCUGACAGUUUUUUUCCUAUACAUUUAUUUAUUUUAUCUUUGAUAGUUUUUCAACUUCAUACCUCCCCUUCCACCUUUGACUACUUGGGAGUGAUGGGAGUUAUUCUCAGACACCUGCUGGCUUGGCACUGCUUGUAUUCUACCAGAGACAGCUUGUCAUUCUUUUCUAUAAGUCAAUUUGAAUGUAUGGUGGGGGUUGUAGUUUAGUAAAUAGAUAUCUACAGAGACUCUCCCCACUCCACGCAGUCAUAACUAAUCUGAUUCUGAGUUAUAAACUGUCUACUUUGAAAUACUCUUGACCUCUUCUUUAUAGAUUUUAAUUGAGAUCCAUAUACCCCAGAGAGGCAGUGAUAAAGCAUUAACAGACAGAAUGAAAGUCUCUCAAUCUGUUCCCUAUAGGGGAUUAUGACAGCAAUUGAUCAUCUGGGACCAUGAACAUCAUGAGAGGAGCUGGUUUCAUUUCACACUUCUCUCUCUGCUUCACCACAUUUCACUCGAAAUCACACAUAGGCAUAUAAUCCAAUAAAUGAGGUGAUUUGGUGCUUAUAAUCAAGAUCAGCAUUUUCGGGUGACUCAUAAUAUUCAAAAAAUCCCAAAUGAUUAAGGAAGUGGCGUUUAGAAAUGCGAGGUUAUGAGCUAAAGAUAAUAAUUUAACAGAACAGGCGAGAGGAAGGAGGAGGUGGGAUGUGAUUAUAGGAAACGGAAUAUUGGAAUUUCCUUCGUGGAUAUAGUCUAUUGUUUUAUUGUCACUAAGUGUGGAGACGGGUUUAAAAUUGGGCUGAGACUUCCUGAUAUUAACCCUUCUGUAGCCAGACGUACCCAUUAUAUAUACAUACAUUGUCUUAAGACUUGAAUGAUCAGUAUCAUCCAUUUAUCUUUCCUCCUGUUUCAUAUAACCUGAUGUUGCAAUGCAUUGUCAGUCCCUAAACUGAAAUCUUUUUGUCAGGGAGAGUGUUGCCAGUUUAUUCGGUAGCAAUUAGCAGAAAAAACAGGGUGCAAGAGAAAAGUGAGAGAGGACAUUAGCACAAGUAGCUUGCCCUUCUGUGGGUCCCCGCUCAGAUCUCAAUCUGGUUUUAGUUCACCUUGUGCCAUUACAAAGUGAACCAUAAGUUGUUAUGCAUGUUAGUUAUUACUAAGUGUUAGGGUUACUAGCUGUCAGUAUUACUGAUUAGGAGUCACUAUUAUUAAAAAAACGUUAGGAUUAUGUGUUAGUAAUAGCUAUACUAGUUAUUGCCUAGUGUUAGUGUUACUAGUUAGGACCUAGAGUAGUGUUACUGGUUAGGAGUAAGUUUUAUUAAUCAGGUAUUCGGAUUAGGUGUUAGGGCAACUGGUUUGGAGCUAUUAUUAGAUGUUAAUGCAACUAGUUAAGGGCUUGGAUUAAAGUCAGCUUAGAUCUGAAUCCCUGAAGUCCUGUCCAUGUGACGGUUAAACAGUUUUAUAGUUGCUAUAUGGUAAAGAUUUUAAUCCUGUGAUAGCGAGUGAUCUGGUUGCUGUUAAUCACUUCAUUCCCACAUUUUCCCAGUUGCUACAGAUUGUCUGAUUGUUCUCUGAUGUGAUUUGUUUUCAAUGCCGACCAUUUCUGCUUUCUGCAGAUUAACCUGAAUUCUAGCUUGGCUGUAGUGAGCAGACAGUCCAUAUCGAUAGCACGGGGUCAGCCUGUUCAUCACAUCAUGCACUUUGAUCCUGUGGAUCCCACCUACCUCUACGUGAUGACAUCAUACCAGGUACCGUGUCACUUAAGGCCAACUGUUAUUGAAUCGUACUCUACACUCUUUGAUGUGACCUGUCAGUUGGAACAUAUUCUCAGACAAGAUUUGUUAUUUUAUGUAAUAAUUUCUGCUGUUUCCCUUGUAAAACAUUAUGGCAGAACUAUCUCCCCGAGAAUACAUCUUUACAGCCUACCAUAUAGUCACUGCCUUCAGUCUUUUGUGGUAAAUAUUUUCUGGAAAUCAUAAUUACCCUCAAGUUCUGCCUGUUUCCUUUUCCAGAUGGCCCGAGUGAAAGUGGCAGAAUGUAGCAAGUUCCGGACGUGCACUGAGUGUAUGGAAGCAGCAGACGUGUACUGUGGCUGGUGCACUAUGGAAGCCAGGUUCGUUAAUCGGUUCAGCCCUUUACCUCUUGUCUUUCAUACCCUCCAUCUUUGCUCACUUAGAUUCUCCAUCAAACUCACAUCCCUUUCCUCUAAACACCAACUUCUGCCCCUCUAACACCUUAACCAGUACUACACUUCAAGCUCUACUAACACAUGUUCCCCCCUCCGGGACUGCAAUCAGAAUUAUUCUCCAAGCAUCUUCUCCUUUUGCCACUACUAAGAAACAACAAGUAUAUCCUCAGCUUUUUUCACUUGAAAGUUAUAAAUCACCCCUCACAUACACACCAUCUAGCGAUACUUUCAAUCUUACCCUUAAAGGGACUUUGUCAUUUGAAAUGUGAGUCCUGUUUUGUUAAUUGUAUGAAGAGUUUCAAAUAUAAGGUCAAAAUAACAGAACUGGAAAAAUUCUCUACGUCAGCUGUGCGUUCUUUGUACUAAAAUGCAAAAUUCACAUUGAAUUAACACUUUAGUAAGUAACCAUGUUUAUAUUUUUUACUGGUACAUUUAUUAUUAUUAUUAUUGGUAUUUAUAUAGCGCCAGUUUAUUCCACAGCGCUUUACAAUAAAAGGGGAAUUUACCUGUUAGAAUUGUUCGCACUGCCAGGCUUCUGAUUGUUGAAGAAAUAUAAAUAUGGCCGUCAUGGCGAUUAUGUACACAUCUGUCCCCCCAAAAACAAUGCAUAUGAAGUUCUUUGCAUCCACUGUGUCAUCUAUCUUGUAUGGCUUACAAUUGUAUAGGUGGCUGAAGUAGAUCCUCUGCCUCAUGAUCUGUGGGUGGCAGAACCCCUCUGCUGCCUAUUAAUUGCAUGGAACAUUUAGCGCUUUCAGACAUACCCAUAGCUAACGUGUUACACAGAUAAAAAUAAUGAUGUUUGUGUCACUUUUUUGCUUUGCAAGUAAUUUGUCAUUUGUAAUACACAGUCCUCCCCUAUUAAUAUAACACUAAACAUGUUGCACCUUUCCAGUGGUAAAAAUCUAUUUUGACUAACACUAAUUAACGCACUGAAAGGGAAAUCACUACUAGAGUUACAGACUCACUCUAAUUCUUCCAUAUAAUUAAUUAGGACAGUAAAUGAAUGUAUGCUGGAUGCAUCGCUAGGAAUUUUUCAUGCAGUGAUUGGUUCAAGAAGGUCAAGGGCUGCUGAACUGUUCUGAUAAGUCACUAAUUACUCAUUGCUAUGCACACUCAGAUUCAGUUUCAUUAAUCCUGAAGCAGUUUCUCUCCAAUGACCUAUUAAGGCUUCAUUGUGUCCAGGCACUGCAAGAGCAAAUCAGAAUAAGUUCUGAUUUGAUAAACUUCUAAUCGUAUGAUUCUCAGCCAGCAAAUAGUCGCUUGGCAACUACAGGGUGUCCCGUCUCUUUGUGACCGGUGAGAGGUGUUUUAUACCUUGUUGAUGAAUAGAUUUAUACGGCUGACAGUGAUGACAGUGUUUGGUGCUUUCAUUUUGGGUUGUUGUAUACUGCUGAUAAUGAUUAUGUUGGCAUUUGCUCCUGCUCUUUAACCCUUGUCACCCAGAAGCUGUGAGUUUGUUCUCUAACGAUAGUAAUGUAUGUUUUGAUUUCACUAGAUGUUCCCUGCAGCAGGAAUGUCAAGGGUCCACAGAUACCACAUUUUGGACCAACCCAGGCAUGGGUGGGGUGGAAAAGUGUCCAGCAAUGACAAUUAUUCCCAGUGAAAUCGAUGUGUCCUCUGGUACCAAGGUAAGAACCUUAAAGCAACACUAUAGGGUCAGGAACUCAAACAUUUAUUCCUGAUCCUAUAGUGUUAAAACCACAAUCUAACCUUUAUUGCAGUCUGCUGCCGCUGGCUGUGCCCCUGAUCUGCCUGCUUGGCUGACAUAAUCAGAAGUGAUGUUCUGAGCCAAUCACAAUGCUUUCACAUAAGAAAACAUUGGAUUAGCUGAGCAUGUCAAUGAGGUAGAUCAGGGACAGAGCCAGCACAAACCAAACACAGCCCUGGCCAAUAAGCAUCUCUCAUUCCGCAUCAUUAAAUCAUUGCAUCUCUAUGAGGAAAGUUCAGUGUCUCCAUGCAGAGGGUAGAGACACUGAAUGCACUGCAUUUUUUUACUUUUUUAAUUAUCUGUGUAAUACAUGAAAAAUUCAUGGCCAAAUUUACCCCACAAAAUGGAAAAUGUAACUAAAAAAUACGAUCUAAAAUUUAAAUAAAAGUUAAAGCUGAAUCUACUUGAUUGCCAACACCUUCCCAGUGCGUAAAAAUAUACAAAGAAAGAAAAAUCGAAAACGCAUGUCAAAACGUGUUAAACCACCCAAAAUGAGAAUUUACCACAUAUUUGUAGAGCAUUUAUGGAUUGACUGGUAGACUUCCAUAAAUGUAAAAAAAAAAAGAAAUAAAACAAAUCAAAGUGCAGGGUAUUUAAUUAAAUGUUGGAUUUCUUUUUCUCUUUGCGAAGUAUCAACCAGUAGAGAACACCCCUAGCCUGUGGGUUAUAUUUCAUUCUCUACCUGCCUUCCAGCUCACUAGGGCACUAUGAGGGAUUCACAAUGAGACCCACAAGGGCAGUGAUCUGGCAUGUUGGGUGCGAAUUGGCCAAGUUUACUCAUCGCCUGGUAACGGCACAUAAUCGCUGUUUAAAUCAUCUGCACAAGAGUGGUGACACAUUUUGCAGCCGUUUUUGGCUACUAUUCUCUGUUGUCUCACAGAGGAGGUAUCCUGGGCAACCGGAAUCGCGUUCUAGUACUGUUAAAUUUAGGAUAGUUAUCUGACAAAUGAUUCACACAGAGGAAAGAUAUUGUGCAUCAUAUCAGCGUGACAAUGUGUACAUAAACUGUCCAACUAAACGAUGCCAGGGAUGUUUCCUCUAAACCCAGAACAUGUGCCUUGGCCGCUUUCAGUGUGGUAUGUUGCUCGUUACAGUUCGAGCAUCACUGACAUGAUGUAGUAAUUUACUAAUCUCUAUCUGCCAAUAUGAAAUCAAAUAAAUUAUGUAAUCUAUUCAUUGUUAUUUUUAGUUUUUUAUCUUUUCUGCAUUUUUUCCAAUUUUCAUACCUGCCUGGUUGUUCUCUAAGCACUAAAUACCCUUAAUCUAGAUUAUCAGAAAUAAUCCGGGGGCAUUUGUUGUCAAGAUUGACUAAUUCCUAGCUUUUCCAGGUUGCUGGCUCUGAAUUACCUGGAUUGUAGGACAGAUAUCACCCUGUCGUUAUUCCACUGUACGGCUGAAUUCCAGAUCCAAAUGAUGGAAAUAUGCAACUGACUGUUCAAAUACAUUGAUAAUUACUGAGAACUGGCAGUUGUCUGUCUGCAGUUCUGCCCAACUUCACUUGAAUUUGUACAAUUUGGGUGGACCAAACUUGCAGUUUCCAUUUCUAAUAGAAGCUGUCAUUGUAAAAAGCAUUUAUGUGCCCUCGAAUGAAUUAAAGCAUCAUGUGUACGAGCAGUUUAUCAGCUCACAAUAAGGCAUUUAAUGGUUCAGAUCAAUUAAAUUACCACCAUUACAGGCUUAUCAGGAGCCCAUAAUUAUAAUUUCUAAACCGAGAGCUAUACUUUACAUUGAAAACAUCAGAUGAGGCGAUUUCAUUUCAUUUGUUAGGCACAUAAUCCUCAAUAAAUGGCUAAUACAUGCUUUUUUAUUUACUAUUUUGCCACUGGCGGCAGUAGCAGAAGAUAUUUAUAAAAACCUUGUGAGGGUCAAUAUGGCCCCCACUUUAAAAUAUAAGGCUCCCUUAUGCUCCCACUCGCCAUGCCGCUGAUGGGGGCAUUUCUCCUAAACAGUGAGCAGUCAUAAAAAAUCAACGCAGACAGAAUUAUUCCAUAUGAGUCCAUGGAAGUCUGUGCACAGAUUGAGAAACGUCUCUAAUCACAAUACACUCCAAGCACUAUCUUAAAUUUUUUUAUUUGGCAUCUUCCCCAAUUACCUCCUCGAUCACAAAACAUAUUGCAGUUGGUACAAAUGCUAAAAGGCUAGCUGUUCAUUACCUUUAGAUCGCCCCCUUGCUCCCUUUUAUCUCAAGUCCCCUUAAUAACCUUUAGAUUGUAAGCUCAUGAGCCAUUUAGCUUGGUACUCUGUAUAAAAGGUAAAUGCUAGAUCUCAGCUUACAGGCAGGGUCCUCUAUUCCUUUUGUACUGGAUUGUCUGUACUAUAUGGUCUAUUUUCCCCAAGUGUACAGCGCUGCGGAAUUGGCACUUUAUAAAUGCCAGUUAUAAUAAUAAUUUGCAAGCCUAAUCAGAAGUGUCACGUCUCUUGUGACUUCUGUGGGAAUAUUUUUAUUCUGGUUUUAAAGCAGGCACCAGAUGGUACCGAACAAGAUGUGUUCAGAUGGAUGAAAUUACCGUUUUUCAACUGAAUUUAACUAAAUAUGAGAAUUGUACGUUUGGUUGCAAUUCAGUUCAUUUAAAGGGUUACUCUAACCCUUUCUAACAUAGAUUUUAUCUUAAUUACUAAUGCCCUAUUGGUAAUGCCUUAUCUCAAGAUGUGCAGAGUUUCAAGUAUAAACACUGCACAUACAGAUUACUACCACCAUGACCACUUCAAAUCCCUGAAGUGGUCAUGGUGGUUGGAGUAACCCUUCAACUAAAUGUUAUGAGUCUGAACUAGAUGUGUGCUUAGUGAAUAACCCUGAUAUAUAUCUUUGUGUAUUUUCUCCCACUAGUCAAUCAUUUUAAGUGUUACUGGAAAUCUGCCCAACUUGACACAGAUGAACGUGUCCUGUGACUUCGGUAAUGAAGUGCUCAUGCCAGCAAAAGUUGUCUACGAUGCAAUUGGGCAAUGGGUAUCCUGCCCGUUUCUCCCCAGUGAGAAAUAUCCACCCUUUCCAUCCAAUCAAGGUAUGAUGUGAGAUCAUAUUCCAAAUGUGUUUCAAUGCAGAGUCUUUUAAUGAAUGUAGGUAUCGUGAAAAAUCGGUGUUUGCCAUUAAUUUGCAAAUCUGGGGGGAAAAAAGUGUUCAUUUCAAUCAACAUGUCAUGUUACUGUUUUUCAUGUGAUUUGACUAGGUGAUAGAAUAUCCAUUGCACUUACAGGUGCACUGUGGGAAAUUAAAGAAAGCCUGUAAUAUAAAAACGAGUCAGUAGAAGAUAAAAUAUAAAUACAUAUGUAAUGCCACGUAUUAAAAAAGCUGAUGAUUCACUUAUGCUAAGAUUAACAUUUAUCUCUCAACUUUGAUAAUUGCUAAUCGGGAUUCAAGUUGCAUUUGUGGCACACAUUUAAUUAACAUUCUAGGUCUCCUGGACAAUCUAUGCACUCUCCUUCAUAAGAUGUAAACAGUUCCCAAGUAUUUAAUUAAAAAAACACUGGUUCAUAGGCCGAUUAAGAUUAACGUUAUUCCUGUUGGUGUUGGGGUUGAAUGGAGGCCUUUACAAAAAUCAAGGGAAGUAGUCAAAUCAAAUUCCCAGCAGUCAUACAUCAUUGGAUGAGAUAUGAUGCCUUCUAUAAUUAUUUUUGUAGUUAUCUUUAUAUAGAAACUCUUAAAACCUAAGAUUUCUCCACUCUCAAGUUAUUGCUGCAGUCCAGGGGAACAAGGUCACAUUGAUGUCAACAGAGAUUCUUUUUUUUUUGUUUUUGUGGAGGUUUCCCAAAUUAAGUCAACACACUGUCUAUAACCAGACAGAUUCAGCGAAUAAACCCAAUAUGAGCCUAGAGUCUUGGGAAAUGUAAACAGGUUUGCAUGGGAUGCCCUACUUGUGCCUUUCUAUAAUAUAGUUCGCAACAUCAGAAAAUAACUAUUCAGGGAAACCACAAAAAACAGAGCCUCAUGUAAUGGAUAAAUAAAUAGAACCAGUAAUACCUAUAUUUUUUGCUGGAUUGAAAAAGCUCUUAACUGGAAUGUGCAACUUUUUUCCAAACAUGUCUACAUGCUGAUGAGGAUGAUUGAUUUUAUCUUAUAACAAGACAGCUUCCGACAGCCUUUAUUAACUAUAAUGUGCUAAAUAUUACUUCACUUUGUUUCUCAAUCAGAUUACGUGACUAUUGAUGUCGCCAUAACAGUUGGAGGAAUCCAAAUUACUUGGCACAGCCUUGUCAUCUACGACUGCAAGAGGGCUCAGGCAAUUCAUCCCACCACUCCGUAAGAAUCCCUCAAGCAUCCAACCUUCUUUGUAUGAAAAUUAAUAGGGACUGCACUCAACCAAAAAACUAAACUGAGCUAGGCCCAGCACACCCCACAUGUAAAGUAUGGAAAAGAAAAAGUGCUAAACCGAUAUAGGGCCAGCACACCCCACAUUUAAAGUAUGGAAAUUAAAAAAUGCUCAGGUACUCACUGUGUUGAAGAAUAAGCAGGAUUUUAAUGGAACAUCAAGUGCACAGCAACGUUUCUACCUGCACUCAGGUCUUUGUGAGUGCCUGAGCAUUUUUACUUCUUCUAACCUUUUUAGUGGCUAGAGGUCUCCCUUCUGACUCUUGUGUUUCUUAUAUUUAUUCUAAAAUACAAAGAAUCUGUGAAAUGCUGCCAGGAUUCAGAAACUCUGUAUAUUGGGCUAAGGGUGUAGUUGAUGCCAGGGGGGCAUGGAAGGACCACACACUCAUGGGUCACUUAUAUGUUCCACAGGUGCACAAGCUGUCUGACAUUACCAUGGAAUUGCACUUGGUGCGCCAGCCAACACGAAUGUACCUCCAAAUCCUUAAAAUGUGACUCUCUUAUCCAGGUAAGAACAUUUUAUAGGGAGAGAAGGUUAGAUAUUUGUGACCUAAUAUUGGUGCUUUAGAUGGUGAUGAAUGGCAUAUGUCCUGAUGGAUUUGUAUUUGUAUGAGGUUAGAGGCACAUGUCAGAAUUUGAAAGAGCAUAUCAGAAUGUUGGCGUAUUAGGCGGAGGAGAGAGGUAAGUGUCCUGGUGUUGGUGUUUUUGGAAGAUAUAAGAGGUACAUUGUCCAUACAAUAGAAGAAGAUAAAAGAUAUGUUUUCUGAUGUUUACGUAUUAAGUGGAUGUGAGAGUACUUGAUAUAUCUGUAUCAGAAGAGGUAAGUGGUACUGUGUAGUAGGGUAGAGGUAUUGGUUCUGAAAUCUGUGUAUCAAGAAGAGGUAAGUGUUACUGUGUAGUAGGGUAGAGGUAUUGGUUCUGAAAUCUGUGUAUCAAGAAGAGGUACGUGGUACUGUGUAGUAGAUGAGAGGUAUUGGUUGAAAUAUGUGUAUCAGGAAGAGGUAAGUGGUACUGUGUAGUAGGUGAGAGGUAUUGGUUCUGAUAUCUGUGUAUCAGGAAGACGUAAGUGGUACUGUGUAGUAAGUGAGAGGUAUUGGUUCUGAUAUCUGUGUAUCAUGAAGAGGUAAGUGGUACUGUGUAGCAGGUGAGAGGUAUUGGUUCUGAUAUCUGUGUAUCAGGAAGAGGUAAGUGGUACUGUGUAGUAGAUGAGAGGUAUUGGUUCUGAUAUCUGUGUAUCAGGAAGAGGUAAGUGGUACUGUGUAGUAGGUGAGAGGUAUGUGUCCUGGUGUCUGUGCAAAAAAAAAGAGGAUAGACAGAGAUGCAUAUUCAGAUGCCUGUAGAUAGAGAGCUAAGAUAUUUGGCAGCCCUGUUGCUCAGUAGUUAGACUCUCAGGAUGCUCAGCCACUUUCAGCUGCUUCUCUCCAUGUGGGUUACAGCUGCUUGAGUGUUAAAUACUUCCCAUCACUUUACCAACAUUAGUAGGUUUUCUCCCAUAAUCCCAUUAUCCCGGGCUGAAAUCAAAUCUUGCUUCACUGAGCAUUAUCAUCCCUUAAUUAGAGACGUCCUAAAACUCAUUAUCUAAUUACCUGCUACAUUUGAGUGUGCAGCCGACAAAGUGUUCCCAUGUUAUCUUGUAAACUGACGGCUCAUUUUCUAGCUAAUGCACUGAACCAUCAUGUAUCCCUGAGCCCAGCAUGUGUCACCUCCCAUGGAUUCUCAUAUCAUCUGCUUAAAAUAAAAAUAUUAACUGUAUUAUAAACCAGCAGGUGACAGGUCUGCUUUAAAUAUCUUAGUCUCCGCAGUGUUCAUCUCCAAGGCAGCAAAGCUAAAAUGUGUGAUGCCCAGGGCUUUAUUUGGAAUUGGGGCGGACGGCAUCUUGUAGGCGGCACAGGCAUCCUUAGUUUAGUAAAACCUGUACUGUUUUCAUAAAAAUUGAUACACCUACUUUUCUUCUUGCGAAUUUCCUAAUUACAAACUUGCUGAUGGAAAGUUGUAAAAGUGCUUUGUCUACAGCUAUCUCCAUGAUCAUUCUUUCUGUAAAAAUUCGCUAGUUGAUUAGGUCUCGUAGUGGUUUAGUUGAGUUGCAUUUCUAAUAAUGUGUACUGUCUUAACCAGGCAUCUCAGACUCUGGUCCCCCAUAUGUUUCGGAACUACAACUUCCAUGAUUCUCUGGCCAUGUAUUGCAUUCAAAGAAUACUGGGAAGUGUAGGGGCCAGAGUCCGAUCCCUGGUCUAAAUUGUACUAAUAUGCAUUUGAUUGUUUGUUUUUACACUGACAAUUCUCUAUGAACCUGUGAUGUACACACAUCAUUUUCAGAUCAGUUUAAUUAGCUACUGAAUAAUGUUUUUUAUGUUGACAGUGAAAAUGCUGCUUAAACGCUGUACCUGCUAAUAUGUUGCAUUUUUCAUAAUGCCCUGAAAGCAGCUGUCUGAUCUAAGAUUGUCUAGUGUUCCUUAAUGUUCUUAAAACAGGUUCUGCUUUGCAGGAUUCUAUAGGGAGUGUGAAUGCUUCCUAUUAGUAAAUGUGAAACACUUGGCAGAAUGUGACAUUGCUUGGCUAGAGCUGCUUUUUCUGAGAUCUUCAGAGAUUUGUGAAUUUGACUGAUCGGGUCAUAUGAAUUGUGAGUAACAUGUAUGGUUCCUUUUGGCAGGACACCAGUGACUGCCCAAGUAUAACCAGCUCGAACCUGUUCACCACUCCCACCGGUGUCACCAGAGACUUCAUGCUGACGCUGUCCAAUGUGAAUGCCUCACAGGUAUUUUAUUCAGAAUUUUGCACAGAAGUUGAAAUAGGUAUCCAUAGGUGAAUCAUCAAGAAACAUUGGUCCAGGGGAUUUAUUUUAAGAAAAUGCUUUGCUGUAAAUAUAAUAUGGUUUUCCCCCAGAAUUUAACUAACAUGAUACUGUGCCAGCAUUACAGCUUUAGUCCUGCAACCUCUACCCUAUGUUGUCGUCCCCCCCUGUCUUGAUGGUACCUUUGCCUUUUGCUUGCCCUGUGUCUGUAUAUCUUGUAUCCUCCUUAACCCUAUGUCCAUCUUGUGUCCUCCUUAACCCUGUGUCUAUCUUGUGUCCUUCUUAACCCUGUGUCUAUCUUGUGUCCUCCUUAACCCUAUGUCCAUCUUGUGUCCUCCUUAACCCUAUGUCCAUCUUGUGUCCUCCUUAACCCUGUGUCUAUCUUGUGUCCUCCUUAACCCUGUGUCUGUCUUGUGCCCUCCUUAACCCUAUGUCCAUCUUGUAGCCAGGAUUUUGCUUCUUUGUUGGCAUGUAGAACCUUUCCAUGUAAAAUAGUUUAUUUCAUUUUUUUCUUCCUAAUUAUCAUAUAUUAUUAUUGUUGUUAUUAUACAUUGUUGUAAAGCACCAAUUCCUCAGCACUGUAAACAUAGUAUCACUUUAAUUGUAGUAUCAUAUCACUUUAAUUGUAACAAGACAUAGGGAAAACAGAUUUUUUUCAUGCAUCCUGUUUCAUGUGAACUUUUCGGGCCGAUCUUGUUUACUGUAAAAUGUACAGUAAGUAAAGAAAAAAUCUUCAGACUGGAGUGAACAAUCGUUGUAAUGAGCAAUUAGGAUCUCUGGAUAUCAUCUGUAAAUAAUUAUUGUUAUGUAUGCUUAAUUUGGUAUGACAGUGUUCAUUUGCUGUCUAAAAAUGGAUGGAAAUGAUUGCUUUUAAGCCUUAAUAAUAUUAAAAAGCUAAAAAAAAAAAAAACAGAGCUCGUGUUAUAAGGAGAAUCAGCCACAUGGAACAUCAAAAGAAAUGACAAGUGCAAAAAAAAUAGUGUUUUAGAACAACCUUUAGGAAAAAGUGUUUAUUUACUAAAUCGGGGAUUGCAGAGAGUUGACAAGGGGACCACACAUGUUUGGGCAAGAUAGUCUACCUAAAAAAGUAAACGAAAGGGGGAAGUGGCCAUGCUGGACAGUUACAUAUAAGAUUGAAUUUAAUGAAAUUUUGAAGCCAUCACCCUGGUUAAGCAGGUACUUCUACCUACUAAUCUUACAAAGCAACACUGUGAGCUCAGCUGGCAAGCAUUUUGGAGGCAAACCUGUCCACACCGAAAAGCUUCCUGAUGGGGUGGAUACUGCGGCCCAGUUGAGGCCCUCAUGGCGUCACCAGUGUAAGAGAGGCAGCCGAUUUCUCCACCAGUAGCCUACCAACAUAUAGAAGACUGCACCCCGUUCCCCUCCCAUCCAGAGAUGGGUAUCCCGGCAACUAUUGCUACUGGACCACAUUUACCCUUUGGUAGUGAAAGCUGAUCGGUGUACUCUACAUUUCAAUAUUAUUAUUAUUAUUUUAUUAUUUAUAUAGCGCCAACAAAUUCCGUAGCGCUGUACAAUGGGUGGACUAACAGACACAUAAUUGAGAUCAGACCACUGACGUAAUAUGGUACCCUAAGACCUGCUCUUCAAUACAGUGGAUGGACCAGCUUUUUACUGACUUUUGGAAGAAGCUACACUGUUAAAUGCAUCCCUUCACUCACCAGCGACAGACACCACUUUACCUCAGUGUCUUAAGUAGCCGGCAUUCAUACCAUUUACUGCAACUCCUCGAGAGGGAGCCCCUAUCUUAUACUGGACACCUUCUCGCUUAUUCUGUUCGGACCUGGUCUCUUUGCAACCAGACAAGCCUCACAAGAAGCCUUCCUCAUUGCAGGUUUGCAUUAACGAUACCAUGCAUAUAUCCCCACUGUCAGCCCACUCCAUCUCUUGCCUGGGUUUUUUUUUGAGUUUCCCCUUCUCUGCUGUCCCUGACCCACCAUGUGAUCGUCCAAGCCAUGCUUUUACAUAAGUUCUUCCUGUCUUGCAGCUCUCAAUGGGAUGUGAAAAUGUCCCAUUGCUUAGUAGCACAUAGUAACACAAUAUAUUUUAACGUGGGACUGUCAGUAUCCAGUAUGUGGUUCCAUGCAAUAACAAGCAUGUAUAUGUAUAUUUAUAUAUUCUGUGUGCUGGCUCAUCUGCUCCUCCCACUAGACUUCCUCGGGUCUGGUCCAAUGACGAUGUAUAUCUCUGCUUGCUCUCAGGCCCUUUGUCCAUAAAGAUAUGCUGGUUGAGUUGUAGGUAAAUUAUUGUCAGAGACUUUAUUAUAUAGGGCUUCUACAUUUCAGCUCAUUAAUGAUAAAGAACAUGAGCACCUACUUUUCAAAUACUUUAAUGCAAAACAUGCAGCUGUUUGUGCUCUCACGGUCUACCAUGUGAACGCAGUCCUAUUUCCUUCCUGCUUUUCGUCUUGCAUGGUAUUUUGUGCUGUUUUUCUUACACAUCCUGUUAUUGUGGAGGUGCCACUCUGCGCCUUUUCAGUGUUUGGAACCAAAAGAGGAAGGAUGGAUGCUGACUUCAUACAGUAUGUGCAUAUAGACAGACAGAGAGCACACCAAUGCAGUGCGUAGACUGUAGCAGCCAGGCACAAUACCCUGACUAAUAACUGUUUUCUCGUUUAUAACUAAAUGUCCACAUUUUUCUGCAUCUCUGUGCAAGGAACAGUACAGAUAAGAGAGUUAUGCUGGCAUCAGUUUGAGGAAUUACCGUUCAAAAGAACUUCAAAUGCAAUUGUCUGUCUAACAACAUUGAUACGGGUUGAUAGGGCGAGCAGUGAUUGCAGGGUAUGUUGGAUUAUCAUCUGCUGUUCAGACUGGAUCCACUUGAGCAGCUCCUCACAAAUUAGUCCUUGAGGUGCACAAAAAUCCAAGAUUUAUGGAUUCACUUGUAAAACCAAACUGGUUUUGCUCCUUUAGAAUAAGAUUCGUUGGUUGAAGCAGUGAGAGCCAAAUUACAGUUAUGGUACAGCUGAGAAUAUGGAGGUUGGCUUUCUUGUCAGAGAAUAUUGCUGGACCCCGGGUAUCUGCGUGACACAGGUCGUCAAUCCAUAACCCCCAAAAGACAAACAUUGGAGUAAUGACAUCAAUUGCAAACCUACCUUUAAACAUCCUGUAAGCCACUAUUACAUCAAUGGCUUGCAGGCCAGCACUAAUUAUGCAGGGAUUUCCAUACUGGCAUAAAGCAGGGGUGCCCAAAAGGUCGAUCCCCACAUGUUUUAAAACUACAGCUUCCAAAAUGCUUUGUCAUUGUAAAGGCAUGCAACGCACCAUGGGAGUUGUAGUUCUACAACAUCUAGGGAUCGAACUUUGGCACCCCUAGCAUAAGGUAUUUGGGACUAGAUUGUGAUCCAUGCAUUCCAUCUCACUUGUCCUAAAGGGGUUAAACAAAAACAAAAUUGAGAAUGUACCACUUAAUGGAGUAAAUAAUCUCUUUAUAAGCACAUUUACUAUAAGUAGAUAUGGCUUCUGAGCUUACAAUCUUUUUACAUUUGCAUCUGUUCCUUUUGUAUGAAUGAAUUGCAUCAAAGUAUACAUUAGUUGGCCUGUAUAUCAGGGUGUCUUACUUGAAUAUGGAUUUAAAGGAGGUUUCACAGUUAUAGCCAGUAAAAAGAAAUACCAUUGCUUCUGUCUGUCUCUUUCCAUUGUGGGUGGCAUUUAAAUUCCAGCUAGUUUAAUGUAUAUUAUUUGUGUAAUUGUAUGGCUUUGCUUUCAAUGUAAGUACUGAGUUUAUCUGAGUGGUGUACAAUGUAGGCUGCUAGGCUACUCCCAUUAGGCUGGCAGGGGGUAGUGGGAGUUACAAUCCAGUGCAUAUAUGUGGACACUUUGUUAUUUAGUGUUUGGUGUACAGUUGUGAUCAAAAUUAUUCAACCCCCAUUGAAAAUCAGGUUUAUAUUAAAAAUGUACAGACUUUCAAUACAAACAGCUAAAAGUCUGUAAAAUUUGACAAUAAAACCUGAUUGCCAAUGAGGGUCGAAAAAUUUGAUUACAACUGUUAAUACACCUUACUGUUAGUUAAAAUCACCCACAGCCCUGAGCGAAACCUAUGUGCGGACAAAAUAAAUGUCUGCUUACUAUUUUGAACUGAGCCCUAGCGUGUGGAAAAUGUAUUUGAAAUCCUGUUCCAUUCUCAUCUAACGUGACUUAGCGUUAACUGGCACCACAUGUGUAAUACUCACUAGAAACAUGUUUUCUCUCCACCCCCUCCGCACACUAACUAAUCAUGUGCAGCCAUGUCACUAAACUAAUGCAUACUGCAGUGGAGACUGUGAAGCUGGACCAGUAGACAGAUAUGAGGAUUCUGGGGACCACAAUACUCUACCUUCACCCCCAAUAAAAAGUUGUUCACAGGGUCAUUGAAUUAGGUUAAAAUAAUAUAUUUACUGGUUGGUGGCUUGAAAUAGGUUAGUGGCCAUUACAGCAGAGCUAGCUGCGGAUGAUGAUGAUGAUGAUGAUGAUGAUAGAAAACGGCAAAUCUUUGUUAAAGGGACACUAUAGUCACCUGAACAACUUUAGCUUAAUGAAGCAGUUUUGGUGUAUAGAACAUGCCCCUGCAGCCUCACUGCUCAAUCCUCUGCCAUUUAGGAGUUAAAUCCCUUUGUUUAUGAACCCUAGUCACACCUCCCUGCAUGUGACUUGCACAGCCUUCCAUAAACACUUCCUGUAAAGAGAGCCCUAUUUAGGCUUUCUUUAUUGCAAGUUCUGUUUAAUUAAGAUUUUCUUAUCCCCUGCUAUGUUAAUAGCUUGCUAGACCCUGCAAGAGCCUCCUGUAUGUGAUUAAAGUUCAAUUUAGAGAUUGAGAUACAAUUAUUUAAGGUAAAUUACAUCUGUUUGAAAGUGAAACCAGAUUUUUUUUUCAUGCAGGCUCUGUCAAUCAUAGCCAGGGGAGGUGUGGCUAGGGCUGCAUAAACAGAAACAAAGUGAUUUAACUCCUAAAUGACAGUGAAUUGAGCAGUGAAAUUGCAGGGGAAUGAUCUAUACACUAAAACUGCAUUAUUUAGCUAAAGUAAUUUAGGUGACUAUAGUUUCCUUUAAAAUGUUUGCUAAAUAUAGCAUAUUUUUUUUUAAAUUUCCCAAACGAUGUUAGUUCACAUAAUUCUGAGUAUGUGUUUAUAUGAGUCCGCAAACACUCAAUGUCCCCACACACAGAUAUGUAAAUACCGCACACUUAAGACAGAUGUUUGCUGUGUCUUUCACCCUGUAGGAGCUGGAGCUGGAAUGUGACUUUGGGAUAGGAAGGACUUUUUCAGCAACAUGGAUUAAUUCCUCUAGUGUCCUGUGCAGCAAUGUUCUGGUAAGGCUGUGUGCAAGACUGUAUGUGUUAGUGCGUGUGUAUGCGACUCACACUGACAGCCUGUGUGUGUCAGUGCAUGUGUCCAUCAGUUACUGUAUGUGUCGCACACUGACAGGCUGUGUGUGCCUUGCUGUCAUUGUAUGUAACUCAUACUGCGUGUGUGUGUGUUGGCAUAGCUGAUUUGUAUGGUUUGUAUGUCUGUGUGCAUUGCUGAUACUUCCAGUCUUAUGUGUCAUGGAUACUGAAAAACCAUUUAUGUGGUUUGUCACGUAUACAUGUGUAUAUGCCUGCCAGUGCAAACUUAGACACGAUCUUAUCACGUGUAAGAAUGUCUCCAGUCUGCUGGUUAGUGGAUGUCAUGUGUGUUAUGUGUCAUUAUAUAUCCAUCUUUCGGUAAGAAUAACUACGACCGUUUGUUACAAUUUUUCCAAGUGCUGUUAAAUAUAAUAAAUAAAUAAACAAGACAUUACCGAGCAAUCUGGAGACAUGGCUUGUCUCCAGAAUGAGAAUGUAGGUCCAGAUAAAGAUAGUGGUCGAUGGGGAUAAAAAUAGAAUAGGAAGUAUGGAAUAUAGAUAUGGGAUAAGGGUUACAUGAAUAUAUCAGGAAAAGGUCUAGAUACAGACUUGGGGGAGAGGAGCAGAACCAUAGCUGGGUUUCACCGAUAUUCUUCUGAUUUAGCUACAGACACCUGAGAGCAGCCAGAAUUUCCCGGUCAACCUGCAGCUAAGUGGCCAGCGAGGACAAUUCAUUGAUAAUCCGACAAUGCUGACAGGUGAGCAAUCCUUACUGAAGCACUGUGAGUGCAUGUUUUUGUAGGUUGGUGGCAGGGUAUUUGCCAUAUAUUCAAUUAUCAUGUUGCCCAGCAACCGCAACACUUCAUCUCAUGGUACAACUGUGGCUUUGCAGAUUGGGUUGAGAGGGACAAUUUGGUUUUUAAGCUGUGUUACACAUCAGCCUAUUUCCAAUUCUGGGCGCUAUUUUCCUAGAAAGCUUAUGUCAAUAGAUCACAAGCUACAUACAAUAAGUGUCUAUUUUAAAAUGUGUUAUUAAAUGUAUAUUAUACAAUAAAUAUAUGAAAACCAAGCUUGUUUGCUGGCUGAGCAUUACGAUAGCCAUAGCCCUGAGCCAGUUGUUAAUAACAGUGUCAACCACUGCUUAUGUAAUUUUACCAUGUUGUAAAUAAAGCUGCAUUUGAAUCUGUAAGCACAUUUUAAAUGUUAGUAUGCAUAUACAUGUUCACACUCACUGCAACUGGUAUUAGGAACUGAAUAGAGCUGUGCUAUCGGCCCCCAUUUAACAGUUUCUGUUCUUGAAAUAACCACAAUAAUUUAAAAGUGAGAAAUGCCAGACUAGACCAUUUUUUGUAGCUGAGAAAGCUGCCAUUAUCAGAGAGUUGCCAUAGUUUACACAGCUUCAUUCAUUUCCCGUUUGCUGUGAUUGGUAUGUAGAACUGUGUAAGGUGAAAAUGCUGUUAGUGGUGUGAAUAUGAGACUCCCACACACUAGUCCAGCACUAGACUUUUUACAUCCAGACAGUGCAGACUGAUAGCGGGAUGCCGGUUCUAACCCUGUGCCGCCCUAACUAUAAAACACCCAGGCACACAGCAGUGAAAGAUCUCUCUGUGUAGGAGGAGAGGGACUUCAAUGCUUAGAUGCUGAGGGAGGGCUGUAGGAAUUUGGGAAGUAAAGACUGCCUUUCUUACAUGCUGGAGAAGCAGCAAAGUUCUGCUUUGUGUUGACAUCCGCACUCCUGACUGUCUGCAUCCAACAUUGACAUUAACCACUGUACCAUGAAGACAAAGAAACACAUUACCAACAGGGUUAGCCCUGAAUUCUCUCUUGGUUACAUUGUCUAAAUGUGCCAAACACGUUGGAGUGUUAGCUCAUGGGCCAAAUCUUCAACACUUAUUUCAUCCUUUGGUCUGAAAUGCUUUAUUCAUUAAGCAUCAAAUCUUAUUUUAAUUUGCUAGAAUUUACCUUUUUUGUGAAUCUACACAUAAGUGUGGUUUGAUGUAGUAUUUUUACUCUGUGUGUGGUAGUGUGGGAUACGUUGGACCUUAAUAGGUAAUAACAUGUAAUUUGCUUAGAAAUUGUACUCCUAGGGGGAUACCGGUUAUUUUUUACUAUUAAUGUUAUUCAUAUAAUUCAAGAGAAGAUCUAAGCCCUCUAUUGGCAGUAACGCUUACUGCCAUAUAUACAAAUGGUUAUUCACCAUAGUGAACAUUUCUGGGAAUUCAAAGUGAAUUUUUACAUUUUGGCCAAAAUAGUUGCAUUAGAAAAAAAUUCCAACUCAUUUCUAUUUUCAGUUUGGCUAUUUUGGCCUUGAAUUUGAAAUUUACUUUGAAUUGAUUUAGAAUUGCCUGCAAUUCUCACUUUGGUGAAAAGCCCUGUGUCAGACAGACCUUUGUAUUUUUUUUUUAUAUCUGAUCUUUCCAUCUCUGUUUUUCAGUUGAGGUUUAUAACUGCGCUUCGGGUGCCACAGACUGUUCACGCUGUCAGGGCCGCACAGACCUGGGGCAUCUCUGCAGCUGGAGUGAGAACACUGCCUCCUGCAGGCUAACCAAUGACUUGCAGACAAUCCAAGAUACCUGCCCAACUCCAGAGAUCAGAAAGGUAAUGUCUACAAUGAUGCACACUAAUAGUAAUAGCAAUAACUAUAGUACAUUUUAUCACACGUUUUAUGGUAAAAGUGCUUUUUGAUACAAUUUUAAAACUAUAAACAUGUAAACCUAUAAUAGUGUUUGCUUAUUGGCCUGUACUAACAAGGACUUUGUGGGAUUGACAGAAAAACUUUAAUAUACAUUUAAAAAAAUAAAAAUAAAUCAUCACACGGAAAAGGUAAUCACGAGUUGUAGGUGAUUUUCAAUGUUUUGUUCAGUGGUGUAAUUUCAGAGAAAUGACAGUCACCAGCUGUGUCUUCUCUUACAUAACAUGUUUUAGUGGAGUAGAGCUAUGCGAAUGUUCUCUAAUAAGCCAGUAUCAGUGCAGGGGUUCUACAGAAUUUAUUUUAGUAUUUAUGAAUUUACAAUGAAAACUUUGCUCAAUCCAACUAUGGGUUACCACGUUAAUGUAAUGUACAGAAUGUGGAUCCUUGUCAAAAAAGAUUACUGCUGGUCUAAUGUAAAUAUUUAGAUGGCUGUGGCUGGAAAACGAGAGAAGUUUAUGGCCUAAUACUUUGUUCUGAUUCAAUGCAUUUGACGUCUCUUGGUGUCUUGCAAUUGCCUUCUUUUCAUUUGUCCUUCACAGAUAGAGCCAAUCAGUGGACCCCAUCUUGGUGGGACUCUUCUUACAAUACAAGGACGGAACCUGGGCAGCCGCUUCAGUGACAUUGAUGGCAAAGUCAAGAUUGGAGAAAUUCCCUGCACCCCUAUUCUGGAGAAAUAUGUAGUAUCUGCAGAGUGAGUACUCCAGUACAUGACUCUGUUACCAUGCAUCUUUUAUCAUUUCUGUAAUGUCCAAUGCUAUGCUUUUGCCUUUGUGUCUGUUCUGUAGACUUGUCUCCUAAGAACAUAUGGGGGUCAAUAGAUGUAUAAAACAUGUAUUACAGGGACACUCAAGGCCCUAUAACCAUUUCAUAACCAUUUCAAUGAAUUGAUUAUAGUGCUUUGAAUCCCCUGGCGCUCUCUCUCCAGGGUAAAUAGGUUUAAACUAUUGUCUAGCAGUUUAACACGUAAUGAUGAUCCCUGAACACCCCCAGCUCGGCCCCCAUUUAAGGUAUGGUUAAGGCAGAAAUAACAUACUUCCGUCUAUCUAUACCAAUUCAUAGCAGAGGUUGCGGUGGUGUUAACACCGACAACCAUUGCUGCUCAGGCUAAUGCUUCCUAAUUAGCCUAAGCAGCACAGAGGAGACUUUCUUGUUUAACUUAAAGCCGGUUUAACACUGAAUGGGCUCAUGGCGCCCAAAUCGAGAUGAAGUUGUUAAAGUGUCUGCAAUCUUCCUUUAAACCUUAAACAGUUUAGUGGUAGCUUUCCCAGACCAUAUUGAACAUAAAAGAUAUAGUAAAAUGUUAACAGAUAAUAGAUUAGCAUAUUCCAAUGUAUGCAUUGCUGUUAUUUGCAUUUCUGUCUACUUUAAUGGAAAUCCGCUUGCACGUUUUUUGUGAAGGUUUAGUAACACUCCUAGAUAAUCUGUUUGACUUGUAUUGUUUGGUGUUUUGGUGUCCAGGAUUGUAUGUCAGACAGCCAGGGCGACCAGGGAAUACAGUAACUGGGUAACAGUGGAUGUGAAUGGAGGUGGACGAUCCAAGGAAAUGUACUCUUUCAUGGUGAGUCGGAGUCACAUCUCAUAUUACUCCCAAUUAAAAAUGACCAACUUUCCCCAUCAGCACUGUGUAAUGAUAGUCAAUCAAAAAAAACUUUCAGGACUAUUAAUGAAUUUGAAAAUAGUCAUCUCUUCCACAGGGCGUAGGGUAUACUUGUCCUCUACAGCAGGGCGCAGGGGCUGAUAAUCAGUGGCCAGCAAUCCUCGAGGGCCUAGUGCAGCUCCUGUUGGACCUUAUAAACUGCUGAUCUUUUACACCUGUGAAUUUCAAAUUUAAAGCCAGAGUAGCUGAGUGGAUACAUAUAGCUACGUUAGAAAAAAAUUCCAGUUCAGCUAUUUUUACCUGACAUUUGAAAUUCACGUUAAAUUCACUUCAAAUUCACAUUUUAGUGAAUAACCCUUAUAUUUACUAAAAUGAGAAUUGCUGGGAAUUCAAAAUGAAUUCCAAAUAUAAGGUCAAACUAGCCAAAACACAGCUAACUUGGAGAAUUAUCCAGUUCGGCAUAUAUGGUCUUAAAUUUUAAAUUCACUUUGAAUUCACAACAAUCUCCAUUUUAGUGAAUAACCGUGAUAAACUAUAAAUCCCAUUGUUUACUGUUCUGUAUAUUUGCAGAUGCCAGAGGUGUUUUCUGUGUCUCCACCUUAUGGUCCUAGAGCAGGAGGUACAAAAAUUUCCAUUUCUGGAAAGAAGCUGGACAUUGGCAAAGAGAUCCAUGUUUUGUUCAAUGGGACCCUGGAAUGCCGAGACCUUGUGUGAGCUGAGCUAUGAAUUGUUAGAUUAACAUGGAAUCUGCUCAACCUCUCUUCCUCUUCUCAUUCCUGUAUUUCUACACAGUGUGGCCUAGAAACCUCUGCCUUACUAGUAGUUCCUUUCUAUGCGCGUCCCACAUGUUUCUUUUUAUUCAGUUUGGUCUCCAUCCUUUUGUCUCAACAUCACUACUCCUUCCUGCUCUCUAACAACAUAUGUCUCUCUACACUCAGUUUGGCCAUCAUCCCAUUAUUAGCAGUGCUGCGUCUUCCUGUUCUCUCACCACAUGUAUCUCUCUUUCCUCAACGUGGUCUCCAUCCUAUGUCUUAGCAAUGCUUCUUCUUCCUGAUCUCCCUCUGCACAGUUUGGCCUCCAUCCUUUUCCUGUACAUCUCUCCUUAUCUCAUGGACCUCACUAUCUGUAUGCCCUCUCUGUACGUAAACCGUUGUCAGUGAAAUCAUUUUUAAAUCCCCUUUCCCUUUUUCGUUAGUAAUCCUCCCCUUUGAAUUCCACAGACGCACCGAGAGCAAUAUACAGUGUACUGUACCAGCAUUGGAAACUCUUAUCACUGGCAACGUAGAAAUCUGUGUCCAGUUUGAAGGAUCAUAUUGUGUCAAUGAUGCACUCACAUUCCAGUAUGAAGAAAACCCUGUUAUCACCAGUAUGGAACCCAAGAUCAGCCACUUGAGGUAGGGAAGUUUUAUGGGAUGAUCCUUGCAAAUAAUAAACGGGAAUUCUAGUGGGCCCAGUAGACAUAUAAUUAUAUAUAUAAUAGCCUCUCUUUGGAGGUUGUAGAUUCAUUUACUCAUGUAGAGUAUUUUAUGUUGCUAUUUUAUGUAUGUCCAUUCUGCACUUUGGUUCUACAUAGGAACUUGUGAUGUUGUGAAGCGACUAGAUCUCUAUAGUGAUUAAAGAAGUAGUAUGGGAUCUUUUCACUUUUUAUAGUUAAACCUAUUGCUUGUACUUUGUUUUCUGUUAAGUCAGUAAUAAAACAGUAUAACCUUCCAACGCUAAAGACCUACGGAUAGUGCAAUACUUAAUCUUAACCGGCAGGAUAAAAUUAUGGGAAGGUAUACAUUUCAAGCCAUGAUGUAAGUGCCACAUGGUGAGCUCAAGGUGGACAAAAAACUUCUAUGGUUUAAUUUUUUUUUACUUUUACUUCUGUUCUUCCCAGUGGUGGUCGUGUGAUAACCCUGACUGGAAAAAGGUUUGAUAUGGUGCAAGAUGUGACGAUGGAGAUACAAACACAGAAAGCUGUUCAAUCAGUGAGUGAAUUCUAAAAUACAGUAUUUAUGGUGCUUAUGGCAGCAAAAAAUGUUUAAUGUUACACUUGCAUAAAAUGGAGUUUUAAAAGCUUUGUGUGCACCAUUAUUGGAUAACAAUUUGUGUAAAGCUAGUAGAUGUAAUACUUACCUGUUCCGAGGCCCCCGUUCACCCCUCCAAAAGGGAGAGAGACACUGCUUGCGUGGUCCUCUUUAUGUUCGUUCGCACCAACGCUUGAACAGGGCAACAGCUAGUGGAUAUUUUGGUGAAAUCGAACAAAUUUGCUCAAAAAAAACACAGAUUCAGCAAUAGCCAAUUUCAGGUCUUUCUAAAAUGACACUAACCGAUCACUGUUAGGCAGGGGCUAUUUAUUUCCUGUUCUUUCUAGGCCCAAUUGCCCUGCUGUGGUUCUUGUUAAGCCCAAUAGUGCGUAUCUAUUUCUGAGUUAUCAUGUUACUGACCCUGGCUUGUUAUUCGUUUAUUCUACUCUCUAUGUUCCUGAACUUUGUCUAGUCUACUGUUUCUUCUUCCUUGCACCUUGGCUUUCACUUUGGCUAUUCUAUUUGUUAAGUUAGAUCACUCUAAUGCCCGGUAAUACGGCUUCCAUACCUUUGCUGUAUUUUAGGUUCUGUGUGUGUGUGGGUUCCUUUACACAUAUCGUGACAGUAGGGCAUUUGUGGACGCAUUUUGCCACAAAAUCCAUAGGUGUCUUGCCAGCUCUGCCAACCCUGGACAUGACUUUCACUGCAGAGCUUAAUGACUGGAGGUGUAGUUAGUGGCCCACGAACCUGGAAAGCAGGGUCUGCUCUUACUUAGUUGGAUAAAAAUGUCUGUGUGUUAUUACUGGCUUAAAAAUUACUAACCAGUAACGAGAAGCACUAAAUGAAGCAGUUUUCACCAACUGUCUUAAAUCUGCAUGUAAAAUUGAGGACAUUGUAAAAGUAACUAGGUUUCUUUAAACCUUUUUGACAUAUUUUGUUUCUUCUGUGAAGUGUAAACCAUAUUAUGGUAGAUCGUUAGACAGCCAUGACUGUAUGAACCUUAUUGUAUGUCGUAUAGAUGAUAUAGUCCCAACAGUAGCAGCCAUCACUCUUCCUUGAGAUUGAGACUCCACUGUAACAGCUUGGUUUCAACUGGCAUAACACAAUAGGGAAAAAAUAUAACUUAAAAAGUUCUCAAGCAUGGUUAUAACUGGUAUAGAACACAUUAUAUAGAUGGGAAAGGCUGUCCAGUGAAGAACUAGGAUACAAAAGUCUUGCCUUGCCACCCUUAACAUGAAGUAUAAAUAUAUUAGAAUUAAAAAAAAAUAGGAGGUGUAAGACACAUUGGUAAAUGCAAUGGUCCAUUGCAGGUAUUGGUGUAGUAUAAGCUUUACAAUGUAUACAAUGUACCAUAUGCUAAAGGAAUCAUCCAUUACGUGCUUCCACCCUGUCUUCACCUGCAUGAAAAGCUGGAUGUCUCUGAAGAAUAAAGCAGGCCUAAUGCCUGUGAUCCCAGCCAAUGAAUGCAGUCCUGCAUGACCCUAUGUUGCUAUCCUAAAGGAGAAGACUGGGUGCAGUGUAUGGUGCAUGGUGGGAAACCAGUAAGUUGCCAAACCAUACUAAAAAAGUUUGAUUACUCACUAUUGGACGGCACCUAUAUUGUAGUGGUUAUGGUGCUUGGUGUUUUCCUUUAGUCAUACUGAGGACCAACUGAUCUGUGCCUUGCUCUUCAGAAACUGUCUCUCGAUAGAUUGGAAAGGUCAAAUAUCAGUUGUUACCGCAUGACACUGAUGCAUUCUUCUUCUUUUUUUUUUUUUUUAGAACUGCACCAUUCUUAGCCCAGUUAUCAUCACCUGUCCUUCACCUAAAGCCCCUAACAGCACCUUGGAACACAAGAAUGUCAGCGUGGACUUCAUUAUAAAUGGAGUCUACUUGUCAGAGGAGCAAGUGGAUUUUGGAGAAGACCUUGCUGGGGAGGAAAUCCUGUCCAUCGGUAGCAAAUUUAACCUGGAGUACCAGCCAGAUCCCAUGUUCUUCACUGCUAAGAAAGAAAAGCUGAUAAAACAUCAUGUAGGGGAACCACUAACACUGGUUAUACAUGUAAGUUACUGUGGGUCACAAAUUACUAUAAACUGGAGUUCUAGGAUUUUUGAUUAUGAUUUCCACAUAAAAAUAUUGAUAUAAUCCUGUCCAUCGGUGAUCUUUGUGGAAAAAUGUUUUACAGAUACAGAUUAUGGACCUGCAUGAGACUGAUUGUCUAAUUUACCUCUAAUCUCUUUUUUUGUUUGACAGAAAGAGCCAGACAACUUGGGCUUGAGAGUGGAAGAAUACAAGGUGAAAGUUGGUCAGAUACCUUGUGAGCUGAACAUCUUUAAUGACAAGGUUAUUCACUGCAGCAUCAACGAGUCUCUGAGCUCCUCUGAACGUUAUCUACCUGUGACGGUAAUGAACAGGCUGAUUUUAACUCGUCUCUAGGCUGGCUAUAUCUCAAGCAUAUCACAUCCAUACUGACCACAAUUCCACCACUCUGAGCUCUAGUCUAUACUACUUGCUACACCUAGAUCACCAUGACAUGACACUCAUUAUGACCAUGACUCCAAUCCCUUGAUAUCACUCACUGACAUUAAAAUAUAGCUUGAUGUGGAAGUUGUCUUUUAAUGACUCACAUUAAAGGGGCAUCCAGACCCCUUUUAUCUUGCUGAAAAGCUUUAUAUGUGAAGAGUGUGUCCUCUUAUUUUUUAAUUUGGAAAAAGUGCAAAUUUCAAUAGAAAUUGACACUUUUUAUAAAUUAUAUUGGUUACACCUCCCUGGCUUUUAAAGCAGACAAACGUUCAUGUUACUUCCUGGUUUGGUUCAGAGGAUGCAACAACUUCCCAGAGCACCUUACUUACAAAGACUCCUCAUUGAGCUGCAAUGGGGAGUCUGUGAUUGGACAGCCACAGGCAGUCUGUGCGGAGCUACAAGGGGAGGGCAUGCAAAGGCAGCAGACGAGAGGUGCAGUUUUUGCAAGCUGUUUUUAGAAAUAAAAAGAUGCAUAUUUAAAUGCAUGCACAUUUUCAUUUGGACUAUUUGUACUACCGUGUUUCUCCGAAAAUAAGACCGGGUCUUAUAUUAAUUUUAGUCACAAAAAACACACUAGGGCUUAUUUUCAGGGCAGGGCUUAUUUAUUUACGGUACCGGUAUAUACAUUGAACCCCCCCUUUAAUUAAUCCACCCCCCCCCUUUAAUAAAUCCACCCCCCUCUAAUUAAUCCACCCCCUCUAAUUAAUCCAGCCCACCCUUUAAUUAAUUCACCCCCUCUAAUUAAUUCACCACCCCUUUAAUUAAUUCACCCCCCUAUAAUUAAUCCAGCCCACCCUUUAAUUAAUUCACCACCCCUUUAAUUAAUUCACCCCCCUAUAAUUAAUCCAGCCCACCCUUUAAUUAAUUCACCACCCCUUUAAUUAAUUCACCCCCUCUAAUUAAUCCAGUCCACCCUUUAAUUAAUUCACCCCUCUUUAAUUAAUUCACCCCUCUUUAAUUAAUUCACCCCUUCUAAUUAAUCCAGCCCACCCUUUAAUUAAUUCACCACCCCUUUAAUUAAUUCACCCCCUCUAAUUAAUCCAGCCCACCCUUUAAUUAAUUCACCCCCUCUAAUUAAUCCAGUCCACCCUCUAAUUAAUUCACCCCCCUCUAAUUAAUUCACCCCCCUCUAAUUAAUCCAGCCCACCCUUUCAUUAAUUCACCACCCCUUUAAUUAAUUCACCCCCCUCUAAUUAAUCCAGCCCACCCUCUAAUUAAUCCACCCCCUCUAAUUAAUCCAGCCCACCCUUUAAUUAAUUCACCCCCCUUUAAUUAAUUCACCCCCUCUAAUUAAUCCAGUCCACCCUUUAAUUAAUUCACCCCCCUUUAAUUAAUUCACCCCCCUCUAAUUAAUCCAGCCCACCCUUUAAUUAAUUCACCCCCCGCCCCCUUUAAUUAAUUCAGUCCCAGACAUAAAAUAUCUACCGGUACUCACAUUUCAAAGUUUCCUUGCCGAGUCCGACCACUGGGAGCCUCACCGCCUGGAAAUGGAUCCUUCCGCUGAAGAUCCGUGAAGGCAGACUGACGGCGCUGCGAAAUGUCGUCAUCACGUUGCGCGAUGACGCGGCCCACAACGCUCCUCCUACAGUAGAAGAAGGAAGUCUUGCCGCAAAGGUACAAUGCCUAGGUCUUAUUUUCGGGGUAGGGCUUAUAUUGCAGCCCACCCCGAAAAUCCGACUAGGGCUUAUUUUCGGGGGUAGGGUUUAUUUUCGGGGAAACACGGUAAACAGGGAUUUUUAUGUAUUUUGUAUUUGGGCAGCAGAGUGUCCCUUUAAAUAGGUAUCCUCCAUUUUGAAAUUUGUAUGGACUAAUAUGUAUACAAUUCAAUAAAGCAUUCUGGAAAUAGCAGAAGCUCGAAUUAGUGUGGGAUUUGUAUAAUCUGAUCUAUAAUAAAUAAUACCAAAUUCUAUAUUGUCACAGUUUGGACAGUGGAAUAAAAGGUUAAAGUAGCAUAGCUUAUUCCAGGCAUAUUGGCCGUUAUGACCAGCUAAGUACCCCAGAAAUCUAUUACAGCACAGCUAGAGCUUACUUCAAUACAUACAUAGCCAUUUAUUCAGUGUAUUGCCAACCUGGAAAAUCCCUAUUGCUUCAUCUGGAGGGUAACCUUAAGUCGAUGUCAUUGAUUUAUUAGUAUAGAUUAGAAGACAUUUUGAGAAAAGCAAGUCUUGGGCUGUCAGCUGGAGAUUAGAUUAGUCUGUUACAUUCAACAUGGCAGAUUAAAUUGUCACUUUAAUAAGCCUUGCUUAUUUCACUAUUUGAUGUCCGUGAUAGUUAUUCACUAAACAGUUUGUGUAUUGGUAUCUCUCCUCCCCUCUAUUUCCAACCUCUUUAUUCACAAAUUUGGGUGCUACUUUUGUUUGCAUGUUCCUUUCAUAUUGGAUAGGAGUCAUUUCAUGUGACUCCUUAAUAAAAGGAUUAUUUAAAAAUAUGCAAUGAACUCAAUAACAUUUUUAACAAAAAUCAGUUAAUUGAUUUUUCAGAAUAUGUAAAGGUGAGUCGGAGAUUUGUUUAAAGAGACACGCAGGUCUCGAGCAUUGUAACAGCAUUCAGUCGUACAAUAACAGUGUUAUAUUAGUAAAAUAUGUUUAUAGAGUACAUCAAUUACAACCAAGCGAGGGUGUAUCCCCUGCGGAAACUCCUGAGACUCUGGUACAUGAGCCUGUAUUCCCACAACCAAACUCUCUAGUGCACCUGGGUGAAUCGUUUUUAGUAUGUAUAAAAACUAGCGAAAGAUUGUGAGAACGUAUGGGAGAUUAGUUUUGUAAGUCUCUAUCGCUCUUCCAUUCAUUUGGUUGUGCAUACCAGCCAUGUCACGUCACCCCACACAUACUCAAGUGUGGUCUACAAUUGCCAAUUAUUAUAUCUCUUUAUGACUUACGAUCGUCUCUCCACAUAAUGAUUAGGAGAAAUGUGUAUCGAGUAUAUGUGAACUCAAUAACAUAGGUAGAGGAGAGGUUAUAUACAAAACACACAAAAAAAGCACAGCACUUACAGCAGCAUUAGCUUAGUAUCUAACAGCUCAAAAUACAUAGCAAAAACAAAGAGAAUGCUACCUGCGCUCUGGCCUAAAUCCGUAUGUACAUUUAAACAAAAUGGAGGCUCUUUAGUUUUAUUCCAAUGGCCAUUUGAAUAUAAGCUCACCUGCCACGUCAAGGGAAGCCCCAAAAGGUAAGUCCUACUCUAGCCAUUAGAUUUGCUGAUAUCAGCCAAGAAUCUCCAAUGAGACAGAGGAGAUGUUGCUGCAGUUCCCAAAAAUCUAAGUAAGACCCGAUAACUGUGUUGGUAACCUUGCACCCUGUUGCUCAAAGCAGGGCCAAAUCCAAGUCCAAAAAAUAAAGACAUCAAGGAAGUGUAAACCAGAUGCUAAAUGUGCACAAGGAGUGCUACAUACAGCUUAAUUGUAUUUGGCUCUGUGCACUUUUAUCAUCUAAUUACCCCUGGUUUCUUUAUUUUCUGUAACAUUUAAGUUGUUGAGAGCUAUUGUAAUAGUAAUUCAAUUAUGUAAAUUAAUAUCUCCUAUAUUUACAGAUACAAGUUGGUAAAUUCAAUCAGACCAUCACCACAUUGCAUCUGGCAGGGAUAGACACAUCUAUCAUUGUCUCCAUAGUCAUCUGCAGUAUAUUGUUACUUCUUUCUGUGGUGGGUAAGUAUGGCCUCCAUGUAUGCUCUAUACUGGCUCACGUUACUGACACCAAUUGAAAGUGAAAGUAAUGGUUCUAUAGCAUUUUGUGCCAAUUACAUACAUUUAAAACAAACUAGGUUACAGUUCUGCAGACAUUUCCAGUGAAUACACAAGUUGGGUUUGGACUAAAGCUUCAUCAUGCUCUGCGUGGCUAGUUUCCUUUGCCCUUGAAGAGUUCUCAUUCUCAAAGAGUUUACUAUAGUGUCCUCACCGAAAUUUAACAAAAGUGCUUUAUGAGCAUCAAAUUAAUUUCCCAACCCUUUCUGGGUAAUCUGAACAACUUUUUUUUCUUAGUCAAUCUGUAUCUGAUUGUAAUUGUUUUGUUUUUACGCUUGUUUGUUUAUUCUUUAAUACUCCAUAUUUCCACCUCAAUAUGAUGUCUGAUACCUCCCUCUCUGUGCUCGAAAUCCCAUUAAAUGUUUAGCCUUGGCUGGUAUGUUAGUCAAUCCAUUCAUCUAUCUCUAGUUUGUGUGUGUACAUACAAUAAGGAUCCAGAGUGGUGUUUGCUAAUCUAAGCACUAUAGGUAAUGUCAGUAAUUCACAAACGGGGGAUACUGCACUCACACUUAGGAAUCCAGGUGCUUAUCAGGGCCAGGGUUGGCAAAUGCUCGACAAAGCACUUUUUGUUCCAAUAAACCUGCCUUCCUGCAAAAAUCCUGAGUGCCUGGACCUAAUUUAUUUUAUAAACUACACAACCUAAACAUUAGCUUUAGCUGGCAAACAUCUAGUGCCAAGUUUGGCUGUCAGUGGUCUAGGAGAUAAUAUUAUUCACUAUACUUAUUUUAACUUCUGCAGCCCUGUUUGUCUUUUGCACCAAGAGUCGAAGAGCUGAGCGUUACUGGCAGAAAACAUUGGUUCAGAUGGAGGAAAUGGAGUCUCAGAUUCGAGAUGAAAUUCGUAAAGGUAAUUCUCCUGAAAUAGCUUCAAACACAGGACACUAGAUCUAAUGAAUAUCAUGUUCACAAACCCCAGAGGAGCUUAAAACAGAGGCCCGAAAGCUAGUCCUCAUAGUACACCUAUGGACCAGGUUUUCCAAUAUCCUGGUUGAAAUAGAACUGGGUUAUUGUGCCUGGAUGAGUGUGUUGGCAACAUCUGUUUUAAUUCCUAUUUAUCCAAUCAGAUACUUCACUGAUAUUUUUUCACCAGUAAACAUCAUACCACUCAUAGAAAAUAAUGGUUAACCUGCAUUCAUGUGAAAAUAAACAUAAUAUAAAUAUGUACUUGCGUCAUUGUAUAACACACUGUUAUUCCUUUAUUAAAUAUAUAAAUGACUAUAUACAGAACAGGAGACACAGGCAUGAUGCAAUACAAUUAAGCAAUAUACAAACAUUCAAUGAACAAUUUUGCACUCACAUGUACCAAAGCCCUGAAAGUGGCUUUUAUCCCGUUCUUGAGUGUACUGCUCAAGACUCAUAUGUAGGCAUGUAAACCACAAAGGUUUUACAUAUACUGAUUAUAUCACACUAUCAUGUAUACACUGUAUGUUUGCAUUUCCUUUUCCCUAUUUAUUAAUGAAUAUAUUUGUUCAAGACUUAGAUUGAUUAACAGGAACACAUAUUUAUAAUUUUGAUCAUUUUCACAAUUUAUAAUAAUUUCUGCUUGUUGCUUUUGGUGUGUUGCAUAGCAAGAACUGGUAUGGGUGUAUUAGCCGCAUUAUUUUACUUUUCUUCCUGUCAUUUAUGUUUUCCCAUUUUCACAUAUUUUUCCACUUUCUAUUAUUUGCACAUAACUGGCAGAGAAACAAAAAACAGUUAAACAAAACUCAGAACAGCACGUGAUAACAGGACUAGAUUGGAUGUGUAAAUCAAAGGUUAGCUCCUUAAAGGAAGAAAUCUCACACUAGUGUAGGGCCAUUUAUAACAAAUUGCCACAUGUUUUAAUUAAGAUAUAUGGCCUUUAGCAUUGGUUGAAGGAUAUCCUACUAUCACUAAAACUUGAUCACAAGUUUUUCGAAACGUAGGAAUUUAGAACCCCCCAGGAAGAGGUUAACUAGGUGUCUUUCCCGUUUCUAGGAUUUGCUGAGCUCCAGACAGAUAUGACAGAUCUGACCAAAGAAUUAAACCGCAGCCAAGGAAUCCCGUUCUUGGAGUACAAAUAUUUUGUCACACGUACAUUUUUCCCAAAGGUGAGUUUAACACCUGCAUUUCACAAUACUGUGUUUGUGUCAGGGAUUAUCUGACAGUACAACCAUUGGAAAAAUAUACGGAGCAUUGCUGAUACAACUGGGGAUUGCAUAUACAAUCAAGUCCAUGUUAAAUAUUUAGAUAAAAAUUAUACAUACAAUACUGUGUUUUAUUUAGUUGAAAUUCGAAUCCAUCCCAUGACAGACGCAUAGUUGCCAUGUGGGCAGGUGGAAUUCCCCCCCAAAACUUACCACAAAAACACACUGACACUGAUGUAUGGGUCAAUAUGUCCACAGCUUUAUUAAUAUUGAUAACAAUAAAUUAAAGUCAUUGCUCAGCCUCCAUCCCGCCAUAUAACAUCAUAUGUCCCCAAAAUAAAAGACAAUGACUCAUUAUUUCUGUAAAUAUAAAUAACAUCAACAACCAUAAUAUCAAACAUCUUCAACAUAAUAUAAGUGCAAACUUUGUUAAAUAACCACGGUAGGGUCAUACCCGGAUACCCCUACCAUACACCAGGUUCUGAGCCACCACCGAGCUCGAAACCUACCACGGUUCAUAACGAACCAUUCAACCAAGCUCUUCAUCAGCAGCCUUACUGCCCUAUUCUAUUUACACUACCCUAGAGCCUGUUUGUCCCCUAACCUUUUUCUCUCUAGCCCCGCCGCUGUGACCAAACGGGAGCUAACACCCCUUACCCUUACAAAUGGGAGGGUGGGAGGGACAACUUAGGCCAGGUAAGCAGAUUAAGAGUGCUUGUCACUAAAAUGGCUGCCUAUUUAUACUGGGCCAACCCCCUUUUACACUCUCACUCCACUCCCACAUGGGGCCUUCCCCCCAUGCCCGCCUCCUAGCUCUGUGAAGCCCCUAUUUCACUAAGCUGCGCUUGUUCCACAGGGUUACAUUUUUUAUGUUAUAUGUAGGAUGUACAAAAACUGUCCCUACACAUGGCUGCUGCUGGUCUGGAGGACCAAAUGGGCCCAAUAAAUGUGGAAAUAUUUAGAAUGUCCUAUGUUAACAACUCAGUGAGGAUGCAGUAAGCAUUAUUCAAAUGGGAGAGGAAUGAAGGAAAUUAGCCAGAAGAGGAAGUGAGAACUGGGUCAAAUGAUUAUGUUGAUUCAAAUGUACAUGUAAUAAGGAUGUACUGUGUGUUUGCUGGGUAUGUCAUCCACAUCUCAUGCCAUCUUUAUACUUAGAAAAGCAGAAGGAAGCCACAUGUUUGAAACUUAGAAUGUAAAAUCUUCGUUCUCCACCGUCAUUAUUUCCUUUUCUGACCCCCUCCUCACAUGGCAGCUCCCUCCUGACUCUUCAAGUCCGUGAGAUGCUGGAAAUUUAAAGGGCACCUUGCCAAGGCAUGGCUGCUCAACUCUAUUAAUAGGUUUCACGUCUUUUAUCCUGUGUUAGAAUAUGCACAACGUUUUAGACUGUACCAAAAGCUGUUAUUAUUAAAUUGUGAGCUUGUGUGACUGAAGGCAAAGAUUUCCAGGCAUCCUUUAUAUAAACUGGCUCUAUUGGAAUAGCCUUCUUUGACAUUGAAAGAGGCUCAAUGCUGGUUAUCAAAGGGUUGAAAAAGAGAAGUUCUGUUGACCCCUAAGGAAACACUCACAUGUUUAAUCCUCCUGAUCAUCAGCCGCUCAGUCUUGUUAGCGACUUUGUAUAGAAUUUCUUCUGUGUUAGAUUGUUAUCUCAUGGGCUGAGCUUGCACUUCCAUUCAUACCUGUAUGCAUGAGUUUUAUUUUUUUAUUUUUUAUUUUUAUUGCAUUUAUUAAAUUUCCCAUGGGUGUUUACUAAAUAUACGAUAAUGAUGGAGAUCUACUUAAAAUCUCUGAUCACAGUGCUCGUCCCUUUAUGAAGAACGCUACAUCUUGCCAACACAGAACUUCAACUCUCAACUGGGCUUCCAGGUGCAGGAAACGCACCCACUUCUUUGUGGAGAGUGGAAGGUAAGUGACGGUUUCUGGUAUUCCCUCUGCCUGCUGGAUGCUUGCGCAUCAUAGUGAAAGUCCAAUAAACAUUUAUUAAAACCCCCAAGACACAUGCAGAAAAUCUCCAGAAAGUCCAGGUCAGAGGAACUCUUCAGUCUGACUAGAAGAGAAAACUGCAAAAACAAAAAGCUAUAUAUGCCUGCUGGGGCUUUGUGUCUCAUAUUUUAAUUCCACUCUCAAAUAUCCCAGCCGUAUUGCAGCCAUAUAUUUAGCAAGUACAACAGAGUUAAAUAAGGUCACGUACUCACUAUUAGAAUAGAGAGGAGCCCUAAACACCAUAAUCACUGCAGCCCAUUGUAUUUGUUAUCAUGCAGUGAUAACUGGCACGCUAUAUUUGAUUGGUCUGUUAUUUUAACAAGUAGAUUAUGUUUCAAAUUGUGUCCUGCAAACUGGGUGGCAUCACAUCUUGCAUUAAAACGUGUAAUGUACAUUGUUGCUGACACUGGGCAGCAUAGGGAACACUAUCUCAAUGCAACACAUUCAUGUCCUGGCCGGCACAGCAUUAGGCAGAGUUUUGCUCCGGACCAGCAGCUGAUGUUUACAGUUGCUGCCAUUAAUUCAGACAUCCUCCUGAAACUGAUAUGCCAACAGAAGAACUCGGAACACAGAGACCUUAUGAUUCUGUCACCACAGCUCCUAUCCUAGCAUAGCACUAAAAGGAGAGGGGCCCAUUAAAAUAGCAGCUGUGAUAUAUUUCUUUAAAACAAAGCACAGUUUGUGACCCAAAACGACCAAAGACCUCUUGGAUCACAACCCCAUGCUUUGGUUUAAAACAUGUGUGUUUUAAGCAGGAUGCCUGCAGAAAUGCAUUGUGAAGUCUGAAACACUAUGCCUGUCUGUGCUCAUUAUAUACAAUAUAGUGAUAAUAUAUAUAUAAUCUAUAGGUACUUUGGGAAUCUGCAUUCACAAAAUAAAUGCCAGCAAAUUCCAUACAUAAUAUGGAAGCACAGUAUUUGACCAUUUUUAUUGUUAUUUAAAAAAAAAAAAGUAAACUCUAUAAAAUGUAAUGACUAUUAAACGAUUAUAAUUUCAGGUGAUUAGGAAUUGCGUUUCUAGUUUUUAAAGUUUAUUUGAGCAGGGCCUUCUUCACCUUCAAAUAUCCCCUUUCUAUAAAGCAUUGCAGAAUAUAUUGGUGAUACACUUAAACUAAAAAUGAUAUUAAUAUACAGGUAAUAAAAGUCUCUCUCAUACCAGCUUACUGUCUAGAAAAAUGUUUCAUUCCAAACAUAUAAACAAUGUAUACAUUAUUGCAUGAAGAGAAUGGAGACUGAUCUGUUAACAUUACUCCUUUGUUGCCACUCCAGAUCCCCGACAACUGUCGAAGCAAUAUGGAAGAAGGCAUGUCCCUACUGAGCACCCUUCUGAACAACAGGCACUUUCUCGUCACUUUCAUUCAUGCUGUGGAGCUUCAGAAGGACUUUGCUGUCCGUGACAGGUACAAGGAGGGUUAUUCUUAUGGCUCAUGGCAUAUUGUCCUUAAAUAUACAUGAUGGCCACACAUUCAUAGAAUUAUACAGUACAGACAAGGCUCAAUCUGUCUGAAGAGGGUUCCGCAUGGAAACUUCAUCACUGUAAAUGGUUGCAUUAACUAGAAUUGACAAUAUUCAAACCCAAGUAUUGUGGUUUCAUGUUAAAUAAGGUGCUUGCUUUUCUGAUUAUUUUGUUUAAAAAUGAGAAUCACUCAACUGAGUUACAAAAUGCCAUAAUUUACUCAUUGUGUUUACAAUACAUAAGCUACUGUAUAAGCUGAUAGGCCCACCUUUUGUGCAUACUGUGAAUAUAUGAUCUGACCAACAUAAAACAAUGGUUCUAACUCUUCACAAAUCCCAGAAGGUCAGAAUUGUACAGUUCCUAAAUCCUUGGCUAUUACUGUUUCCCAGAGGUCACUUUGAAAGCCUCUGUGCCAAGGGACUCACCCACUGUGCCACAGUCACAUGAGCCUGAUUCAGUCACAUAAUUGCUUUAUUUUCCAGGUGUAACUUGGCUUCUCUGUUGACCAUCGCACUGCAUGGGAAGUUAGAGUAUUACACGAGCAUCAUGAAAGAUCUUCUGGUGGAUCUCAUAGACUCGUCAGCCUCCAAGAACCCCAAACUGAUGCUGCGCAGGACGGAGUCUGUGGUGGAGAAGAUGCUGACUAAUUGGAUGUCUAUCUGCAUGUACAGUUACCUUAGGGUAUGGAUUGCUCAAUAAGAGUUCUCAUAUACAAACUUAAAUACAUAAAAUGGAAAGUAGAGUAGUACGAAAUCUUACAAAUAAAUCAUAUGUGUUCAAGCAGUCGUUUAACCUGUGACGUUGCCGUAAAAAAAAAAAAAUUGUGAGAAGCUAGCAGGAUGCCUAUCAAAAGUCAGUGGAUUUGAGAAACAGCACAUCUACAGCAUUGCCUUAGAUGAUGUAAAUAUCAGGAAGGCUGUUUUGUUUCUGAGUGUGUCCUGAGAGAUAAAUGGCAUAACCCCUCUCAAUUGUGGUAAUUUUUUCAGUAUUGAGAAUAUGAGAGGUUGAGUUGACCCUCCUGGGAUUAAACUAUGAAACAUUUAGGUUUGAAGAGGGUUUAGAAAUAGUUCAGCUGGUCAAUGAGAUAUCUCAUGACCUAUUUUAAUGUUGCCAAAAUACUGAGAAUGUGUGCUUUCUUCUACAGAAGGUGUUGCUAUGUUCACUACCAAAUGGCAGAUAAUUUGCUUCUAUCGAGAAACUGUCCUAAAAUGCAAGGAUUUCAAAUCCAUAACUCUCAAACUUGGCACAGCAUUACAUGAUGGAUGCUCUUUACAUUAGAGUGACCAGUUGCACCCAUUCAGAUAUUGGACAUAUAUCUGUGUACUGCAUGGCUCCAAUGGCCGCUGCCUUCUUUGCCAAAUUCAUCAACUGGUUAAAGAGGAAUGUAAAGCUGUCACCUUGAGGAGAACCUUAUUAGCAAAUGUUAUUUUUCCAUCAGCCAUCCUGCAUUUCAUUGCAAAGAGCUAUUACCCAGAACCAAUAAUAAAAGUGAAUGUUUGAUUUAUAACCUGGACACUGAGAGUCACAUGGUGAAAGGUCACAGGUCGUGUCAUAAGAACAGGGACACUGCUAGUGACCCUGUGCUGUUACAAGAGGCAUCACAAAGUGGCCUGGAAUUGAUUAGCUCCAGUCAAUUACAUUCUCUAAACAAACCAUAAUCUAAUUAACUGGGGAUUUCAGCAAAAAAUACAAGUGGGGACUGAGGGCUAUGUUUUCAGAUGCAAACCUGCUUUUACUGAGGGUGGAAGGGGGGCGGUGGGUCAUGCAGAAUGUGUGCUGUAGGGCCCCAUAAUAAGCAAUGCAACUCUUUGCUUUCUUCUUCAACAUUUCUAUUCGCUCUUACUGUGCCGUCCCAUUGUAUUUUUUUAAAUUAUUAUUAUUAUUUUAUUAUUUAUAUAGUGCCAACAAAUUCCGUAGCGCUGUACAAUGGGUGGACUAACAGACACAUAAUUGAGAUCAGACCACUGGACGUACAGGAACAGAGGGGGUUGAGGACCCUGCUCGAUGAGCUUAAAUGCUAGAGGGAGUGGGGUAUGGUGACACAAAGGGUUAAAGUAGGGGAAUUAAAUAGUUUGUUAGAGAUGGGUUUAUUGAGUGCUUGGUAGGUCAUUUUUGACAGUUGUAGGAAAGGAGUCAUGGGGUGGGGGAUGAGAAAUCUGCUGACAGUUUAAUUGAUACGCUUUAAUGAAGAAGUGAGUUUUCAAAGAUUUUUUGAAGGAGUGGAGGCUGGGUGAAAGUCUGAUUGAGGAGGGAAGGGAGUUCCACAGAACAGGUGCAGCCCUGGAGAAGUCUUGAAGGCGAGCAUCAGAGGUGGAGAUCCGGGCAGAGGAUAGGCGUAGGUCUUGGGCUGAGCGCAGGGGUCUCGGGACAUACUUGUGUAUGAGGGAGGAUAAGUAUGUUGGAGCAGCAUUAUGUAAGGCAAGCGCCAGAAUUUUGAAUUGGGCCCUAUAUCUAACUGGAAGCCAAUGCAGGGACUGACAGAGCGUGGAGGCGUGGGAGGUGCGACCAGACAGGAAAAUAACCCUCGCAGCCGCAUUCAUUAUAGAUUGGGAAUAGCUGGGAACAUGUAAGAUCGGUGAGAAGGUGUGAUGUUUCCCUUCUCUCUCUUGUUGAAUGGCCAGUAUUUUCAUGACCACAGCCUUCAUGGUUACUUGAACUGUGGCUUGGCAGUUCUUGUUCCUGAGUUUCAUGGGGUAUUUCCUCCAAAUCAUCCCCUAUUACAUCAUGAGCCUCUGUACCAGGUGUAUUGCAGACUUCAGAAAUGUCAUCAUGCCAAACUCCUUGCCAGAUAUCAGUGUCUGGUUGUAUGAGUGGCCCUUCCCACUGAUAGGUUGUCUGUUAUACGUGGUCGAAGUUGAUUUGUAUGUCUCCAUGUGUAACAUCCAUCAGAGGUUAAAACUUUAUAGUGCGCCAGCCCCAGAACUUCCUUUAUCACUGCUUCUUUCCAACAAUUCUCCAGGUGAUAUACACAUAUCCAAACAGAAUCCCCUGUCUGGUAAAAACGGCCUGCUUUUCCGACUUGCAUCUUCGAUUGUUGCUGGAUGACCCUUUGUUGAAUCUCUGUUUUUAGCAGAUCCAACUUUGUCCUGAGUUCACGGUCUAACAUAAGGCAUGCUGGAGGUUGUCCAGUGGUUGGAUGAGGUGUAUUUCGAUACUGUAGAAGGAACUACAGUACAGAUGUUCUGGUUUCUUUCCUUCUGCUUUCAGACUUCUCAGAAAACCCUUUAACGUUUGAACAAAACGUUCUGAUUGACCAAUAGUAGCAGGAUAAUACAGUGCUGUAUGAUGAUGCUGAAUACCGUUUUCCUUGAGAAAAGCCUGAAAUUGUCCAGAAACAAACUGCGGUCCAUUAUCUGAAACAAGCACUCUGGGCAAGCCAAAUGUUGCAAAUAAUUUCUGUAAUGCUUUAACAGUAGCUUCUGCAGUGGUCUGCGACAUGAAUAGAACUUCUGGCCAUUUAGAAUGUGCAUCUCCCACAAUCAGAUACAUUUUAUUUUCCACUGGUCCAGCAAAGUCUAUGUGAAUUCUCUGCCAUGGUGAUAGAGGCCAGGUCCAAGGUUGUACGGCAUCAAGUGACAAGUCACGCACAACCAGUGCAACCUGAAACAUAACGGGCAAUAUCCUCAUCAAUGGUUGUCCACCAUACAUGACCUCUUGCCUUCUGCUUCAUGUGGACUAUGCCAGGAUGAUGUUGUAACACAAAAGGAAUAAUCACCCUUUCUCCCCAGACUAAGCAGCCAUCUCGAAUUGAUAACUCCUGAGCUCUUCUUUGGAAUGACUUGAGAUUUAUUGGAGUCUUUAGUGGCCAACCCUUGCGUACAAAAAUAAGUAUUUCCCUCAGCAAAGAGUCCUUGGUUGUCUCCUGUGCAAUUUCUCUGGCUGUUAUCACCUCACUAAAAUAUAUUGUAGAUCUUUCUGUGGUAGUUAAUUGUGAAUCCAUUUUCAAUGGAAGUCUAGAGAAUGCAUCCGCAAUAGAAUGCAGAGCGUUUGGACGAUAUUGUAUCCAAUACUGAUAAGCCCCCAGAGUUAAGGCAUACCUCUGAAGUCUUGCUGCUAUCGUGAUUGAAAUACCUUUCUGUGGGUUAAAAAUUUCAAUAAAGGUUUAUGGUCCGUAAGCAGUGUGAAGGGUCGACCAUAUAUAUAAAGAUGGAAUUUCUUUACUGCCCAUACUAUUGCCAGAGCCUCUUUAUCUAUUUGAGAAUAGGUUUUUUUCUGCAGCUGUGAGCGAUCUAGAGGCAAAAGCCACUGGCCUGUCUGUCCCAUCAGCCAUGGAAUGAGACAGGACUGCUGCUAGUCUGUAAGGUGAUGCAUCACAAGCAAUGGAAACAGGCUUUUCCAAGUUGUAGUGUACUAAAAGACGUGAACUACGAAAUAGUUCUUUUGACUUAUGGAAAGCUGAAGCACAUUCUACUGUCCAGCGCCAUUGUCGUUUACUCUCUAGAAGACGAUGUAAAGGGUACAGGACAUGAGCUAAAUUUGGCAAAAAACGGUUGUAAUAAUUUAACAGGCCAAGAUAGGAUCUUAGUUGUGUCAUAUCUUGUGGAGUUGGAGCAUCCUGUAAUGCCUUGCACUUCUCAUCUGUUGUAUGCAGCCCAUGUUUGUCAAUUACAUGAGCACAAAAUUCAAGACGAUCCUGCAUGAAUUGGCAUUUAUCCAAAUUCACUCCAUAUUCCAUAAGUCUUUGCAAAACUGCCUCUACAUUCUGUUUAUGUUCCUCCUCCUAUUUACCCGUCACCAGCAUGUCAUCUAACAGGCACUGUGUCCCAGGAACUCCAGCUAACAGCUUGUCCAUUGUUCGCUGCCAGAUAGCUGGUGCAGGCGAAAUGCCAAAAACCAUACGUUAUACCUGAAUAUCCCCUGAUGGGUAUUAAUCGUAAGUAGUGGUCGAGAAUCUGGAUGUACAGAUAACUGUAGGUAUCCAUUUUUCAAGUCAAUUUUGGUGAAUUGCUGGCCACCUGCCAAUGAUGCAAAAAUAUCAUCUACCUUAGGAAGGGGAUACUUAUCUAUUUUAAGCUGUGUGUUAAGAGCCAUGCGGAAAUCCCCACAAAUCCGUAUCCCCCAUUUUCUCACAGGAACAAUGGGUGAAGCCCACUCGCUAUUGUGAACCCGGGAGAUGAUAUUCAGCUCCUCUAAUCUCCUCAAUUCUGCCUCCACUCCAGCCCUUAGAGCAAAAGGCACACUUCUUGCUUUAAAAAAUUUCGGUGUUGCUCCUUCCUUUAAUUCUAAGGAAACUUGUUGUCCCUUUACAGUCCCUAAUUGGCCAUCAAACACUGGUGCAUACUUUUCCUGUAAUUCCAUAAUCCAGUCACGUCUAGUCUGAUAUUCAUUCAACACGACAUGGAUACUUAUGCACUUGAGGCAUCCCGAGAACCUUUAUCCACUCCCUACCAAAAAGUGGAGGUCCUCCAUUCUCUAAGAUAUAGAGAGGUAGUUUCUUCUUACACUUGUUGAAUGUAACUGUGACUGUCACACAACCCACUGGUAUUAACAGAUCUUUAGAAUAUGUCUGCAGUCUCGCUGUUGUCUGAAUUAUUGGCCUAUGUAUUUUAAGGCGUUUCCAGUCUGUCAAAGAAAUCACUGAUACAGCUGCACCUGUGUCCAAAUCCAUAGUCAGUUCCUUUCCAUUUACAACAACCUGAACUGUGAAUGCAGCCAGAUUAGAACCUAUUUUAUAUAUUUUUACAUUUCGGACAGGAAUUUGUUCAUCCGAAUCCUCAGAAGACUCCUGCGUUUGUACUCUAUAGGCAUUCUUUGCUCUGUCUCUCAAGCGAUUACUGCCUCUCUCUGCUGUGGAUUUACACACUCUUUGUAGGUGGCCCAUUUUACCACAAGUAUGACACUUGGCAUCCUUGAAUCUGCAUGUAGUUGCAACAUGUGUAGCAGCUCCGCAGCGAUAACAUUUGUAAUGUGAAUGUUCCUGUUUUGAAAGUCUCUUUCCCUGUGGUAUACUCCGUGCUCUAGCGUCUAAUUUUAAAACGUCUAGCUCUGCCUCCUGUGUGUUGUCCAGUCUGCUGUGUAAUAGAUUAGCAUCCUUAGAGGCUUGUUCUAUAAUGCUUGCCUCAUUCAUUGCCCUUUUAAAUGUUAAAUCUUCUUCUGUAAGCAGUCUCCUUAGCACUGCAUCACUUGCAAUGCCCAUUACAAACUGGUCUCGCAGAGCAGUGGGCAGGUAGUCCCCAAAACAGCAGGUGCUGGUGAGUUUCCGUAACGCAAUGGCAUAUGCUGAAACUGAUUCACCAGGCUCUUGUCGUCUUUUAUAGAAUUUAAAUCUCUCUGCUAUCUCUAGUGGUUUUGGUUGGAAAUGGCUAGUUAACAAAGUAAUCAGGCUUGCCAAUGGCUUGCAGGCAGGUUUCUCUGGGUGUAAGAGGCUCCUUAGCGUAUCAUACGUUCUGGCUCCUAUAACUGUUAGGAAAACAGCGACCUGUUUAUUGUCAGGAAUAUCAUUAGCUGUGAAAUAUUGUUCAAGCCUUUCAACCCAAGAGGCCCAUAAAUCCGAGUCAGGAUCAAAGUCCUUUAUAGUGCCAAUGGCUGCCAUGUCAGUUAGGGUUCUACAGCCUCGUCGCCACUGUGAUGUUUUGUACAAAUCCGUCACUAAUUCCUGUAUAACAAAGCACUCACUUUAUUGAUACAUAUAUAACAGCAUCUUCCUAUUGCAGCCUUGUUACACAGGGUUUCAAAUCCCUCGAACAUUCCACCAACUGCCCACAGGAACAGGAAGUAAAUAACCAAAAGAAAGGAAGUGCAUCAUUCACAGCCAACAACAGCCCAACUGCCCAAUGCCCAUACAUCACAAUACAUACACUCACACACAUACACAACCCAACCGCCCAUACAUCACAGAAGGGGAUUGCAAUAGUCAAGGCGAGAGAGAACAACAGCAUGAACCAGUACCUUAGCCUCGUCCGGCGUUAGAUGUGGGCGGAUGCGCGCCAUGUUCUUGAGUUGGAAGCAACAGGAUUUGGCUAUCAACUGGACAUGAGUGGUGAAGGAGAGGUCAGAAUCAAAAAGAACCCCUAGGCAGCGAGCCUGGGAGGUAGAGGUGAUGGUAGCGCCGUUGACUUGGAGGGAGACAGACACAGGAGUAGCAGCACUUAAGGGAGGAAAAACUAGAAGUUCUGUUUUGGACAGGUUGAGUUUAAGGAAGUGAGCAGCCAUCCAGUUGGAAAUAGCAGAGAGGCAGUCAGAGACACCAGUCAAGGUGUGUGGAGAGAGAUCAGGGGAGGACAGGUAGAUUUGCGUGUCAUCUGCAUAUAAAUGAUAUUGGAAGCCAAAGGAGCUGAUGCGUUUACCAAGGGAGGCAGUAUAGAUGGAGAACAGUAGGGGACCAAGGACAGAACCUUGGGGGACGCCGACAGCGAGGGGUUGGAGAGAAGAGGCAGAGCCAGAGAAAGAAACACUGAAAGAGCGCUGGGAGAGGUAGGAGGAGCACCAGGAGAGAGCAGUAUCCUGUAGACCAAAGUUACGGAGAAUGUGAAGAAGCUGUUGAUGAUCAACAGUGUCAAAGGCGGCAGAAAGAUCAAGGAGGAUUAGGAUAGAGUAUUGGCCGCGAGAUUUAGCAGCAAUUAAAUCGUUGGAUACUUUUAAUGAACUUUUAUUGAAUUCCUAUAUAGUAGUACAGAUUUGCACUUGGGCAAAACACUGUAAAAAUAGCCUUUUAGCCAAAAUAAAAAUAGAUGAGGGUCUGGCAUGGCAAAUCUCUAGGAUGCUGAUAUGGUUAAUGGACCGACAUAGUCAAGGUGAAUAGAAUCCGAUAGAGUAGUGAGAGAAACAAGCACGGAUUAUAUUAAUAAAUAAGUAACUGUGUGGUCAGGCUGUUCGCACAUAUAAUGGGAGCGAGUUAAUACAUAGUUACUUAGAUGAAUACAUGAGGGUAGGGCUAGUGUAGAUAAAAUGAUCUGAGUCCCCAUGGCUUUGCCUGACAGCUUAGACUUGUUAUUGACAGACAUCUUCAGGAAAUAGUGAUUUUUAUAUAAAUGAAGUUCAUGGCAGACAGGUUUCCAACUUUUCAAUGGAUUCAACCUUUGUGAUCAAUUCUUGAAUCAAAUGGGUUUUAACAUGUCAGGAUCUUGAAUUAUUUUCGGGAGGGAGAAGAUCGGGGAAGGGUUUUCUGAAUGUAACACUACUGUAAAGUGAUUUAUAUCUCCAAUCAUUAAUUUAGGAUAUAAGCCCCACGGCAGGGGUAUCCAGCUAGUAACUCUUCAGAUGUUGUGGAACUAUGUCUAAUGUGAUGCUCAAAUUGGCAAAGCAUCUUGGAAGUUGUAGUUCACAACAAGUGGAGAAAUAUGUGUUGGCUACUCCUGCUGUGUAGCAUGAGCCAGUCUACAAAUAAUACUAAUUCAGGAGCCUUGAACAGAGCAGUAUGAGUGAUUCUGAAGAAAAAAGGGAUGGCAUUGGUAACCAAAAAUUGUGUGGGGUGGGAUAAAGUAGAUUUUAUAAAGCUAAAGCUGUAGAGGUUCUCCGUGUAAUAGAAGUCAGGGGUAGAGUGGACAUAGCAACACAUUUCAACCAUCAACCCUCACCAGAGAACAAAAAUUUACUUUCAAUCCAUGAGACUCCAAGGAAGAUCAAGAGAAUUGUUUAAUAAAAUAAUUUGAAAAGAGUAUUAUUUAGUGAUAUGUUCCCUGGCAGGUAGACCAAAUUGUAUUAUUACAUCUAAUAUACAAAAUACUGCCAAAGGUUUUUAUCAAAGUAUUUAAUGUCACAUCGUGAGUGGAGAAGUUAUCCAAAUAUUUCAUCUAAAAUUUACAAAAAUAGAGAACUUUAAGGAUCAAAUGUCUUAGUGAUGCAGCUAUUGUGACAAUCGAAUUGAUAAAUGAAAGAUCACUACUAUAACUACCUGUACAAAAUGUAACAUUCAAAGAUACAACAAUAUAAUCUCAUAUUUAUAACUUGAGAGAAAUAAGUAUAAGGGGGUGCAAAGAAGAUAUACAAUACUUUGCUGUAUACUUAGUAUAGUGAGUUGAACACCUCCUGAUCUUCCUAUAAUAGAAACAUAAACAUAUGCAUAGUAUAAUACUGUAACACAAGGAAAAAAUGAUCAAUUUUGAAGGUAUUGGGUCACUCACAAUAUGCAGAGCCACAUAAAGCUGGCUCUGACUUCAAUGGCAGGUGAAUAAUAAGCUUAUUCUGGCCUUUAGAUUCCUAAACAGGAUAGCUCCUUUCCAGCCCCUCAAUGAAUUCCAGGAUAACCAAUAUGGUGAAAAGGAAUGAAACUUUACUGGAUAAAAUAAUACUGGAGACAAAAAUAAGCUUAAAAUAACAUAAAAUAAAUAAUCCACAACACUAUGUUGUGGACUAUUUAUUUUAUGUUAUUUUAAGCUUAUUUUUGUCUCCAUUAUUAUUUUAUCCAGUAAAGUUUCAUUCCUUUUCACCAUAUUGGAUAUCCUGGAAUUCAUUGAGGGGCUGGAAAGGAGCUAUCCUGUUUAGGAAUCUAAAGGCCAGAAUAAGCUUAUUAUUCACCUGCCAUUGAAGUCAGAGCCAGCUUUAUGUGGCUCUGCAUAUUGUGAGUGACCCAAUACCUUCAAAAUUGAUCAUUUUUUCCUUGUGUUACAGUAUUAUACUAUGCAUAUGUUUAUGUUUCUAUUAUAAGAAGAUCAGGAGGUGUUCAACUCACUAUACUAAGUAUACAGCAACGUAUUGUAUAUCUUCUUUGCACCCCCCUUGUACCUAUUUCUCUCACUUUGUAUCUGAGUGCCAUUUAGUGAUUUUGGGCACUGGAGGUAGUUGCCUGUUCUUUGGUGUUAAGCACCAAUCCACCAUUUCUCUGUUGUGUUUGUAUCAUAUUUAUAACUGCUUAUCAUCAAUGUGUCAUAAACUUUAAUAUGGUCAAAAAUGAAAUAAGCGAAAAUGAAAAAUAGCAUAAAAUGCAAUGCCCAAAUUAUUGGGGGAGGGGGGCAGGAGGGGAUUGGUAAUAAUAGCCCUGAGCUUCUCUAUGAGUAACAAGCCAUUUGUUUUGACAGGAGACAGUGGGGGAGCCAUUCUUUCUUCUACUCUGCGCCAUAAAACAGCAGAUCAACAAGGGUUCCAUUGACGCUAUCACUGGGAAGGCAAGAUACACGCUGAACGAGGAGUGGCUUCUUAGGGAGAACAUUGAGGCCAAGCCUAUGGUGAGUAAUCACGCUGGGAUUUGGCGGUUGGGAUGGUGGGACACAGCUUGUUGACCUAUGAGUUGAAAGGUCUCUGUCAAGGAUGACAUAUCAUGUGAGCCCUAGCUUAGCAACAUUAUUCAACAGGUGUUGGGAAUUUUGUUUCUAACAGUAUUUAUUCAAAACGGUGAUCAGUGUGUGUGUGUUUAGUCCCAAGGUCAUGUUUGUCAGAGAGAGACUAUCUCUGUCCAAUAGCUGUAGACCAAACUGGUUUCUCUGUGCUAUGAAUUCCUUUUUACGUUAUAGAUAGGUCUUCAGAGUGUGUAUCACACUAAGCUUUGCAAUUCCCUUCAGUGUUUAUUGCCAGUGAUGAAGUUGAUGAGGAUAUGCAAAUAACUAUUUAAGUGUAAGGAUGGGGCCCUCAUAUGAUAACAUGGCUAGGGCUCAAUGGAAUCGUAGUUUGAAGAAUUUAGAUUGGUCUCAUUAAUGUAUCUCUACAAUCUCCAGCAGUAUGGACACUGUGAGAAGCAUACAUGGUAACGGACCUGUAGAUUGUGCUUUUACCACCUUAUUUUCACUUUCUAUAAAUAGACAUACAUUCCAGUGGAAAGGUUUAACUCGCAAGCCCCUUUCCAUGCUGUGUCUGAUGGAUUAGAUGGAUGGAGCUCUUUUCCCUCUGGAGCUCUGUGAUUUAUUGUCCCUGUCUCAGAAGGAGAGGUGUUACAAACUGCAGAAAACAGGCUCAUUUCCUAUGUGGACCUACAGGGUGUAACUGGAGAUGCUGUCACUUGGGUGGGUUAUAUAAACCUAGACAGGAACACACACAGGAACUCGUGUCUUACAUUUAACCCCUUGUCAUAAGGCUGCCUGUUACGGUUUCCAAUACAAAAUGCUUUUAACAAAAGCACAGAGUAAAGGACCAAACAGUGAUUGUAUAAAUGAUAUAAUUAAUUGAUGUAAAUUGGGGAUUGUAUCCCCCCCUUUCAUCCUGACUCCAAUUCCUUCCUCCAUGCCGUGGUUUAAGAAAGGGGUCAAUGCCAAACGAUCAUGAAUCGGGGGUCCAGUAUUGUAAAAUGCAGGUAAAUUUAUGUAGCCUGGAUUCAUAACUUAACAAAUGAAUUUCAGGUUUUCUAAAUGUGUUUCUUGUAUACGUAAAGUUAACUUGUGAACAUCACUCUUGUUUGUUUGUUUUUUAGAAUUAAAGUGUUAUUUAUUAUAAACUUUAAUUGUAAAAAAAAUUACAAAUUAUAAAAAGUACAAAAAAUAAUGACAGAACAGAAAGAGUGACUCGAUAAAUUAGUUCAAGGACAUACAUGUUUCAAUGCACAGCUGUACAUGAGAACAAGGGCAUUCUAACCUGCAUUUUCUGAUGCUCGGCUAUAAAGUAUACUUAAAAGACAAUGUAAGGAACUGUUUCAUUCCAAGAAAAAAGGAAGGACACGGGAGAAUUAAGGAUUUUUAAAUAAAUACAAGCAUAUCAAGGGAAAAGUAGGCUGACGUGUCAGGUAGUGAGAUGGCAUUCAUCGAGCCAGGGUGUCCAAAGUUAGAGCAUUUCAGAUGAGUCAUUCCACGUUAAAGACAUUUUUUUCCCAUAGCUACUAAAUGCAAUAUUUUUUAUUAUUGGGCAUGAAAGGACCACAUUUUUCCCAUUAUUGGGGUAUUAUCAAUAUGGCAGCAGUGGAAACUUUGGGAGGGGGGGCUACACGUACAUUUAGAGGUGAAUGUAGUUCCUUUGCUAUUCACAGUCCCAAAAACAAAGAGAAGCAGCACAGAUAACGAGACGAAACUCUGCCUGAAAAAGAUACCACCUAGAGAUAGCUUGGUAGCAAAUUUCCUGAAUUAUAAAACAUUACUCUUUUUAAGCGACACUUGGCACUGUGACAACUUCCUUUAAUUAAACAGAGUCCCAUGGCUCCAUUCCACGUAGUGGGGGUCUUUGGCUGUCUGCAUCCCUGUUGCCACUGGAGUUAUGGCUAAGGUGAAAAAAAACACUCCAUCUAAGCAAAACCAUUUCAUACCAGCAACAGGUGGCUUUGAUUGGUUGGGAGCAUUAGCUGACCACUCUCACCCUAUCACUGCCACCCAUCACUGGUCUGACUAAUGACAAAGCCUUAAUCUGUGCAACACACAUGGGCUGCCAUGGCUUAUUAAAUAUGAGAUGGUUUAAUGUGCAAAUAAUAUGUUGUUUAUUAUCUUAUUAUAACAAUGUCAACAGUCGACUUAUCUAGGUGAAUAAAUAAAAUAUGUGCACAGGAGUCAGAGCAUGGUUUCUUGAGAAUUUCCUGUAUGGAAGAGCAAAAAGCAUGUUUUUUGCUAAAAUAUAUUAAUCUGUGAUCAAGCUCUGCUAUGGCCGUGUCUGGGAGACACAAGUUAUAGAUUGUGACUAAAGCGGGUAGUUAUUUACUUUCUAAGGACACCUACGUACAGGGGUAAAUGUGGUACUUUAAGCCACAGUCCGCUCCUGUGUCCCAUUUUAACACUGCAGGUCUAAAAGUACCAAAGAUGUGAUUGUGUCAUGUCUGGAACAGUAGACUCUAAGCUUUUGUUCAUUGGGUAAUAUUAUUAUUCCCCUGGAUGUUAUGUGAUGUUUAUUUAGAGCUGUCAGUCUCAUAUAAACUCAUUACGUCCCCCUCUGACCUCUCCUGCUGCCAGCAAAGAUUGUAUCAGCCACGGGCUCCCUUCGCCAUCAGAUAAUAUGUCUAUAAUUUAAUAAACCUGUUAACCUGUAUUGCAAUGGUAACACAUUAGGCCGUUUAAUGCUAGCUAAAACAAACACACAUUACUAGGAGCAUAAACAUAGCCAUAUAUAUAUAUAUAUAUAUAUAUAUAUAUAUAUAAAGAUACAUAAACACACAUCAGCCCUAUAAAUACAACAGUGCAUAAACACACCUCAGCCUGUGCGUUAUUAGAUUCCUUUCCAUACAUAAAAGGGGGCAGCAAGCCUCCUAUUGGCUGUUGCAAGAUGUGAAGGAUCUCAGAUCUUCUAUAAAUAAUCUAAUGUUAUAUGGUUUUACUGGAGAGCUGUUAUAUGGCUAUAUAUAUAUAUAGCAAGCUCUGGCAGACAUCAUGCACGGCUAGACUGGACACUAAAGAUAAAUGAGAUACAUGUAAUGAAAGUAUAAGUCAUGUAUGGUGUAAGACACCCUUUCUCCUUCUCAGAUCGUUGAGUAGCUAUUGUACCAUCCUCCGUCUAUACUUAUGUUGGACACAAUGUAUUUCUUUUUUUGGAAAUUUCUGUUUAUUGAAAUAGUUUUUCAAAACUCUGCCAACUCAAUCGAGAAAGUUGGCACAUGCAGGUAUCUCAAAAGUCAAAUAUAACAUUAAACAAGUGAGAUUUGCAGGUCUCCUAUGUGGCAUAGAUGAAAAGUUCAGGCUAUUGCAAACAAUAGUCAACAUAGUAUUGCAGGAAUCAGAAUGUUCAUAUUGCAUCAAGCAAAAAUAGCAAACAGCUAGAACUCUCUAGAGGUUGAUGACACAAUGUAUUUCUAUGUCUUGCUUGUCUUUAACAACAACAAAAAAAGGUUUUCAAAUAAGUUUUUGCUCCUUGAUUCAGAUAUAUAAACGAACAUUUACUGUAGAGCUCAGUGACAGUCUUACCUCUCCUGCUUAUUCUUUUCCAUCCCACCAAAUAGUCAUGUUUUUACCUAUGCAGCCUGCAUGCUACUUAGACAGGCAAACAGAUUAAUAUGGGAUAGAGAUCAACAUUUACAGGGUUAUUUACUAAGGUGAGAAUUCAACGUGAAUUCAAAGAGAAUUUCAAGUUUCAAGCCAGAGUAGCCGAACUGAAAACACAGACCUUAAAUUUGAAAAUCACUUUGAAUUCACCUUGAAUUCUAACUUUAGCGCAUAACCCUGUAAAUUCCUCUCUCCUCCUAGAUGUUCAGAUGCACCUAAAAAAUCUAUGCAAUAAAAUGAACAUAAAGGCUUGGGCUUAUUAAAUAUGAGAUGGUAUAAUGUGCACAUAAGGUGUUUGUGUUUUUUUGUAAGACCAGCCUUUGGCUUAAACAAUAUAUGCAAUGAACUUAAUAAUACAUUGCAUCUUGCCACCGUAAUACACUUUUAAGUCGUGAUAAAGGGUUGGUAUUUAUGUUCAGUAAGGUUUUAUUGUUUUGCGAGAAACAAUAUGCAGAAAAAAAAGAUUAUUUGGAAUUUAGACACCUAUACUUGGUAUGCAAUUCAACACAUUCUAUUACUCAGUAUACAGUAAUCAAGGAAAGUGCACUAUACAACAUGCCAGGCACUUCCAGUGCUCUGUGGGAAAACAUGGCCAAAGUGAUUUACGUAACGUUUUAUCCAAUGAGAGAUAAAAUCAUCCCCUAUAACCUGAAAGCCGCUGUGGCGGUUGGCUGGUGGUUUCAAGCCUAUUAACUUAUUAUUAUAACUAUUAUUAUUUCUUGCCAAUGUUUCACCCUCUCUCUCGUCUUCUUCUGUGGCAGAAUCUCAACGUGUCCUUCCAGGGUUGUGGCAUGGAUUCCUUGACAGUGCGCGUACUCGACACAGACACAGUGAGUCAGGCCAAGGAAAAAAUUCUGGAAGCUUUCUGCAAGAACCUGCCUUUCUCCCAGUGGCCACGAGUAGAGGAUGUGGAUCUAGGUAUGAGUAACAAUUUAACCAGGAUGCAAUUGGCAGCUUCUUGGGUGUCACUGACAACAAUCGGCCCUCUUAAAAUAUUUAUCUGGAAGGGACAGUAAUGGUUGACAAAGACCCUUUGGGGUCAAAACUUUGCUGUACAGUCUUCCAAUAAACCUGCUUAUUAAACUUUGAGUGCCUGGACUAUCUUCUGGUUUUCAAGCUGUCUAAUCACAGACAUCUCAAAGCAGCUUAAUGAAAAGUCUUUGUAAAGCAGGUGCUCUGGGCUAUUGCUGACUCUUGCGUUUAGCUCCACUGAUCUAACCUAACUAGGAAGUAAUAGGACCUGUCGCCUUAUUGACUGCCAGGAGGGUGUGACAAUGUAGAGUUUUAAAAAGUGUAAAUUUCUAUUGAAAGCUGCACUUUUUGUAAAAUGAAACAAAGAGGACACACUCUUCACACAUAAAGCACUUUAACAAGCUAAAGUACUUUAUGGGCGUGGAGUGUCCCUUUAAUUUACAUAAUGUGUUAUUUGUUAUUCCAUGGUUAUUACAGUAAAGUAAUGUUAUCCCUUUAAAGAGAGACCAUAACUAUUUUGAAUGUGUUAUGGAGAUGAUGCAAUAAAAAUGCAACCUAUUAAAAUUGUAUUGCGUGUAAUCCCUCCUCUUUAUUAAUGGUCUCAUGUUAGUGGUUCCCUUUCAACAUUUCUGCUCUUUCCAUAGAAUGGUUCCCUUCCAGUUCCAAGAGCUUGAUCCUGCGCAAUCUGGAUGAUACGUCUCUCAUGGAGGAUGGAAAGAAGAAACUCAACACACUAGCACAUUACAAGGUAACAGCAGCAAGGCUGAGUCUGCUAAAAGUAACUCUUAAAACCUUCACCUGUAGCAGCAUUUGCUAACUAGCUAGUUAGAUUUAUCAGCUAAUUCAGUUUUUUUGUCAUGCUAAAUGUUCAUGGAAAAGCCUAUGUUAGAGCCAGACAUAAAAUACACUGCAAGCACUGUUUAUUGUAUCAAACUUAUCUUAAGCUCAGUGGUACGUGUUUAACCCCUUAAGGACACGUGACAUGUCAUGAUUCCCUUUUAUUCCUGAAGUUUGGUCCUUAAGGGGUUAAAUAUGUGAACUUUAUAUUUCUUGUUCCAUCAGGUGUGUGAUGGAGCCUACCUGGCCAUGAGUUUGAAGGACAAACGGGAUAACACAUUGGGCAGAGGUAAGUAAAGGGAACGUUAACAGUUGAUCAGAAUGGCUUUAGUUACCCUUUGUUUAAUACAGGUAUGGGUUUGGAUAUUACAUUAAAUCAUCUAAACUUGUGAGUAGAGAAAGUGUCAUCACCAACUAGCUGGGUAUAUCACACAUGGCCAUAAUCACUUAUUGCUCUCCGACUGUAUGAGGUACUGUGUAUAACUUGUAACGGACCACAAAAGGUUUAUCUUAAUACAUGUGGCAGGUAUUUUCCUCUGGAGAAAGGAGACGGGGUAAACAGAAUGUACGGGGGGGGGGUUGUCACUCAUUUUAGGAAUAGACAUGCAUAAUUAGCAUUGGAAUGGCAUAGAAUAAACAUGCAUUUAUAGCAAUGAAAUAAAAUAAAAAAUAUAAACUGUGCUUGUUAAAUAAUGAGAGCUCUAAUAAAUGAAAUAAUGAGUAGGCUAAGUAUGUGAGUCGACAGCCUAGAUGACCAUAAUCUAGGUUUGUGUAUGUUAUCAACCGGAACCUCCAGGCACCAUAACAACCUAAUAGGAAUGAAGUUAUGAUGCCGGGUGGUCCCUGGCACAGGCUCACCUUUAGGGGUUAAACAGUUCACAAAUGGUCUAACACCAAAGUCUCCUUUUGAGCGCCGUUUAAAGAUAAUUUUUAUAUAUAUAUAUAUAUAUAUAUAUGGCUAUAUGCAUUCAGGCUGGAAAAUGUAGCUCUGAUGAGGUUCAGUCUGACCCCUUAAAAUGCUCCGUAGAAAUUUUACAAACUCUCUUAUGAAAAUUAAUUUGACAUCUUGCGUCUUUUUGUUUUGCAGUGAAGGAUCUGGACACAGACAAAUAUUUUCACUUAGUAAGUAAAACGUUUUGUUUUUUUAAGAAGUUUUGCAAUUUGGACACAAUUAAAAGGAAUCUCUCAAAACAACUUUUGCUUAAUUAAGUGGUUUUGGUGUAUACCUAAUCCACAUGCCAUCUGACUGAUCAAUUGUCUUGCAUUAUGUUAAAGUUAAAUCACUUUAUUUAUGCAGCCCUAAACACAUCUCCCCUGACUGUGGCUCACACAGCCUGCAUGAAAAGGGUUUCAUUUGCAAUCAGAUCGUACAGCACAGUAUCUCUGUUAAAUGAACUGUAAACCCAAACUGGAGACUGUUGUAGACUCUAGCAGGCCUAUAAUACAGCAGGAGAUAAGAACUCCUAACCUCACUGUGCAAUAAAAGAAGCUUGUGUGAGUCAAGGGAGGAAAGGGAUUUAGGGGUGAUUAUUUCUGAUGACUUAAAGGUAGGCAGACAAUGUAAUAGAGCAGCAGGAAAUGCUAGCAGAAUGCUUGGUUGUAUAGGGAGAGGUAUUAGCAGUAGAAAGAGGGAAGUGCUCAUGCCAUUGUACAGAACACUGGUGAGACUCACUUGGAGUAUUGUACACAGUACUGGAGACCGUAUCUUCAGAAGGAUAUUGAUACCUUAGAGAGGGUUCAGAGAAGGGCUACUAAACUGGUUCAUGGAUUACAGGAUAAAACCUACCAGGAAAGGUUAAAGGAUCUUAACAUGUAUAGCUUGGAGGAAAGACGAGACAGGGGGGAUAUGAUAGAAACAUUUAAAUAUAUAAAGGGAAUCAACACAGUAAAGGAGGAGACUAUAUUUAAAAGAAGAAAAACUACCACAACAAGAGGACAUAGUCUUAAAUUAGAGGGACAAAGGUUUAAAAAUAAUAUCAGGAAGUAUUACUUUACUGAGAGGGUAGUGGAUGCAUGGAAUAGCCUUCCAGCUGAAGUGGUAGAGGUUAACACAGUAAAUGAGUUUAAGCAUAAGGCUAUCCUAACUAUAAGAUAAGGCCAGGGACUAAUGAAAGUAUUUAGAAAAUUGGGCAGACUAGAUGUGCCGAAUGGUUCUUAUCUGCCGUCACAUUCUAUAUUUCUAUGUCACAGCCAGGGGAGGCAUGGCUAGGGCUCCAUGAACAAAGUGAAUAAGCUCCUAAAUGACAGAGAAUUGAGCAGUGAGACUGUAGAGGCAUGAUCUAUACACCAAAACCACUUCUCCAAACUUAAGUUGUUUUGGUGUUUAGAGUGCCCCUUUAAAAGCUAAAAAUAAAAUAUUUAUAUUAUUCUUUACAGAAUUGGUGAAAUUAAUAAUGAUGUGAUCAUAUCUUAAAUUAUGCUUUUUGAAGAAGAUGUAAAAUACAAGUAUCCUUCAGACAUAUCUAAGGUUCACUAUUUAUAUCUGGGUUAAUGUGUUUGCUUAACACAAUAUGUUUAACUCUUAAAAUACCAGUGUUGAGAAGUCAGUAACACAGAUGGCAUUAUAUAAAUAUGAGCUUAAUGCAGCCAUUGUUUGUGAGAGGCGCAUUCUAUAUUGGAAGUACAGAUGGGUCUAGGGUACACAAAGAGCAAGAGAAAUCCACAAAGCCUAAUAAUAGAAAAAACAUUUAAGGAAGAGAGAGGAGAAUAGAUCUAUAUUUAUCGAAAAUGAAUGUGAGUAGACUUGGCUGGGGUGAGAUAAUGUUACAGGAUUCAAUCUAAUUAAAAACAGAGCUUUUCCCCAGCUUCUGAUAACAAUCCGCACAGAGCAAGGGAUUCUGGGGUCAUGGAAGGAAUGUUGCGGGUUACUUGCUAUUUUACAGAGCAGAGCGUGGAAUCUCACAGUCCCAACUCUCUGCCAACUUGUCAGAUGGUUCAGAUUUUUACCCAAAUAAACAGGAACAUGGAAGGAACACGUGUAAUAUGUUUGAACACACUUCCUAAUUUGUGGUCCCUGUGGAGAAGCAUUGUGAAAUAGUGGCACUCAGCAUAAUGUAUUUUCUUACUAUAGAUAUAUUAAUGAAAUCUGUACAAAAUAUUAGAAUGUAUACAAUACAGUCACAUAGUACAGCUCUCAGUAACGCAGAUGCCCUUACACAGAGCCCUAGGACAGAUUUAUUUCAUUAUUUUACUCUGCGGGUGUUUGGCGAAUCUGCAAGAGACCAAAGACUUUACUGAUUACGGAACCUAUAAUAAUAAAAGAAAACGGUCUAUAUAUAAUAAUUACUUAUAAGCAUCUGGUCUUUAAAGGAACUUUUUUUAAACAUAAGAAAACAGAGGUUCCAUUUAACAGAGACUUUUUAAUAUAAAACUCUUUUGAUUUAUGCAUUGUGCUAUCCAGUAAAGGUGUAGAUUCCCAGAUAUGGUAAUUAUAGUUGCCUGACAUCUUGAAUACAACUUCUCUGUGUCUUCCUUUCCGAUAUGACCUGGAAUUUCUUGGGUUUUGGAGAGAUAUCAGAAAGGAUGCCACGUGAGGUGCAGAAGAAACCUGGGUAAAUUUAAUAUGGCCGCCUGUGCCAUAUCUGUACUUCCUGAUAGCACAAAGUAUAUGUUGAAAUAUUUGUGAAGAUUAUGUACGGCAAAGAUCCUUAAAGGAACACUAUGUGUGUUUUGUAUUCCUGACACUUGAGGUCUAGAUAACCAUUUAAUCCCCCUGCCCUCCUUAACUAUGGUUUAAAAGGGGGUUUUACUCACCUUUUUUUCAGCACCGCAAGUGUCCUGUCACAGCUGGCCCGUCCAUGCUCUGCCCCCUUGGCUAAAAUCAUCAAACUUGAUGAUCUCAGCCGAUCUGAUGCUUUCCCAUAGGAAAUUGCAAAGUGUGGAGAUACUAAACGUAAGUGCUGCACAUGUUGUGUGGCCCUCUGAGUGAAUGCCACUAGAGGUGUAACUAGCCAGCAAUGAAAACACUGCGUUUUCUCUGCAGGGACAGACUGUAGACACCAGAUCAACUACAUUAAGCUGUAGUUUUUGUGGUGACUAUAGUGUCCCUUUAUAUUUGACUGAGUACACACUUGUUUAUGACUGUUACCUGGUGAUGUAGUGAUUAACAGACUUUCUAUUUUCAACAAAUCUCUGUUGAUUGUUUCAGGUACUGUAAGUGGAGUAUUAAUCACUUACAGCUUCUAAAACCAUUAGAUGGCUCUUGCUAUUUUUGAUUCAACACUAGGCAGCAAGUAGCUAGCUUGUGUAGAAAGCAAACACUUCAUGCUUGAGUUCUAUAGAUUAAUAGAAUAUGUUUGGAGAUUGAAGUGACAUUUGCUGGGCUAUUAACAGUACUGAGACUUCCUGGUUAUUCAGAGUGAUUCCCAAUACAUAGGCCAAAAUAGCUGAAUUAGAUAAAUUCUCCAAGUUCAUUCUGUGUCCAGAUUGGCUUUUUUGGCCUUAAAUUAGGAAUUCAUUUUGAAUUCCCAGUAAUUUCCCCCCUUUAAGAAGAAAUGUUGUGUAAGAAAUGAUGGACAUAAUGCCAUAAAUAAUUCACUAGCCUCACUAUUCUGAUACAUAAGUUAGAUAAGCAUACGUACCUUUCUAACCUACAACUCUACUCAUGUCUUUUGACAGAUUGUCCAUUUUGCUUAUUAUAAUGUUUAGCAACUCAGCAGGCUACUAAUCUACGUCAGUCGUGUCAAUGUAUUUCUCGUAAACACACCUCUUGCUAUUAUUACUCGCAUUUACUAACCUGACUUACUCAGCAUUACUCUAACAAUUUAAAAAAUGUGUGCAGUUUAAUCCCAUGUCACAGUAUUGUCAGCUUUGCGAAGGCAUGUAAUCGCUAUUGUGGCAUUGCAGCCAUGUUUGUACCUCCCUUUGCACAAUAAAAAUAAAGAAUAAAAAAAAAAAAAAUUCACAGAACUCCACCACCUCCCCAGAACAAGGUAGGACCUAGGUAGUGGCUUUGCAUACAGAUGGGCAGUUACUUCUCAGGGUCACAUCCCCCAAGGGUUAUCAUUAGACAGUAUACAGCAGGGUGCACUCUGUCCAGCUGGAUACGUAUCAUUCUUGGUUUUUAUUCAGCAUUAUUCAUGUGUUCCCAAAAAUAAGAGGCAAGCUGUCGAUUUGCAAAUCCCAAGCAAGAUGAGAACCAGGAUUGACUGAAAUUGCUCAGCCUUUUCCUGGUAUGUACCAGAUGCAGUAUGACAGCAGUAAGUCUUGCUCAUUUGCUGGAAGAGCAUUAUUAUUUGAUUCUCUUAAAUUACAUUAGAUUAUGGACUUGGGCUGUGGCUAAUGUACUACUCACAGAAUUGAAAUCUUCAGAUAUUGAGGCAAAAAUAGUUACUAUGCUCCAGGGCAGUACCAUUUACCGCAACAGUUUGCGUUAUACUUACAAUUCUCUGCUUUCAUUUUAAAGGUUCUCCCAGCUGAUGACUUAUUAGAGAACAAGAGAUCUCACAGACAGAGUCACAGGAAAAAGGUCCUGCCCGAGAUCUACCUGACACGGCUGCUAUCUACAAAGGUACUAUAAUUUGUCGACAAAAUUCCCUCUUUCUUUGUGACUGCACCACUAUUUCAAUGUAUGUACUGAUUUUAAAAAGAAUCAGAUAACAUGCAGAGCUAUGCCCAUGUGUACACAGCUCACAAGCAGCAACAUGCCCCUGUGUGCACAGAUCACAAGCAGCAACAUGCCCCUGUGUGCACAGAUCACAAGCAGCAACAUGCCCCUGUGUGCACAGAUCACAAGCAGCAACAUGCCCCCGUGUGCACAGAUCACAAGCAGCAACAUGCCCCCGUGUGCACAGAUCACAAGCAGCAACAUGCCCCCGUGUACUCAGAUCACAAGUAGCAACAUGCCCCCGUGUGCACAGAUCACAAGCAGCAACAUGCCCCUGUGUGCACAGAUCACAAGCAGCAACAUGCCUCUGUGUGCACAGAUCACAAGCAGCAACAUGCCCCUGUGUGCACAGAUCACAAGCAGCAACAUGCCCCUGUGUGCACAGAUCACAAGCAGCAACAUGCCCCUGUGUGCACAGAUCACAAGCAGCAACAUGCCCCUGUGUGCACAGAUCACAAGCAGCAACAUGCAUCUGUGUGCACAGAUCACAAGCAGCAACAUGCCCCUGUGUGCACAGUUCACAAGCAAAACUAUGUCUUCAUGUGUACAGCUCACAAUCAGCAUUGUGCAUUUAUGUGCACAUAUCACACACAGCAUCAUGCCACAGUGUACACAGAUCCAACACAGCACCAUGUCUCCAUGUACACAGAUCACACAGCACCAUGCCAUUGUGUGCACAAAUCACACGCACCACCACAUCCUUGUGUGCACAGAUAACGCACAGCACCAUGUCCCUGUGCUUCAAGUUCUCCCAUAAAAAAGUCAGUGUCGGUGCAAGCAGCCUGUUUCUGAAGUGUUCAAAAACAUUACAUAGUGCCUGUAUUACAUUAUGGAAACAGAGGACAUGAUUGUCACCCUUCUCAGCUGUAUAUAUUUUAAUUUGCCCAUAGGGAACAUUACAGAAAUUCCUGGAUGACCUGUUCAGAGCCAUACUGACCAUCCGGGAGGAACGGCCACCUCUUGCCAUCAAGUACUUUUUUGAUUUCCUAGAGGAACAAGCAGAAAAACGGGGUAUUUCUGACCCAGACACUCUUCAUAUUUGGAAAACCAACAGGUAAAAGACAGAACUAUCUUUAAUGGUAAUAGUGCUUAUCUUCCUUUCCCCCUUUUGUAUAACUCAGGUCUCCAACAAUUUAUUGCUUGGUGUCUUAUGUCUAGCUCCUCCAUCUUAUUUCUUCAUGGUCCUUCCUUUUACUUUUAACCCCAACAUCUGCCCCAUUCCUGUCUAUCACGCCUAUCCAUUUUCUGUUCUGCAAGUAGAAUCUUCCUUCUUGUCUGCAGGCAGUUUGAAUUCACUCUUUUCCCAACAUUGCAGAAUAUCACGGGCCAGUCUGCAUGAUGUACACUUCAUAUACCCAUUGUACAGCGUUACGGAAUUUGCUGGCGCUAUAUUAAAAAAAAUCAAAUAAUAAUAAUAAUAUGCAUCAUUCCCACACACAACACAACCCAGCUGCAAUAUUCUUCAAUUGGGUACAAAAGAAACACCAGUGGUGAUUAGCGUCAAGUGAAAGCUGGAUUGAAACGUAGUUAGCUGCCCCAGUUUCCAAGAGAUGUAGUCCUCUCUAAAUGUAUACUCGUGGGGCAGGUUUGUCAUUGUUAAAAACAAGUUAUUGUAGAAUUAAAAGUCGCUUUCAAAAUUACCGUAUUUUCCGGCGUAUAAGACGACUGGGCGUAUAAGACGACCCCCAACUUUUCCAGUUAAAAUAUAGAGUUUGGGAUAUACUCGCCGUAUAAGACUACCCCUCUUCCAAUGCACACCAAAUAAAAAUUAGCCAUGAUGUACAGUGAGCUACACAGCAAGACAUUAAAUAAUGAUAAUCUGAAAUAGCAUUUAAAGCCCAGGUAUGUGCCAGGCUGUUUGGGCAUAUAAUCCAUGCCUGCUUGUCUAGCACACAGGAGGCUAAUUGCGAUAUAUUCUUUUUACUCCCCCCCUCCAUUCUUUUUAAUCCCCCCUCCAUAUUUUUUUUACUCCCCCUCCAUUCUUUUUAAUCCCCCCUCCAUUCUUUUUAAUCCCCCCUCCAUUUUUUUUACUCCCCCCUCCAUUCUUUUUACUCCCCCCUCCAUUUUUUUUACUCCCCUCACCAUUCUUUUUACUCCCCCCCAUUCUUUUUACUCCCCCUCCCCCCAAUCCUCUUACAUUCUUCUCACCUCCCCUUCCCUGUGCAGAGUGGGUGGCCGAGCUCCUCUUCGUCCUGUCAGUCUGGCCGGGUACCGCGCGGUACAGGAGAUUCAGUUACCUGUUCCCGGCCGGACUGUAAGCAAGUGAGCACUCAGUGUGCACUUCCUUUCAGCUCUUUUUAUAGAGCGCUCAGGGGGCUGCAGCAUUAGAAGGGCCGGCGAUGGGGGCGCAGGGCGCCCCCGGCAGCCAUAUAGACCCUAUACCCGGUGUAUAAGAUGACCCCCGACUUUAGAGAAAAUUUUCCAGGGUUAAAAAGUCAUCUUAUACGCCAGAAAAUACAGUAAGAUCAAAAAGAUCUGAACUGUAAAGAUUCUCUAAUUCAGCUGUGAUUUCAGAUUGGCUACUUUGACCUUAAAUUUGAAAUUUACUUUUGAUUCCCAACAAUUCUCACUUUUAUGAUGAGCAAGCCUGUGUGUGUUUAGUGGGAAUUGUCAGGUACCGAAUGAAAACAAUAAUCCUACACCGAGCCAGCAGACUGCAAAUAUUCAAAGUGAAUCAUGUAAUAAAAUAUAUGUUUGUAUACAGUCACGUGACACAUAAUAUUCAAAUUAAUUCUUAACCCAUGCCAAUGUCCCUCUAACUGUAAUGAAUUUGUCUGCAGUCUUCCGCUGCGUUUCUGGGUGAACAUCCUGAAGAAUCCAGAGUUUGUGUUUGAUAUGGAAAAGUCGGACCAUAUGGACGCCUGUCUAUCUGUUAUAGCACAAGCAUUCAUUGAUGCCUGUUCCAUCUCGGACAUGCAGCUGGGCAAGGUAAGGAAGCAAAACAUCUGAAGACAUUAACUUUCUUAUUUCAGAUGUGCCCUUUCCCCUUGAUUAAACUCCCCUUGGCCGUCCUCCAAAUUCUUUGUUGGCUGUCACACCAGAACCCUGUAUAUGUCUCCUGUAGACACAGCCUGGUGCCUGACGCAAUGUAUACAGAGAGAUUAUUCACACGUCUGACUGUAGUGCAAAAGAAAAAAGGUCACGGUUUAAGUGUGCCACUUUUUAUUAAAGGUUAUUAAUCCUCCAGAACCUGGCCUAUCAUUUAGAUUAUUAAAACUUGUAUUAAUAUUGCAUCACAUAACAUUGAUAGAUAGAUAGAUAGAUAGAUAGAUAGAUAGAAUUAGCCGUAUUGGUUUAGUAGACAAAAUGCUGAAGUAUUGCAGGAUGCACUAAUACAUUUGUUAUUGGACUAAUAAUAUUUAAAAUUUAAAAAAACAACAAUCUUUUAAAUAUUAUGUUAGUCCACUAAAAAAGUAUCAGUGCACACACUGGGCCUUGCGGAGCCACCGAAGGUGACAAUCUCUGGCCUGGCAAAUCUAGACCCUUUGGUGAUUGUGGAAUUCAUCUCAGCACAACACAACACCCAAUACCAAGGUGUCGCUCAGGUGAGGUAACCUGAGCCAUCUUAAACUGCACCAUUACCACAACUACCAAUGAUAGGGCUGCCAAGUCCCACCAAGAUCCUACCACUGACAGCCGCAGUUACUUCUAAGACUCUGCUCACCUGGACACAUAUUUUUGUGUUCAACCAUUUUGGUUUGGGCCUUGCAUACUGGCCAUUUGCCUGUUGCAACAGUUGCAUAGUAAAAUCUACAUCGCUUCUUCACAGACUUCCAAGUUGCCCCAAGGCAGGACUUAACCCUGUGCAUCUAGUUGUCCAACUUCACCUACUGUGCCACUCCUAUUCCCUUAGAGCAGGGGUUCUCAACGUUAGUCCUCAGGACCCCCUACCAGUCCAGGGUUUAGGGAUUACCUGGGUGUGUCUAAGGUGUUUAGAAAAAGGGGGAAAAAACACCUUAGAGUCUAAGGUGUUUUUUUCCCUUUUUCUAAAGACCUGAGACACACCAAAGUAAUCCCCAAAUCCUGGACUGGUAGGGGGUCCUGAGGACUGGGUUGAGAAUCCCUGCCUUAGAGGAAUAUUUAACUGGUCCAUGUUCUCCGUUUUUCCAUGUUUCACUUUUGUUUUAAAAAUUCUAAAUUCUCCUUCCCCAUUACUAGACAAAUCGAGCCACAGGAAUUGUUUUGUAUAUUUUUUCAUAUUACGAUUGUAAGAUCCUUACUUUUAUAUAGAAUGAUCAAAAAUAAAGAAUUUAAAAUAAAAAAGGUAUCAGUGCAUACUACAAAACUUAUUUUGUGGUGUGUGUGUGUGUGUGUGUAUGUGUAUAUAUAUAUAUAUAUAUAUAUAUAUAUAUAUAUAUAUAUAGCUAUAUAGCCAUUGGUGAGUGAAAAUGUGGACCAUCCUGACAUGUAAGGCUUUUCUAUUAGUAUGUGUGUAAAUUUUUAUAAUGUUGGUCCUAAGGGGUUAAUAUUUAUACAUUUGUCAGAUUGGAGUACAAAGCCUCUAGGUUAAAGAUGAUCUGUCACUUGUCUGGAAUUUGGACAAAAACAAAACUUCAAUGAAGUACCUUCCUUAAAGGCAUAUCUUACUCAUUAUAUUUUUUUCCCACUGAUAUUUUGUUCUGCUAUCUCUGUCUUCAUCUUCUUGAGAUUGAGAUAAAUAAUUUAAAUGAUACAUGCACAAAGCUGCACCAUGGGUGAGCGUUUUCUACUUAUUCGUUACAGGGAAAGUUGCCCUAUGGGGUCUCGAAAACCUAAGUCACAGCUGGAAAUGUUUUAAGGUGACUAGAGUUCAGUGACCAAGGUUAAGAUAAGAACAUGUACUGGUUGCCCUAAGGAGCUAAACUUCAAAGGAGUAGAAUUAAUAUUACAACAGAAGACACAUGUAAAUUACAAAGAGACAGGGCUGGUCGAACACGGCUAAAUGUAUACUUGUUUCUCUCUGAAUCUCUAACGCUAAACAUUUUUCAUUCAAAUAUUUCAGGAUUCUCCAACCAACAAGCUUCUCUAUGCCAAGGAGAUACCAGAAUACCGCAAAAUUGUUCAGCAAUAUUACCGGCAGAUUAAGGAAAUGAACCCAUUGAGCGAGCAGGAAAUGAACGCACACCUUGCAGAGGAGUCACGGGUGAGGAGGGCCCUGAGCACGUCUGUCUCACUAUAACCUAAGAUCUACAGCAGAUCCACAAUGAUAUAGCCAGUGCCUUGUGUUACUGCAAGAGCAUACACAUACAAUUAUAAUUAUUUAUGUAGCGCCCACAUAUUCCACAGCACUGUACAACAAGAAACAAGUCAAACCAUUUAUUCUAACAAAGCAUUUAUGACAUACGGGAACAGUAGCUGAAGAGGACCCUUCCCAAGCAAGUUCACAAUCUACAGGAAAUAGCUCACAUGGAGUCAUGGUCUAAGCUUAUUUUUAGAGUAAACAAAUUAUUAUUCAGAGGAAAUGUACUAAAUGUAUGACCCUCUGAUUUGCACAAGCCAAGUUCAGAUUUCCAUGACGCAGCUCUUUAAGUUUACUAGAGAAUAGCCGGUGAACUCAACGAUCCAUAUCACCAAAUUAAAGGGCAGUUUGGGACGAAUUGGUGUUUGAUAAAUGUUCGGAAUCAUCUGUUUUGUAUGGAUUCUGUCAGUACUUGAUAGUAAAAUGUAUUAUUUAUCAAAUUAUCAAGUUCAAGGCUAUUCACCAAAUACAUGUCUAGUUGUCCUUUUUGUGAAUAUUUAAAUGGUAAUUUUGGAUCAAAUUCAAGGAUUUUGCCUUUUGGAGUCACAUUAGGAUCAUAGUGAAUAACCUUAUAGGGAUGUGGAAUUCCUCUCACCAUAUAGUAUAUAAAUAUAUAGUUCCGGGCACCGGACAGGCAGGUUUUCAAUCACUAUGGGGGGACAGAGGGUGAAACAUUCAGGGUUAUUCACUAAACUCAGAUUUUUCACAAAUUAAAUCUGAAUGUAAAAAUGGAGACAAAAAAUUGGGACUAUUGCUGUGCUGGAGAAUUCUCUUUUAGGUUUAAUUUGCGAUACUUCAGAGUUUAGCGAAUAACCCUAUGUUCAAGGCUGUAGACCGGUAACAAUCAUGUGUUUUAUGUCUUUUUUGGGCAGAGGGAAUUAUUGAUUUGUUCCAGAUACCAUUCUAUGUAUUGUUACAGUAAUAGAGUCUGUUGAUUCAAUCCACCCUGUUUAACAUUGUGGAGCACUGUUCUAAACAAACGUCAUGUAUUUUCUUUGUGAUAGAAAUAUCGGAAUAAAUUUAACACCAACGUGGCAAUGGCUGAAAUCUACAAGUACGCAAAGAAGUACCGCUCCCAGGUCAGUGUCCAUCAAAAAGAACAGUGUUUGUCCCCAUGUGAUGGGGAUGUUAUGAACUUAGAGGCAGGACUAAUGCUAACAAACAUUUUACAGUAAACAAUGUAACAACUGAGAUGAGUUUAAGGGCUACUUCAUCCAAAACAAAUCUGUUUACAAAAAUGAAAGGUUUUGGUUAAAGUAAACUUUGCUAUCAUGGUCCGAUUUUCCUCCGCUGACUUACCCGCCCUAGCUGCCGGAGUUAGGUGGGCUGAGUGAAGCACAUGUGUAGCAAGCAGGGGGAGGGGAGGCUGUGCCACCAUUGAAUGCCUAUUGCCAUUAUUCCUUGCUUGCUGACAACAGUCGUCCAAUAUGCACAGAGUUGAUAUUAGCUCUUGUUCCAGGCUGGCUAAUGAUACCUUGAUGGUGAUGCCAGAAGUGACAUUACCCAUCUUUCAGCAGAGGGGUUAAACUCUGUAUGUGCAGGGUUUACAAGCACCAUGGCCACUUCAAAUCACUGAAAUAGUCAUUGUGGUUGGAGUAACCUGUUAAUGCACCUAAAAACCUAAUGCACCUAAAAACCUGCCUAAACUUGUUUUACUCCAGCAAAGAAUUAACAAAAACAUAUCAAAAGAAAAGGAAGAGUCCAAGGGAGUUUAAAGCGGAACUGUCACUAGUGGUGUCUUUGCAUUUCAUGACAAUGUGUGAAAGCAGAUGAUUUCAUCUAUAGAAUAUAUUUGCAUUUAUUGCAAGAAAAUGACUGUUGCCAUCAGCCAGUGCAAGGAGAUGGUAGAAUGAGCUAACAGAAUAUCUGCCCAUGGGUACAUUUUGCUAAAACCAGACAUACAUAAAACAAUGUAAUCCAUACUUUUUCUCACAUAUAUCUUAUGAUUUACAUCAGAUUCUCUGUUAGAGUUUUAAUUAAAGAGUCAGUGUUUAGAAUAAAAAAAAAAAAAAUAAAAAAAAAAUAGACUGUGACAGUACUUAAAGGGACACUAUAGUCACCAGAACAACUAUAGCUUAAUGUAGUUGUUAUGGUGUCUAUACCAUGUCCCUGUAGGCUUUUUAAUGCAAACAAUUAAUGCAUGUAAACACUGUCUUUUUAGAGAAAAGGUAGUGUUUACAUUACUGUCUAGUAACACCUCUAAUGACAGUCACUCAAAUGGCCACUAGAGGUGUUUCCUGGGUCAGUCCUGAACAAUACUGACGUUCAGUAUCUCUACACACUGCAUUAAAGCGCUAAUCUUUCUCCAUAGAGAUGCAUUGAUUCAAUGUAUUUCUAUGAGGAGGAGAUGAUGUUUUGCCACUCAUGCAAGUACAUCACCUUUUUAACCGGUGGUAAGUUGGGUUGGGGGCCUAAACAGCUAUUUAGACCUAUACUGUCAGGAAUACACAUUUGUAUUUCUGACACUAUAGUGUUCCUUUAAGCUCAACUACUACCAGUCAUCCUUACUUUAAGGAAAUUGUUUCAUAAAUCCCAUUACUAAUUAGGGAUCUAAUGGUUAAGCUAUGACCAUAGCAGAACAAAAUGCAUUUUUUUUUAGGUACAUAUUGGAAAUUUUUAGGGAACUCCAUAGACUUGUAGUAUGUUUGUAUGCAAAGUGCUUUAUGUUUUUCAAAACUCCUGGAUUGUUUAAAUUCUGUAAAUUUUUGUUUACCAAUUUCCUUUAUUUUUGCUGGAAUACCCAAUGUUGAUGGCAUUAUUAAAACUUCUUCAUGAUCUUGCAGAUUGUCACCGCUCUGGACUCCAAUCCCACCACCAAACGGGCACAAUUGCAGCACAAGUUUGAGCAAGUGAUUAUAUUGAUGGAGGACGAUAUUUACACGUGUAGCAGCAAUGCUUAG